UUCCCAGCCUUGCCUCGGGUGUAGGGAUUGCUUGGGGGAAAAAGCAAAACUACACGGACAGCAACCUGUGUAGUUUUGUUUUUUGGGAAUAUUCCUGAGGUCCAACCGUUCUCACAUUGGAUUUUUGGAAAACGUUUCUGGAUAGGAAGUUUAUUUGUGAAGAUAACAUCUCAGUGGGCUCUGUCCCUACAUUUCAAGGCACUCUUGUGGAAACAAGGUGCCUAUCAGCAUGACAACACAGGCGCCAACGUUUACACAGCCGCUUCAGAGCGUUGUGGCACUUGAGGGUAGUGCUGCAACGUUCGAAGCUCAAGUUAGUGGUAAUCCAGUUCCUGAGGUGAGCUGGUUUCGUGAUGGCCAGGUUCUUACUGCUGCCGCUCUGCCCGGCGCUCAGAUCUCGUUCAGCGAAGGCCGCGCUGUUCUGAGAAUCCCCGCCGUGACAGUCGCACACAGUGGAAGAUUUUCUGUCAGAGCCACCAAUGGCGCUGGACAAGCCACUAGCACCGCUGAACUUCUGGUUACAGCGGAAACUGCGCCGCCGAAUUUUAUUCAGAGACUACAAAGCAUGACCGUGAGACAAGGAAGCAAAGUAAGACUGGACGUGCGUGUAACAGGAAUCCCUACACCUGUGGUGAAGUUCUACAGAGAGGGAGCUGAGAUUCAGAGCUCCGCCGACUUUCAGAUUGUUCAAGAUGGAGACCUUUACAGUCUGUUGAUUGCCGAAGCUUUCCCUGAAGACUCUGGAACCUACUCAGUUAGUGCCUCCAACAGCAGUGGACGUGCCACUUCAACAGCCGAACUGCUGGUUCAAGGUGAAGAAGAAGCAGUGCCUGCUAAGAAAAUCAAGACAGUUAUUUCAACCUCUCAGAUUUCCCAGACUCGCCAAACUAGAGUGGAAAAGAAAAUGGAAGCUCACUUUGAAGCCUCAUCCAUGCAAAUGCAAGUGGAGGGAGGUGUUUUGACUCAGAUGGCCCACAGGACUCCGCCGCGUGUGCCACCCAAACCAACCUCCAAGUCCCCACCAUCUCUUACGGCUAAAGUAUCAGCUACUCGCCACCAGUCGCCUUCUCCUGUUAGACAUGUUAAGGCACCCACACCUACACCUGUCAGAACUGUUUCAUCUUCCACAAGACUGUCAGUAUCACCCAUCAGACCAGUCAAGUCUCCAGUGCUGACCCGAAAACAGGUCACAGUAAGCACAGAAGUCCUGCCUCCUUGGAAGCAGGAGGGCUACGUGUCUGAGUCCAGCUAUAUGGCCAGUUUGGCAGCUAGAGCUACAGCUACGCAGGUUCAAACCUCAACUCAGAUCCGCGUGGAGCAGCGCUGGGAAGGCUCUGCCGCCAUGCAGCAGCAAGUCAGCGGUGUUGUUGUCAAAGAGGGUGAUGAGAAAAAAGCUGAAGCUGUGGCUACGGUGCUUGCCGCGGUGGAUCAAGCACGUGUGCGAAAGCCUGUGCAUGUUGAAAGCGAUUUGGCUGAAGAGGAAAUGGAUAUAAAACAGCAGAGUGUGCUUAGUGCUAAGCACCAGGCCCAAAGUCAAGUGGAGGUGUUGCAGAUUUCAAGUGCCAUGCCAAGCGCUCCCUCUGAGCAGACUGUUCAUGUCACUCAGAUCCAAAGAACUACUGAGGUUAAGCCUCAGGUGAAAACUGACGCUGCCCCACCCUCAGUUCCACAUUUCACAGUUUCAAAAGUUUCUGUUCCUAAACCUGAUCAUAGCUAUGAGGUCUCAAUAGCUGGCUCUGCUAUUGCCACGCUGCAUAAAGAACUGUCAUCUACAUCUGCUACUCAAAAGAUCAUCAAGCCUGUCAAGCGUCCGACUCAUAAGGUCGUGCAAACAAGAGUGACUCCAGAGCCGACGCCUCCUCCCUUUAGAGAUGCUACUGACAAUUAUCAGGCACAUUUCCAGGCAGAAUUUCAAAGACAGAUAGAAGCUUCUUAUACAGGGGAAUGGGAGACACAGGUUGUUGAGAAAGCAGCCAUCCCCUCAGCAGCCAAGGAGCCGAGUGUUCCUCCAACUCUUGUUGCUGGCUUGAAGAACAUGACUGUUAUAGAGGGAGAAUCUGUGACUCUGGUGUGCCAGAUCUCAGGUCACCCCACACCAGGCAUCAUGUGGUUCAGAGAGGACUACAGGAUUGAGAGCUCCAUUGAUUUCCAGAUCACAUAUGAGCAAGGAUACGCUCGUUUAGUGAUCCGUGAAGCCUUUGCUGAAGAUAGUGGACGUUUUACUUGCACAGCUACCAAUGAAGCCGGAACUGUUAGCACAUCUUGCUACCUGCUUGUUAAAGUAUCGGAAGAGAUUGAGAGUCAAGCAGAAAUUACUGUGGAGAAAAUGGCUGUUAUUGAGACUAAAGGAAUGGCCUUCACAGAAGUGAGUGCAGUCUCUGAGACUGUGGAAGCUGGAGCAGCUGCAGCUCCAUUCUUUGUGAGGAAGCCAGUGAUACAGAAGCUUGUAGAAGGUGGCAGUGUCAUAUUUGUUUGCCAAAUUGGAGGCAGCCCUAAACCUCAUGUCCACUGGAAGAAGAACGGUGUUCCACUCACUUCCGGAUACAGAUAUAGAGUAAGCUACAAUAAAGACACAGGAGAAUGCAAACUGGAAAUUUCCAUGACUUUUGCUGAUGACGCUGGAGAGUACACCGUCUCUGCCAGAAAUCAGAAUGGGGAGAUAUCUGCCUCUGCAAGUCUUCUGGAAGAAGAGGAAUAUGAAGCAUAUAUGAAAACACAGGAUGUGACCUACAGAACAGAAGUGACCACUACAGUGGUGCAAGAGCCCAGAGAGGCAGACGUGCCCGCUGUGGUUGUGAGUGAAUACGAAUUACAGAGAAGAAUGGCUCAACAAGCACAGAUGAGGCAAACAUUCGUAACAGAAAGGGAAUUUCAGAUUUCUGCUAUUGAGCAGAGAAUUAUUCAAGAGAUUGAAAUCAGGAUCCUGAAGAUCACAUAUCGAGAGAUUGUGAUGGAGGAUGGAGAAGAGAUGGUGAUAAACGUGGCUGAGCAUGAGGCAGUUGGAUCCUUAUUCAGCACAUCUGUUAAAAGCUACAGGAUCAUGGAAGGAAUGGGUGUUACCUUCCACUGCAAAAUGGAAGGAAAUCCCCUGCCAAAGAUUGCAUGGUACAAAGAUGGCAAGCGCAUCAAGCAUGGAGGCCGUUACCAGAUGGAGGUUCUUCAGGAUGGUAGAGCCAGUCUGCGUCUUCCUGUGGUGCUGCCAGAAGAUGAGGGCGUCUACACGGCGUUCGCCAGUAACAUGAAGGGAAAUGCUAUCAGCUCUGGCAAACUGUAUGUGGAGUCGACUGCUGCUGCUCAGCCCUACUAUCCUCAGGCAGAGGGAGUGAGGAGAGUACAGUCUGAAUCACCCAUGUCUGCACGCUCCAUUAGCCUCUCACCUGGACGUUCCCCUUCACGUUCUGUUAGCCGUUCUCCUGGACGCUCACCUGCCCGCAGAUUGGAUGAUACAGAUGAGAGCCAGCUGGAAAGGCUUUACAAACCUGUUUUUCUUAUGAAGCCAUCAUCCUUCAGGUGCUCUGAAGGACAAACUGCAAGAUUUGAUUUGAAAGUUGUUGGAAGACCCAUGCCAGACACUUUCUGGUUUCACAAUGGACAACAAGUGGUGAAUGACUACACCCACAAGAUUGUAGUGAAGGAAGAUGGAACACAGUCUUUAAUUGUGGUUCCUGCUAUGCCCCAUGAUUCCGGAGAGUGGACCGUUGUUGCUCAGAACAGAGCUGGAAAAACCACUGUUUCUAUGACUCUUACUGUAGAAGCCAAGGAAAACUUGAUUAGACCACAGUUCAUCGAAAAGCUAAAGAAUGUCAGUGUCAAAGAGGGAACCCUGGUUGAUUUGGCUGUAAGAGCCAUUGGAAACCCUCUCCCUGACAUCGUCUGGCUGAAAAACAGUGACAUUAUCUCUCCACACAAGUACCCUCAGAUUAAGAUUGAGGGUGCCAAAGGAGAGGCACGUUUCAAGAUUCCUCAAACCACUGGUUCAGACAGUGCAUGGUACACUGCCACAGCUAUUAACAAAGCUGGCCGAGAUACCACACGUUGCAGAGUCAAUGUUGAGGUAGAGUUUGCUGGACCUGAACCAGAGAGAAAACUAAUUAUCCCGAAGGGAACUUACAAGGCGAAGGAAAUUGCUGCCCCAGAAUUGGAGCCACUGCAUUUACGUUAUGGACAGGAACAGUGGGAAGAGGGUGAUCUUUAUGACAAGGAGAAGCAACAGAAACCUCACUUCAAAAAGAAGCUGACCUCAGUCAGACUCAAGCGUUUUGGCCCUGCACAUUUUGAAUGCAGACUUACUCCUAUUGGUGAUCCUACCAUGGUUGUUGAGUGGUUGCACGAUGGCAAACCACUGGAAGCUGCCAACAGGUUGCGCAUGGUUAACGAGUUUGGCUAUUGCAGCCUUGACUAUGAGGUUGCUUAUUCCAGAGAUAGUGGAGUCAUCACUUGCAGAGCCACCAACAAAUUUGGUGUUGACCAGACUUCUGCCACCUUGAUUGUAAAAGAUGAGAAGGGCCUCGUUGAGGAAAGUCAGCUACCUGAGGGUAGGAGGGGACAGAGAAUAGAGGAAAUUGAGCGCAUUGCUCAUGAAGGAGGUCCUACUGGAGUAACUGGGGAUGAAGUUACAGAGAAAACUAAGCCAGAGAUUGUCUUGCUUCCAGAGCCUAUUAGGGUAUUGGAGGGAGAAACUGCAAAAUUCCGCUGCAGAGUGACUGGAUACCCAAGCCCAAAAGUCAACUGGUAUAUGAAUGGACAUCUUAUUCGCAAGAGCAAAAGAUUCCGACUACAGUAUGAUGGCAUUCACUACCUUGAGAUUACAGACUGCAAGUCUUAUGAUUCUGGAGAUGUCAGAGUUUUGGCUGAGAGCCCUGAGGGCACUGCCGAGCACACGGUUAAGCUAGAGAUCAAUCAGAGGGAGGACUUCAGGACAAUCUUGCGCCGUGCCCCUGAGAUAAAGGCUCCAGAGGGUCCCGGACCAGAACAUGGCAGAGUGUCUUUUGAUGUUGUGAAGGUGGAUAAACCUGCUGAGGUUUCUCAAGACAAAGAGGUUGUCAAGCUGAAAAGGGCAGAAAGAGUAGUUCAUGAGAGGUCUACUGAAGAGUCGGAGGAGUUGAGAAGCAAAUUUAAACGCAGAACUGAAGAGGGCUACUACGAGGCUAUCUCUUCGGUGGAGUUUAAAUCUCGCAGGAAGGACGAGUCCUAUGAAGAAAUGCUGAAAAAAAGAAAAGAGGAGCUUCUGCACUGGACAAAGAAAAUAACUGAGGCUGAGAGAAAGAAGAUGGAAGAGGAAGCCAAACUUACUAUUCCAGUCAUCAGACCUGAAAAGAUAACUUUAUCUCCCAGCAUGGAGGCACCAAAGAUCUUAGAACGAAUCCAGAGCCAGACAGUCACCUUGGGCGAUGAAGUACGCUUCCGUUGCAGAGUCAUUGGCAAACCAGAUCCAGAAUGCCAGUGGUUCAAGAAUGGAAUCUUGAUGGAAAAAUCUGACAGAGUUUACUGGUACUGGCCUGAAGACCAUGUCUGUGAACUGGUUGUUAGAGAUGUUUCAGCUGAGGACUCGGCUAGCAUCAUGGUGAAAGCCAUUAAUGUUGCAGGAGAAACUUCAAGCCAUGCCUUCUUGCUUGUACAAGCCAAGCAAGUUAUAAGUUUCACACAACAAAUUGAAGACCUCCAUGCCAAAGAGAAGGACACCAUGGUAACUUUUGAAUGUGAGACCAAUGAGCCUUUUAUCAAGGUGAAAUGGCUAAAGAACAACGCAGAGAUUUUCUCUGGGGACAAGUACAGGAUGCACUCUGACAGAAAGGUGCAUUUCCUGUCCGUGCUGACCAUCGCUAUGGACGAUGAUGCUGAGUACUCUUGCGCCGUUGUUGAAGACGACCAUAUAAGAACAACUGGCAGACUUCAUGUUGAAGGUGCACCACUUGAAAUGGUAAAGGGGCUGGAGAGUGUUGAAGUACCAGAGACUUAUUCUGGGGAGUUUGAAUGUGAAGUGUCUCGUGAGGAUGCUGAAGGCACCUGGUACUUUGAGAACAAAGAGAUCAGCCAGAGCCUCAAAUACGUUAUGUCCUCCCGCCGUGGUCGCCACACCCUGUGUGUGAAAGAUGUAAAGAAAGAAGACCAGGGGAAAUACACCUUCAAAGUUGGUGAUUUGAAGACAAGUGCUUCUCUGAAGAUGAAAUUGCGUCCAAUUACACUGAUGCAAGGCCUCACUGACCUGACUGUCUGUGAGGGUGAUAUUGCUCAACUGGAGGUCCGAUUCUCUCAGGAAAAUGUGGAGGGAACUUGGAUGAAAAAUAGUCGUCCCAUCUCUGCUACCGACAGAAUUCACAUCGUGAUUGACAAACAAGUACACAAGCUGCUUAUUGAAAAUGCCAACAAAGAUGAUGCUGGAGAAUACUCCUUCAGCGUUCCGGCUCAUUUCAUUUCUACUUCAGGAAAACUCAAUGUUCAGACAAUUGGUAUCGUAAUUCCACUAAAGGAUGUCAGCACAAUCGAAGGCACGAAAGCUGUGCUAGAAGCCAAAAUUUCAGCCGCUGAUGUUAGCACAGUGAAAUGGUACCAUGAUGACAAACUGGUGAUACCCAGUGACAGAGUCCAGGUUGUUCCUAAGGGAUCAAAACAACGUCUAGUACUGAACAGGACCUAUGCUUCUGACGAGGGACAGUAUAGACUGGUUGUUGGCAGAGUCGAUUCAUCCUGCAAACUUUCUGUUGAGAAAAUCAGCAUCAUAAAGCACAUGGAAGACCGUGUUUGUACUGAGACCCAAAAUGUCACCUUUGAGGUCGAGCUGUCUCACCCUGGCAUUGAUGCCCUCUGGACAUUUAAGGAUCAGCCUCUUAAAACAGGUCCCAAAUACAAGAUUGAGUCCAAGGGCAAGAAGUACACCCUGACAGUUCUUAGUAUCAUGAAGGAUGAAGAGGGCCUUUACGCAUUUGCUGCAGGGGAAAAGACAUCAAGUGCAAAACUUACUGUUUCAGGUGGGGCCAUUAACAGACCCCUACAAGAUUUAACUGUUGCCGAGUCCCAGACUGCUGAGCUAGAGUGUGAAGUUGCCAGCUCCUCCGCUGAGGGCAAGUGGUUUAAGGAUGGUAAACCUGUUAACUUCAAUGAAAAUGUCAAGAGUGUAGACAUUGGUGCUGUGAGGCGCCUUGUCAUUGUCAUCUCACGGCCACAGGACAUUGGCGAGUACACCUACCAGGUGGCUAACUCGAAGACCUCAGCAAACCUGAAAGUUGAAGCUGUGAAAAUCAAGAAGACCCUAAAGAACCAAACUGUUACUGAGACUCAAGAGGCAGUGUUUAGUCUAGAACUCACUCAUUUGGACGUCAAAGGAUCCCAGUGGAUCAAGAAUGGAGUGGAAAUGAUUCCAAGUGAUAAAUAUGAAAUCAUAGUUGAUGGCAUGGUUCACACCCUGAAGAUUAAAGAUUGUACCACCCAGGAUGAAUCAGUUUAUGGAUUCAAACUCGGAAAGCUCUCUGCUAGUGCAAGAUUGAACGUUGAGUCUAUUAAAUUCAUCAAGAAGCCGAAAGAUGUGACUUCUCUGCUCAAUGCCUCUGCCUCAUUUGAGAUGAGUCUAUCCCAUGAUAACAUCCCUGUGAAAUGGAUGUUCAAGAACCAUGAGCUCAAGCCAAACGCAAACGUCCAAAUACUUUCAGAGAGAAAAGCCCACAAGCUGGUCAUUUCCAAUGUUGAAGAAGACAUGGCUGGAGAAUACACCGCUGUAGUAGGACACCUGCAGUGCAGUGCACACUUAUAUGUUGAGUCUGUGAGGGUCACAAAGUCCAUGAAGAACAUUGCGAUCCCAGAGACCCAGGUGGCCACAUUCGAAUGUGAAGUUUCACAUUUUAAUAUUCCUUCCACCUGGCUGAAGAAUGGAGUUGAGAUUGAGAUGAGUGAGAAGUUCAGAAUUGUGGUGCAGGGCAAGCUUCAUCAGCUAAAGAUCAUGAACACCAGCAGAGAUGAUGCAGCGGAGUACACAUUUGUGUGUGGAAACGACAGAGUCUCGGCUACACUGACUGUCAGCCCUAUCCUAAUCACCUCCAUGCUUAAAGAUCUCAAUGCCCAGGAGAAGGACACGAUUACAUUUGAAGUGACAGUAAAUUACGAGGGCAUCACCUACAAAUGGCUAAAGAACGGCAUAGAAAUUAGAUCCACUGACAGAUGCCAGACUCGUUCUAAACAGUUCACACACACUCUCACCAUCCGCAACGUGCACUUCGGUGAUAGUGCAGAUUACAAGUUUGUGGCUGGAUCUGCUGAGACAUCAGCCAAGCUUUUUGUUGAGGCUCGUGUCAUUGAGUUUACCAAACACAUCAAGGACAUCAAGGUGACUGAGAAGAAAAAGGCCGUAUUUGAAUGUGAGCUCUCUGAGCCCAAUGUUCAAGUGACAUGGAUGAAAGAUGGACAGGAAUUUGAAUUUACUGAAAGAUUCAAAACUACCACGGAUAAGUACAUACAGCGUUUAAUAAUCCCGAGUGUCCGCAUGUCUGAUGCUGGCGAGUACUCUGUGGUUGCUGGCUCCAGUGUUUCUAAGGCUCAUCUCACAGUGGAGGGCAAGGACGUUCGCAUUUCUGAACCGGCUGAAAAACAUAUAACGGUGCUUGAGAAACAGAGGGCUACAAUGGAGUUUGAAGUAAACGAAGACGACAUUGAAGGACGCUGGCUCAGAAGUGGUGUAGAAAUCAACUUCACAGUUGAUAAGCGUUUCAACUAUGUGGUCAUUAGGAAAGUACAUCGCUUGACAAUUACAGAAACCUGGAGGAGCGAUGCUGGAGAAUAUACCUUCAUUGCUGGGAAGAACAGGAGUGUGGUGACACUACACGUCAACAUCCCUGAGCCUCCUCAGAUUGUCAAGCACAUGGAGCCUUUGUCUGUCGAGGCUGGCAAACCUGCUCGCUUCAUAGUGGAAGUGACUGGCAUCCCUCAGCCACAGGUCUCCUGGUACAAGAACUCUCAGGCAUUAUCAGCUGGAUUCAAGUGUAAGUUCAUGAGAGAUGAAAACAAGUACAGUCUACUGCUCAUUGAGGUUUUCCCAGAAGAUGCAGCACAGUACACCUGUGAGGCGAAAAAUGACUACGGACAGGCCACCAGCUCAGCUUCACUGAAUGUGGAAGUUCCAGAAGUUGUUUCACCGGACACUGGAGCACCUCUGUCACCACCUGUUAUUAUAACUCCAGUACAAAAGACCUCUGCAAGUGAAGGAGCGUCUGCCAGAUUCCAGUGCCGGGUGUCUGGAGAGGAUCUAACGAUUACCUGGUACUGCAACGAGACAGAGAUCAAGCAGUCAAACUUUUUCAGAAUGUCUCAGUUUGAUGAUUGCUGCCAGCUGGAGAUUGCCAGGGUUUACCCGGAGGACGAGGGAGAGUACAAAUGUGUUGCUCGCAACUCCGCCGGAAUGGUCUCUUGCUCUGCAGUGCUGAAGCUGGAAGUUACAAAACCACAUGAGGAGGUUGAAACAAAAAUUGAAGAAGUCAAAGUGCCACCUGUUUUUAGGCAUAAAAUCCAGUCUCUGGAAGCUAAUGUUGGCAGCGCUGUCAAGUUUGAAUGUGAGACAGAAGAUGCUCCUAAAAUUACCUUCAAAUGGUUCAAGUCUGGUUCUGAGAUCAGAUCAAGUGAAAAGUACAGGAUCGUCAGCCACCAUACCUCGUCAUCUCUGGAGCUUUUGAGUCCAACAAAGGCUGAUGGUGAAGAGUAUACCUGCAAAGCCGUAAACCAGCAUGGGAGUGACAGCUGCUCUGCUAACCUGAUUGUAACAGAAAUGUUCCCUCCAGAAUUUGUCUCAAAGCCUGACUCGAUGACAUUAUUUGUUGGCAAACAAGUCAAAUUUCAUUGUGUUAUCAAUGGUUCUUCGCCAAUGAAUGUUGCAUGGUACAAGGACAACAUUGCCAUUUUGCCCAGUGAACAUUAUAAAAUGUCUUCAGAAAAGAACAAGUAUUACUUUGAGAUCACAAAAAUCGAACUAAGUGAUCAGGGAACAUAUCUUUGCAAAGCUUCAAACAGUGUUGGCACAGCUACCUGCAGCACUGAAAUAAGGGCAAUAGACAAACCCAGUUUUGUGAAGACUUUUGAAACAACUGCUGUAGCUGUGGGUAACCCGCUGCGUCUUGAGUGUCAGGUAAAUGAGGAUACAGGAGUGACCAUCACCUGGACAAGGGAUGGCAAGAAACUCCAUAAUACAACGGAUAGCAAACUGUCUUUUGAGGAGAAAGUGGCCUCCCUUGAGAUUGUAAAGGCCAAGAUAAAAGAUACAGGCAUGUAUGUCUGUACUGCUACGAAUGAUGCUGGAAGCAGUAGUUGCUCUUCUAUGGUAUCUGUAAAAGAACCUCCGGCAUUUGUAAAGAAACUGGAGCCCAAGAUCUUAUGGAAGCAGGGCAUAUCUGCCCGCAUGCUGUGUACUGUUAAAGGAUCACCUGAGCUCCAUAUCACUUGGUUUUUUAACAACAAGCAGCUCAGUUCAAGUGAGAGACACAAAAUCAUCUUUAAAGAUGGCCAAGCUACUCUUGAGAUCUCUGAACUUACUGUGUCUGACAGUGGAAAUUACACAUGUGAAGUAAUGAAUGAAGCUGGCUGUGAAAGCUGUAGCACCAAUUUGACGGUUAAAGAACCUCCUGCUUUCAAAAGGGAAUUGGAAAUGAUGGAGGUAGUCAAGGGACAAAUGGCAAGACUUCAGUGUGAAGUUACAGGCACUGCUCCAUUUGAUGUAACCUGGUUGAAGGAUAAGAGACCAGUGAUCAUUGAUAAAAAGCACACAAUCGUUUCAAAAGAUGCCGUCUCCUUUUUUGAAAUACAAUCAUUUGAUGGUGUUGAUGUUGGGGACUACCAAUGUUCUUUUUCAAAUGAUGUUGGUAAAAUAAGUACUAAAUCAGUUGUUAAACUUAAAGACCCACCAUCUUUUGUAAGGAAGAUUGAAAACACAACUGCAGUGCUGGGCAGUGCAGUGAAACUGCAGGGUGUUCUUAAAGGCUCAGCCCCUAUUACUGUCAAAUGGUUUAAGGAUUCUGAGAUACUCAGACAGGAUGAUCCUAAUAUUACCAUGACCUUUGAAAAUAAUUUUGCCAUCUUGGCAAUUGCAAAAAUAGACUUAAAACAUGAUGGAAAAUACACAUGCCAAGCUGAAAAUGAAGCUGGCCAGCAAAAGAGUGAUGCCACAUUAUCAGUUCAAGAUCCCGCUCGAAUUGUUGAUAAACUACCAUCCAUAAGUGUAACCGCAGGAGGCUCUGCAACUUUGGAAUGCACUGUGUCCGGAAGUCCUGAUCUCAAAGUCAAAUGGCUUCGGGAUGGCAAGGAGGUGACAUCAGGUCGAAAAUACAAAAUCUCUUUUAAAGACAAUGUAGCGAGCUUGAAAAUCCUCUCGGCAGAGAGGGGUGAUAGCUGUGAAUUCACUGUAGAGGUUUCAAAUCGGGUUGGAAAAGACAGCUGCUCUUGCUCGGUUACAGUGCUUGAUAAAAUCAUACCCCCAACCUUUACGAAAAGUCUUAAAAAGGUUGAUGGUAAUACUGGUGGAGAUGUUCAAAUGGAAUGCAAGGUGUCAGGCUCCCAGCCCAUGACAAUAUCUUGGUUCAAAGAUGGAAAGGAGAUCACAAGCGGAGCAAAAUACCAAGCUGAAUUCAAAGAAAGCACUACAAAGCUACGGAUAUCUCAGUUAGAGAUUGCCGAUGCUGGGGUUUUCACCUGCCGUGCAACUAAUGCUGCAGGACACAGUGAAACCAGUGGAACAGUUUCCGUUAAAGAGCCACCAGUCUUCACUAUGACACCUGAAUCUCAAGACGUUAUACCAGGUUCAAUUGUUACUUUGAAAGCUACUUUCACUGGAACACCAAGUUUUAGUGUCAAGUGGUUCAGAGAUGAGAAUGAAAUCUUAACUGGGGGCAGUUGUUUCAUCAAGAAAGAUGCCUCCUCCAGCACCCUGCAGUUGCACUCUGUACAGCCAUCCCACUCCGGCAAAUAUACUUGCGAGGUUGCCAAUGAUGCAGGGCAGGUUUCAUGCACUGCAGUCUUAUUUGUGAAAGAGCCUCCAAAGUUUGUGAUGAAACUUGAGUCAACUAAAUUAGCAGUCAAUGGAAGCACAGUUAACUUGGAGUGUAAAGUAACUGGCAGCCCUGAAAUUGCUAUAAAUUGGUAUAAAGAUGAAAUAGAAAUCAGCCAGAGUAAUAAAUAUGAGAUGACCUUCAUCGACUCAGUUGCUACACUGCAGAUUUCCAAUGGUAGCAUUGAAGACAGCGGGAAUUAUAUCUGUGUAGCAUCCAGUGAUGCUGGUAGUGACAAAUGCAGUUGCAUGGUUACAGUUAAAGAACAACCUGUAUUUGUAAAAUCAUUUGAAUCUCGAGAAGUCGUCAAAGGCUCAGAUGUUGUCCUGGAGGGGUCAGUGUCAGGAACCGCUCCAUUCGAGGUCUGCUGUUUCAAAGACUCAAAGCAGAUCGGAAAGGACCGCAGGCAUAACAUAGACAUAGUGAAUAAUGUAGUCACUGUUGAGAUUCUUAAAUUUGAACCUGGUGAUGCCGGCAGGUAUCAGUGCACAGUAGAAAAUGAAGUAGGACAGACAUCAUGUGACUGUGAAAUACAAAUGAAAGAGCCACCAUCGUUUGUGCAGAAGCUAGAUAACAUGAACAUCCUGUUAGGCAGCGAGCUCACAAUGACGUGUGUUUUGAAAGGCUCACUGCCUAUGACAGUAUUAUGGACAAAAGGUGACCAUGAGGUCAAAGACACUGCAGAUGUUCAAAUAUACUUUGAGAACAGAACAGCAGUGUUGCAUAUUUCUAACGUUCAGUUAAAGCAUGCUGGAAAAUACACUUGUCAUGCCCAGAAUGAAGCUGGAAGUCAGAAGUGUACGGCAGCAUUGGUGGUUAAAGAACCAGCAACUAUCACAGAGCAAGCUAAAUCUGUCAGUGUUACAGUAAGAGAUCCUGCCACUUUAGAGUGUAGGCUCUCAGGUACUAAACCCCUGAAAGCCAGAUGGCUGAAGGAAGGUAAAGAGCUGACAUCGGGCAGAAAAUACAAAGUACAAAGCACAGAUACUCGCUCCAUAUUAAAGAUCUUGUCUGCCGAGAAGAGUGAUGGAGGCGAAUAUGCCUUUGAGGUUUCAAAUGAUGUUGGCAGGAGCUCCUGUGAGGCUUUUGUGACUGUACUAGAUCAGAUAAUUAAGCCUUCAUUCACAAGAAAAUUGAAACAACUGGAAGGUAUUAAGGGAUCCUUUGUACAGCUGGAAUGUCUAGUCUCUGGAUCUCUACCUAUAACAGUUACUUGGUUCAAGGAGAACAGGGAGAUUGAGGUGGAUGAAAAACACAAGUGCAUUUUCUUUGAGAAUGCAGCAUCUUUGGAAAUCAGCCGUCUUGGUAGUUCUGACAGUGGCAAUUAUACUUGCAUUGCCACAAACAACGCGGGCAGCGACCAAUGUGCCGGUGUCUUGAAAGUUAAAGAACCUCCCACUAUUAUUGAGAAACCUGAGUCGCAGUCUGUCAUACCAGGAACCAGAGUAAAGUUCAGUGUACUUGUAUCUGGCACACCUCCAUUUACCAUCAAGUGGUUCAAAGACAAGAAAGAAGUCUUAACAGGGGUCGACUGCUCAGUUCAAAAAGAUGAUAGUUCAAGCUCACUUGAGCUCUUUUUCACUAAGCCAUCAAACUCUGGAGAGUACAUUUGUGAAAUAAGCAACGAUGUUGGCUCAGAUUCCUGCCAAACAACUCUCUUUGUUAAAGAACCACCAAGAUUCACUCAGAAACCAGGCAAAGUUUCAGUCGUGAAACCUGGCCAGUCUGUUAUUUUUGAGUGUCAGGUCGCAGGAACUCCAGAGAUAGACACGUACUGGUUUAGAGACGGUAAUGAACUAAGUCCAGGUGAAAAAUACAGAAUGAGUUUUGUAAACUCACUGGCAAGACUCGAAAUAACUGGCUGUGAACUUAAAGACAGUGGUGUGUAUUACUGCGAAGCCCGCAAUGAGGCGGGUAGCGAGAGUUGUAGUAUGGAACUAAAAGUUAAAGAGCCACCAGUUAUUGUUAAGCCGCUCACACCGGUAGAGGUUGUGAAAGGUUUAAAUGCUUUGUUCGAGUGUCAUAUUAAAGGCACAGCUCCAUUUGAGAUUACUUGGCAAAAAGAUUCGAAGGAGAUCAAACCAAGCACUAAACAUGUGUUCUCUCAGAAAAAUGGCUCAGUCAUACUUCUUGACGUACUGAAAUGUGAUGACUUGGAUGUUGGAGAGUAUCAGUGUAUUAUUUCAAAUGAAAUUGGCAGUUGUUCAUGUGGGACAACUUUAAGCAUAAAAGAGCCACCAUCGUUUGUGGAAAAGAUCCAAAAUGUUUCCACAGUGUUGGGAAAUGUAGCCGAGUUUAAGUGUGUCGUUAAGGGGUCACCUAUUCUGACCAUACAAUGGCAGAAAGACGAAACAUGGAUCUUGGAAGACCCUAAAAUCGAAAAAACGUUUGAGAAUAAUGUUGCCACUUUAAGAAUCCCUGUGUGCGAGUCUUCCCAUAGUGGAAGAUACACUUGCCAGGCACUGAAUGAGGCAGGCCAAGUAAAGUGCUUUGCCACACUUUUGGUUCAAGAGCCUCCCCAGAUUAUCGAAAAGCCAGAAAUGAUAAAUGUUACUGUUGGAGAUCCAGUCAGUUUUGAGUGCAAGGUAACAGGCACUGCCGAGCUAAAAGUAAAAUGGGCUAAAGAUGGUAAAGAGGUGGUGCCAUCUCUACAGCAUAGCCUCAGCUUUGUCCAUAACAUCAGCAGCCUUAAGAUUCAAUCUUCUCAGUUAGAUGAUGGAGGAACGUAUCUCUUUGAGGUUUCCAAUCACAUCAGUACCUGCAAGUGCAAAGUGACUUUAAAUGUUUUAGAACAAAUAAUUCCUCCAGCCUUCAUCAAACCCCUGAGCGAUAUGGACGAGAUUCUGGGUUCCCCAGUCAAAAUAGCAUGCAAUAUAUCAGGCUCACUCCCAAUUUCUGUGGAGUGGUUAAAGGAUGGCUCUAAACUGACAGACAAACCAAAGCAUAAACUGGUUCAGGACAACAACAGCGUCGUUUUGGAGAUUGAACAACUAGAGAAGGCUGAUACUGGAACCUACACUUGCAGACUUACAAACAAAGCAGGCAGUUGUGAAUGCAGUGGAACACUGAGGGUGAAAGAACUCCCAAGUUUUGUGGUGGUUCCAGAACCCCAGGCUGUCAUACCAAAUACCACUGUUCGUUUUAAGAGUACCUUUAAAGGAACACCGCCCUUCACUGUGAAAUGGUUCAAAGAGGAUGCUGAACUGAUUGCUGGACCCACCUGCUUUAUUGGCCUUGAGGGCCUUUCAUGCUUUAUAGAUCUUUAUGCUGUGGGACUGGCACACUCUGGGACUUACUCUUGUCAAGUUAGCAAUGAUGCUGGUGCAGACAAGUGUUCUACAAGCUUAUUGGUGAAAGAACCACCUGCAUUUGUGCAGAAGCUACCACCUACAAAGUUUAUUAAGAUGGGAGAGUCAAUCCACUUUGAAUGUAAAGUGACCGGCACAGCUCCUUUGAGAAUUAGCUGGUACAAAAAUGACGCCGCAGUGACUGAGAGUGACAACAUGAGGAUGACCUUUGAUGGCUCUGUGGCAGUGCUUGAAAUUUUCAAUACCACCUCAGAUGAUGAUGGAGUGUAUACAUGUGAAGCCCAAAAUGAUGCAGGAACUAAAAGCUGCAGCACCACUCUCUCUGUCAAAGAACCACCAACCUUCCAGAAAGUGCCCACACCUGCUGAGGGACUGAGGGGCAAAGACGUCAGUCUUAACUGUGAACUUAAGGGCAAUGCGCCCUUUGAGAUAAUGUGGUUUAAAGACAAGAAACAAAUAAAGGAAAGUAGAAAGUACAAGUUUGUGUCUGAGGGGUCCUCUGCAACUUUGCAUAUCCUUGGACUGGAUAUGACAGAUGCUGGUGAUUAUGAGUGCAAAGCUUCAAAUGUUGUAGGAAGCACCAGCUGCCAAGGAGUGGUAAAACUCAGAGAACCACCAGUCUUUGUCAAGAGACUAACCAACAUGACAGUCACUCAUGGUCAGGAAGUUACUCUUACAGCUACAGUCAAAGGCUCUGAGCCAAUCACUGUGGCCUGGGUUCAAGACAAGGACCAUAUUCUCAGAGACGGUGACAACAGGAAAAUUACAUUUGAGAAUAACCAGAUCAUUCUUAGAAUCUUUAAAGCUGAUUCUACAACAGCUGGAAAAUAUACCUGUCAGAUUAAAAAUGAUGCUGGUGUGGCGGAGUGCAUGGCUAAUCUCACAGUCUUAGAACCCGCUGCCAUUUUGGAUAAGACCGAAUCUGUCAGUGUCACAGCAGGUGACCUUGCAGUUUUAGAGUGCUCUGUAUCUGGAACACCAGAGCUUAAACCAACGUGGUACAAAGAUGGAGUGGAGCUCACUUCUGGGCCCAAAUACAAAAUCACCUUUUCUAAAGGGAUCUCAAGUCUGAAGGUGUUGUCCACAGGGAAGGGUGAUACUGGAGAGUACACCUUUGAGGUCAAGAACGAGGUUGGCAGUGAUAGCAGCAAAAUGAAUCUCACUGUCUUAGACAAAAUUAUUCCUCCAACAUUCUCACGAAAAUUGAAGGAUACGCAGAGUAUUGUUGGUAAAUCUCAUGUACUGGACUGUAAGGUCUCAGGCUCUGCACCUUUUACCAUUUCUUGGUACCACAAUGGGGAGGAGAUCAAAAGUGGACCCAGCUAUGAGAUAAGUUUUGCUGAGAACACCUGCACACUUACGUUGCCAGUUCUGAGUCUGGCAGAUGCUGGUUCCUACUCAUGCAAAGCUGUGAACGUUGCUGGAAGCACUGAGACUUCUGCCUCACUUGUUGUCAAAGAACCUCCAUCUUUCGUGACUCCUCCUCAGCCGGUUGAGGCACUCCCAGGUACAGGUGUAACAUUCACUGCAACUGUUAGAGGAAGUGCUCCAUUAAAACUGAAAUGGUUCAGAGGCACUAAGGAGAUUGUGUCUGGUGGAGACUGUGAGAUUGCUCUGAGAGGAGACACUGCUACUCUGGAGCUCUUUAAAAUUGACAAAUCCUAUGCAGGGGAAUAUACCUGCCAAAUUAUUAACGACGCAGGGAAGGAGAGCUGCCCUGUCACUCUUUUCGUUAAAGAGGCUGCACACUUUGUCAAGAAGCUGAAAGACACCUCGGUUGAAAUGGGCAAGUCAAUGAUACUUGAGUGCACCUAUGCAGGAAGCCCUAAGAUUCUGGUGAAGUGGCACAAGGAUGGCCAGGAGAUCUUCUCAUCUUACAAAUAUAAUAUCACCACUACUGAGAGGUCCUGCAUUCUGGAAUGUCUCAACAUUGAUAAAGAGGCUGCAGGGAAAUAUUCUUGUGAUGUUUCUAAUGAUGCUGGACAAGACAGCUGUGAAGCCACAGUGUCCAUUUUAGAACCUCCGUACUUUAUUGAGACUUUGGAAGCGAUGGAGGUGACUACAGGCGAUGCAGUCUGUCUGAAAUGCAGGAUUGGGGGCACUCCUGAUAUCAAAGUAUCCUGGUUCAAAGGAGAUGGCAAAGUCCGAUCUUCAUUGAACUGUAAAGUAGAGUACUCUAAAGGCAUUGCUUCUUUGAAGUUAGCCAAAGUCUCCAAAGCUGACACUGGGGAAUAUUCUUGUAAGGCAGAAAACAGCAUCGGAUCGGCAUCCUCUAGCUGCCAUUUAACUGUACAAGAGGCCAAAACACCACCAUCUUUUCCUAAGAAAAUUACUAGCAUUCAGCAAACUGUCGGACACAGUGUUCGGUUUGAGUGUCGUGUUGCAGGAUCAUCUCCUGUCGAGAUUUCUUGGCUUAAAGAUGGUAAGACUCUGAGCGGCGACUCGGAUUACUCCAUGAGCUUUUAUGAUAACUCUGCCGUCCUGACCAUUGCCAGUGGUGAAAUGAGACACUCUGGAGAAUACACGUGUGUUGCAACAAACAGUGUUGGAACUGCUUCUUGCAGAGCUAAACUUACACUUCAAGAGCCAAGAUACCCACCAGUGUUUGAUAAAAAGCUUUCGCCUGUGGAAGUUUCAGUUGGGAGUACUGUGGAAAUGGAAUGCCACAUGACUGGAUCAUUGCCAAUAAAAGUUACAUGGUCAAAAGAUCACAAAGACAUCCGCACUGGGGGCAAUUAUAAAAUAGCUUGUGUGGAUAAUACCCCUCAUCUGACUAUUCUAAAAGCAGAUAAAGCAGACUCUGGCUGCUAUUCUUGCCAUGCUAGCAAUGAAAUGGGGAAGGACUCUUGUUCAACAGAGGUCGCUGUAAAAGAACAAAAAAUUCCACCCAGCUUUACCAAAAUGCCUUCAGAAACCAUUGAGGACACUGAAGGCAAGUUGAUGAAGAUUGAGGCACGUGUUGCUGGAUCGCUGCCCAUGAUUGUCAACUGGUACAAAGACGGCAAUGAAAUCUUCAGCUCUGAUGCUUACGAUAUAACCUUCAAGAACAAUAUGGCUGCGCUGUUUAUCAAGAGUUCACGCUGUUCACAUAGUGGUACCUAUACCAGCAAGGCCACCAAUGAGGCUGGAACUGCUUCAUGUGAGGUUUCAGUCCAUGUUACAGAGCGAAAGGUCCCUCCGAGCUUUGACUUGCCUCUUAAACCUGUGACGGGGAAUGAGGGUGAGAGACUGCUCCUCAGCUGCCAUGCAUGUGGCACUCCACCACUAAAGAUUCAGUGGAUGAAGGACAGAAAAGAUCUGACAUCCUCUGACAACAUCAAGAUCAUGUUUGUAGAUGGCACAGCAACACUGGAAAUGCUCAGGGUGUCCAAAACAGAUGCAGGGGAUUACCUCUGUAAGGCAACCAACGAAGCUGGUAGUGACUUCUGCAAGUCCAGAGUCACUAUUAAAGAAAAGACAAAAGUUCCUGGCGCCGCCCCUGCAGCUCCAGCAGCUCCCGAACCAGCUAAGAAACUGGACAACUUGUUUUUCAUUGAGCAACCCAAGAGUGUUCAUAUUACUGAGAAGGGCACUGCGACCUUCAUCGCUAAGGUUGGUGGUGAUCCCAUUCCCAGUGUAAAAUGGAUGAAGGGCAAGUGGAGGCAGAUGAAUCAUGGUGGACGCAUCAUUAUUGAGCAGAAGGGUCAAGACGCCAAAAUGGAGAUCAAAGAAGCAACCAAAUCUGACUCAGGCCAAUACAGAUGUGUCGCAUCUAACAAACACGGAGAAAUCGAAUGCAACACUGACCUGAAUGUUGAGGAGAAGAAAGAGUUUACACCUGAAACUGUAACACUGAAGAAGACCCCAUCUAAACAGAAAAGCCCUAAAGAGGAAGCAGAGAUUGACAUUGUUGAGCUGCUCCGAAAUGUAGAUCCGAAAGAAUAUGAGAAGUAUGCUCGCAUGUACGGCAUCACAGACUACCGUGGUCUUCUUCAGGCUAUUGAACAGCUGAGGAGGGAAAAAGAAGAAGAAUAUGGAAGACCGGAAGUGGAACAUGCAGGAAGGGAGUCAGAAGAAGACCUGGCAAGACUAGUUGCUGAUUUGCAGAAGAGAAUGGAGCAAACUGAGCCGGUCACACUGAUUGGUGACAUCACUGACCAGACAACCGUUGCCAAUAAGGAUGCUGUGUUUGAAUGUGAGAUCAAAAUCAACUACCCAGAAAUCACACUGUCCUGGUACAAGGGCACACAGAAACUCGACUCGAGUGACAAGUACGAGAUCAGAGUUGUUGGUGACCGCCACAUCUUGAAGCUCAAGAAUUGCCAGGCCCGGGAUGAGGGAAGUUAUCGUAUCGUGUGUGGACCACACAUCUCCAGUGCCAAACUCACAGUGCUGGAGGGUGAAGUGGAACAAUCCAUGGAGGAUGUUGCUGGUAAGGAAGGCCAAACCUGCACAUUGACAUGCCAGUUUUCCAUUCCUAAUGCAAAGGCUCAGUGGUUUAGAAAUGAAAAGCUUUUAGAGCCUAAAGGCAGGUACUCAUACGCCGUGAGCAAUCACACCCAGAGGCUUUCAAUCAAAGAUGUUAGGCCCGAAGAUCAAGGAGAGUACACGUGCAAAUAUAAAAAUCUUGAAACAACUGCAAAUCUUUGGGUUGAAGCCGAACAAAUCCAUUUCACUAAACGCAUCCAGAACAUUGUGGUGCGGGAACGGCACGCCGCUACUUUUGAAUGUGAAGUCUCCUUUGACAAUGCAGUCGUGACAUGGUACAAGGACACAUGGGAACUUAAAGAGAGUCCAAAGUACACGUUCAGAAGUGAAGGUCGACGACACUUUAUGAUCAUCCGCAACGUUAACUCUGAAGAUGAAGGCGUAUAUUCAGUGAUUGUCAGAUUGGAGCCCAGAGGUGAAGCCAAAAGCACAGCAGAGCUUUACCUAUCAGGGAAAGAAAUUGAUGUAGGAAGGGUACCUUACCAUAUCCCAGAUUCAGGAAUACAGGUCCCCGAAGCACCAUAUGCAGUCAGUGUUGAAGCUGAACAAUCUUCCGAAUACUAUUACUAUGAAGAGAAGAUGGAAGUAGAAGGAAAGAGAAUCCCUGUGGAGGAGAGUGUAGAGAGGAUAGCUCUUGGAAUGAGAGAAGGAGUUCCAACCAGAGAUCUUGAGAAACCAGAAGAGAGAGCUGAACCAGUUAAGGAAAAGGAAGCAGUACCAUCUAAAGUGCCGGAAACUAAAAAGCCAGUUGAAGAGAAAAUCAUGCUAACAAAAGUGGAGGAUCCAAGAGAACGAGCCACAGCGAAAGAACGUGGAGAGGAACCUGCACCACAGCCAACUCCAGUUGCUCCCAAAAAAGCUGUAGCUCCUGUGGUUCCUGAGGCUAAAGAGCCAACACUUAAGCCUGUACCAGUAGCUGAACCCAAACCAGAAGUUCAACCCCAGGAGCCAAGACUUAAACCUGUACCAGUGGAAGAACCAAAGCCUGCACCACCAAAAGAAACUGAAUUACCAACAGCCAAAGUUCCUGUGGAGCUUAAGAAGCCCAAACCGACUGAACCUGAGCCACCACGGGCAGUACCAACUAAACCAGAACCAGCACAGGUCACUGUGGCUCCUAAAGAAGUAGCCCCAGCAAAAGUUCCUGUUGAGCCUAUGAAGCCCAAACCGACUGAACCAGAGCCACGAAAGGCAGUACCAGCCAAACCACAACCGGAAAAGGUCACAGUGGCUCCUAAAGAAGUAGCCCCACCUACAGUUCCUGUGGAGCUUAAGAAGCCCAAACCAACUGAACCUGAGCCACCAAAGGCAGUACCAACUAAACCAGAACUCCUAGCUCCUAAAGAAGUAGCCCCACUUACAGUUCCUGUGGAGCUUAAGAAGCCCAAACCCACUGAACCAGAGCCACCUAGGGCAGUACCAACCAAACCAGAACCAGCACAGGUCACUGUGGCUCCUAAAGAAGUAGCUCCAAAAAAAGUACAAGAACAAACAAAAGACAAACAAGAAAGGAAAGAGAAAACCAUUACUUUAACAGAAGAUUACAUUCAAACAGAAGUUCCCAAGAAGAAAGACGUCACUGCUGAGGAUUUAACACCUAUUCCCAAAAUUACUGAAUUUAAACAAGAGCUGGAGGCCAGGCCUGCACCCAAAGCUGAAAUUAGGCCAGAACCUAAGCCUGAGAUUAAACCAGAGCCCAAGCCUCAGAUCAAACCUGAAGUUAAGCCAGAGCCCAAGCCUCAGAUCAAACCUGAUGUUAAGCCAGAGCCCACGCCUCAGAUCAAACCUGAGAUUAAACCAGAGCCCAAGCCUCAGAUCAAACCUGAGAUUAAACCAGAGCCCAAGCCUCAGAUCAAACCUGAGGUUAAGCCAGAGCCCAAGCCUCAGAUCAGACCUGAGGUUAAACCAGAGCCCAAGCCUCAGAUCAAACCUGAGGUUAAACCAGAGCCCAAGCCUCAGAUCAAACCUGAAGUUAAGCCAGAGCCCAAGCCUCAGAUCAAACCUGAGGUUAAGCCAGAGCCCAAGCCUCAGAUCAAACCUGAGGUUAAACCAGAGCCCACACCUCAGAUCAAACCUGAGGUUAAGCCAGAGCCCAAGCCUCAGAUCAAACCUGAAGUUAAGCCAGAGCCCACGCCUCAGAUCAAACCUGAGGUUAAGCCAGAGCCCAAGCCUCAGAUCAAACCUGAGGUUAAACCAGAGCCCACACCUCAGAUCAAACCUGAGGUUAAACCAGAGCCCAAGCCUCAGAUCAAACCUGAGGUUAAACCAGAGCCCAAGCCUCAGAUCAAACCUGAGGUUAAACCAGAGCCCAAGCCUCAGAUCAAACCUGAGGUUAAACCAGAGCCCAAGCCUCAGAUCAAACCUGAAGUUAAGCCAGAGCCCACACCUCAGAUCAAACCUGAGGUUAAACCAGAGCCCAAGCCUCAGAUCAAACCUGAGCCUAAAGCUGAAAUCAAGCCAGACAAACCUGCACCAGAGAGGAAACCUGAACCACCUCCAGCAAAAGUUUAUUUGGAACAAGAAAAAUCAAAACCAUCUCAACCACAACCAACAAGGCCAGUACCAGCUCAACCAGAACCAGCACAAGUCAUUUUGGUAGUGAAGGACGUGACCCCUAAGAAAGUUCUUUUGGAGCCAAAAGAAGAGCUGACAAGAAAACUGGAUGCAAAUAUUUGUUCUUCAGAGAAGGAAAAACAAGCCAAAGUGUUGGAACCAGAGAAGAAGGCUCCAGCAGAAAAGCUACCUGCGAAGAAAGAGGAAGUUACUCCCAAAGUUGAAAAGAAACCGACUCCAGAGCCUACAGUUUUGCCACCAACUAAGAAAAUUUCCCCAGCUGAAGCUGAAAAAGAAGCUCCAGCACAGCCUGCAGGUGUACCACCAGCAAAGAAAGUUACUCCAGUUGAAGAGGCUGAAAAGGAACCCGUUUCUGCUCCUGCAGCUGGGAGAAAAGGAAAGAUUCUUAGUACUGUGGAGGAAAAACUAGAAAUGCCAACUCUAAAGCAAGUUAAAAGGAUCUCUAGAGAGAAGGACGAAGAACAAGAGAGCGUGAAAUUAAAGAAGGUUCCUAAGCCUCCAGUCGAAAAGCAUGAAGAAGUCAAGAAAGUCUUUGCUGAAGCAGAAACUGAGAUUUUAAUUACAGAGAGAUAUGAGGCUGAAAUGCAUUUCGAAAAAUAUGAAAGAAUUAAAAGAACUGAGGCAUCAAGGCCUAAAAAAGACAAAGCGGUUCCAGUUUAUGAUGUUAAAGAACCAGAAACAAUCAAACCAGAGGAAAAGAAGGAGGAAAGGCCCGAAUUUAAGAGAACAGAAAAGAUUCCAAAACAGGACGUUCCAGAUGAACCUGGGCUGGCUCUUAAAAAGGUAAAGAAGUUGCCUCUUGAAGAAAAAGACCAAGAAACAGUAAAACUAAAACCCUUUGAAAAACCUGAGAAACCAGAACCUGUACCAGAAAAAAAUGCUAAAAAGGAACCAAGCAAGAAAGAACCGAUAUCUUUUGAAAGAGAUAGAGAACCUAUUGCGUUUGAAAAAGGUGAACUACCCCAGAAGGCUGGUGUACAAAAAGAACCUGAGACCCCUAAGAAAACAGUGGAGCCUCCUAAACCUGAAGAGAAGAAACCAGAUGAGGUGGACCGCAAGCCUGUGGAUAGAGCAAAAAAGGCUGAAGUACCAAAAGAGCCCGAAACACCAUCUUGGAAGGGCAAGAAAAUCCCAAAACAAGAGGAAGAGCCUGAGAAGAUUCACCUGAAGCCUUUUACAAAGAAGCCUUCAGCUGAUGAGAAGAAGGCUCCAGAACCUAAGGAUAAAAAGCCAACAGAGAUAGUGCCACCUAGCCGAACGCCAAUAGAACCGAAAGCUCAGGAGAGGGAGGUUGAAAUGCCUAUAAAAGAAGCUGAAAAGAAGCCAGCUGAGGUUCCUCAAGAAGAGGAAAAGAAGGAGAUCCCCAAAAAAGUAACUCCUUUGAGAAAGGAUACACCAAAGCAGCAGGAGGAGGAGAAGAAACCGCUAGUUAUCAAAAAGGGCAGUUUGCCCAAAGAACCUGAGAAGGAAGAAAUUGUACUUAAACCAGUUAAGAGGGUUUUGGAACCAAAAAAGACUCCUUCACCCAAAGUGACCAAGCCAGAACCAACUGAACUGACACCUGUGGAGAAAAAACCAAGUGCAGGUGUUGCUAAAAAGCCAAUUCCUGCAAAGGUCACACCUAAAGACUCUUUUGAAAGUGUAACUCUUAAGAAGGUGCCCAAAAAGGUUUCACCCCAGGAGGAAAAGCCCGACAAAAAGCGAGAGGUUCCUCUAAAGAAAGAACUUUCUCCUGAAGCCAUACAGCUGAGAAAAACAUCAACCCCAAGGGAAAAAGAAGCAUUGGAAGAGGAAGCGGUUGAUAUUGGAGAGGAGGCGGAGGUUGAGUCGUGGGGAAUGGAACUUACUCCUCAAGAUAGUUACGCUUCAGAAGACUAUGAGUAUUUGGAAGACGACGCACUUGAGACGACAGGCGUUCCAGGAGCUAGACGAGACGGAAAACCAAAAGAAGAGGUCGGUAAGGGCAGAGGACUGAAACCAAGACAAACCCCAUCUCCUGGCGAUGCUGGACGUGGAAGAGGAUUGAAACCGGGUGCUGGAGGUGAAAAACCUCCAGGAGACGCACCGUUUGGUUUCCAGCUUAAGGCUGUGCCUCUGAAGUUUAUCAAGGAAGUCCAGGACAUCGUGUUGGAUGAGGCUGAAUCUAUCGGUUCCUCCGCUGUAUUUGAGUGUCAGGUCUCUCCUUCUACUGCUAUAACUACAUGGAUGAUAGAUGGAAGUAACCUAAGAGAGAGUCCUAAGCACAAGUUUACUUCUGAUGGAAAGGACCGUAAACUGGCCAUCAUUGAUGUCCAGCUAUCAGACACCGGAGAGUACACAUGUGUUGCCAAGCUUGGAAAUAAAGAGAAGACGUCAACUGCAAAACUGAUUGUUAAAGAGCUACCUGUGAAAUUCACCAAGAAUCUGGAGGAUGAAAUGUCUGUGCUGAAGGGACAACCCAUGUACUUGACAUGUGAGUUGAGUAAAGACAGAGACGUGGUUUGGAAGAAGGAUGGAAAGCCACUCACGGCAAUUGAAGGCAAGGUUGCCAUCAAUGUUAUUGGCCUGCAACAUUCCGUGACAAUCCAGGACUCCAACGAUGAUGAUGCUGGAGUUUAUACAUGUGACUGUGAAAACCUCCAGACCAAGUCAACCGUCAAAAUCAUCGAAAUUAUCAGAGACUGGUUGACGAAACCACUGAGAGACCAACACGUCAAACCAAAGGCUACUGCUACCUUCAAGUGUGAGCUCUUUAAAGACACUCCCAAUUGGAAGUGGUUCAAGGGAGACGAAGAGCUUCCAACCGAACCCACAGAUAAGUUCGAGAUCAAGAAGGAUGGAAAAGACGUCAGUCUGACCAUUAAGAAUGCCCAGCCGGAUGACGUCGGCGAGUACGCCAUUGAAGUGGAGGGUCGUCGAUAUACCGCAAAACUGACACUGGGAGAACGUGAGGCUGAGAUCCUGAAACCACUUGCCAGUGUGGAAGUGGUUGAAAAGGAGGAGGCCAACUUUGAUACUGAAAUCUCUGAGGAUGAUGUGCCCGGAGAAUGGAAACUUAGAGGACAGGUUCUAAUAAGAUCACCGACAUGUGAUAUCAGAGCAGAGGGAAAGAAGCGAUUCCUGACUUUGAAAAACGUUCAGCUCGACCAGGCUGGAGAAGUAACAUACCAAGCUCUAAACGCCAUCACAAGUGCAAUGCUUACAGUCAAAGAAAUCGAAAUGGAUUUCGUAGUACCACUGAAGGACAUUACCGUACCUGAAAAGAAACAAGCAAAGUUUGAGUGCAUCAUCACUAAGGAUGUACCUAAAGUGAUGUGGUAUAGAGGAUCUGAUAUUGUUAUAUCAGACCAGAAAUAUGAUAUCAUUGAUGAUGGAAAGAAGCACAUGUUGGUUAUAAACCAGUGUGAGUUUGAGGAUGAGGGGGAAUAUUCUAUUGAGGUCUUGAAUAAAACAUCAACAGCUAAACUGACGGUGGAGGGUAUUAGACUGAAGUUUAUCUCACCAAUGUCGGAUCAAACUGUGAAGGAAAGCGAAACUGCUCGGUUUGAGCUUGAGCUCUCUCAUGAGAAUGUCCCAGUGACUUGGUACAAAAAUGAAACAAAACUGCAUCCGAGCAGAACCGUGCUUACCCAUGUUGAUGGAAAGAGACAUAUAUUAGAAAUCAAAGAAGUCACUCUAGAUGAUACCUGCCAAAUAAAGGCAGAGGCUAAAGGAUUAUCGACUACAGCAAACCUGACUGUACUAGAGGGAGACGCCUACUUCACGGUUAAACUUCAGGACUACACGGCAGUUGAGAAAGACGAGGUGACUCUCGACUGUGAGCUGAGCAAAGACGUUCCUGUGAAGUGGUUCCAUAAUGAGACAGAAAUUAAGGCCUCCAAGCUGGUUUCCAUGAAGGCUGAUGGUAAAAGAAGAGUCCUCCAGAUCAAGAAAGUAGGGGACAAAGACAAGGGCCAGUAUGUCUGUGAUUGUGGAACAGACAAAACAAUGGCAACUGUGAAUAUUGAAGCCCGUGACAUCAAGGUGGUUAAACCUAUGUACGGUGUGGAGCUGUUUGAUGGUGAAACCGCACGUUUUGAGGUGGAACUCUCAGAGGACGACGUCCACGGCCAGUGGAAACUGAAGGGAGAGGUUUUUUCUCAGUCACCGGAUGUUGAAAUAAUUGAGGAUGGAGCUAAGCACACUUUGACUUUGUACAACUGCAAAGUUCCCCAGACAGGCGAGGUUUCAUUCCAGGGUGCCAAUGCCAAGUGUUCUGCAAAUCUGAAAGUAAAAGAACUUCCAAUUACUUUCCUGACACCUCUGAGUGAUGUGCAAGUGUAUGAGAAGGAUGAAGCGAGGUUUGAGUGUGAGAUAUCACGCGAAGCAAAGAGCUUCAGAUGGCUGAAGGGAUCUCAGGAGCUGACGGCCGAUGAUAAAUUCGACAUUUUGGUGGAGGGAAAACAACACACUCUCAUUGUCAAAUCUGCAGCCUAUGAAGACGAGGCUAAGUACAUGUUCGAGGCAGAGGACAAGAGAACUUCUGGCAAACUCAUUAUUCAAGGUAUUCGUCUUGAGUUCAUCAAGCCUAUCAAGGAUGUCACGGUGAAGGAGCGCGAGACAGCAGAAUUCAGUAUCGAGCUUUCUCACGAGAACGUUCAGGUCACCUGGUACAAAAACGACGUGCGCCUGCACCCAAGCAAAGUGGUCCACAUGUCAGAACAGGGCAAGAUCCACACGCUGUCUAUCAAGGAGGUGUCCAUCGACGAUACUUCUCUAAUCAAAGUAGAGGCUCUUGGAAAAAGCUGUGAGGCCAUGCUUACUGUGCUUGAGGGCGAGGCUUACUUUACCACCAAGCUACAGGACUACACAGCGGUGGAGAAGGACGAAGUGGUGCUGAUGUGCGAACUUAGCAAACCUUCAGCUGAGGUGAAAUGGUAUAAAGAUGGCAAGGAGAUUACCCCCUCCAAAAAUAUUCUCAUCAAGGCUGAUGGGAAGAAGCGCAUUCUGACUGUGAAGAGAGCUGAUAAAGGAAAUAUUGGAGAAUAUACUUGUGACUGCAGUACCGACAAAACCACAGCUAAGCUCAAUAUUGAAGAACGUGACAUCAAAGUAGUCCGUCCACUCUACAGCGUGGAGGUUACAGAAACAGAGACGGCUCGCUUUGAAACAGAGAUCUCCGAGGAGGACGUCCAUGGAAACUGGAAACUGAAAGAAGAAGCUCUGCACCAGUCUCCGGACUGCGAGAUUAAAGAAGAAGGAACCAAGCACAUGCUGAUUCUCUACAACGUACGCAUGGACAUGGCCGGUGGUGUAGACUUCAGUGCUGCCAAUGCUAAAUCCAGCGCUCAGCUCCGUGUUAAAGCACGAGUCAUAGGCCUCCUGCAGCCUCUCAAGGAUGUUACGGUGACGGCCGGAGAGACAGCAACCUUUGAUUGUGAGCUGUCAUACGAGGGCAUAUCUGUGGAGUGGUUCCUCGGGGGUACAAAACUGGAACCAAGCGACAGAGUGGUGACUCGAGCUGAAGGUAGAGUCCACACGCUGACCCUUAGAGAUGUGAAACUGACAGAAGCAGGAGAGGUGAAACUCACUGCUAAAGAUUUCCAAACCCAGGCCAAACUCAUCAUAAAAGAACCUCCAGUCGAGUUCACCAAGCCGCUUGAGGACCAGACUGUAGAGGAAGAAGCCACCGCUGAAUUAGAGUGUGAAGUGUCCAAAGAAAGUGCAGAGGUCAGUUGGUUCAGAGAUGGACAGGAAAUCCGUAAAACUAAGAAGUACGAGAUGGUGGCUGAGGGCCGCAAGAGAAAGCUCAUCAUCCACGACUGCACACUUGAUGAUUCAAAGACAUACACCUGUGACGCCAAAGACUUUAAGACUUCUGCUUUCCUCAAUGUUGAACCUCCACAUGUUGAGUUUACUAAACCACUCCAUGAUGUUGAGGUCAUGGAGAAAGAAACAGCCAAGUUUGAGUGUGAAGUUUCCAGAGAAAAUGCUAAGGUCCGCUGGUUCAAGGACGGAAAUGAAAUCAGAAAAGGCAAGAAAUAUGACAUAAUUUCCAAAGGAGUGCAGCGCAUUCUUAUCAUUAGCAAGUCAGUGUUUGAUGAUGAGGCUGAAUAUGAAUGUGACGCGAAGACCUCCAAGACCUCUGGGAUGCUGACCGUCAUUGAGGAGGAGGCAAGAUUCACAAAGAACCUGUCCAACGUUGAAGGCACAGAGACUGACAGUGUUAAGCUGAUCUGUGAGGUCUCCAAGUCCAGUGCAGAUGUUACAUGGUAUAAGGGUGACCAGGAACUGCCUGAGGGAGGCAGAUAUGAACAUAUCACAGACGGCAGAAAGAGAAUCUUGUUCAUCCAGGAUCUUCGCAUGGAUGAUGCAGGAGAGUAUCACUGCAAACUGCCCAAAUCUCAAACCACAGGAAACCUGAGAAUUAACGAACUUGCUGCUGAGUUCCUUUCCAGACCUCAAAGCCAGGAGGUGGUGGAGGGUGAAAAGGCAGAAUUUUCAUGUUCGGUCUCCAAGGACUCUUACGAAGUCAAAUGGCUCAGAGGCGACAAAGAACUUCAGACAGACGACAAAUACGAAAUCAUUUCUGACGGAAAGAGACGAGUCCUCGUGGUGAAGAACUGCGAGCGGGCCGACGAGGGUCCUUUCGUGGCGCUUAUUGGAGCAACCAGAGCUUCAGCUGAACUGACAGUACUCGAGAAACUUAGAAUUAUUACACCCCUCAAAGACACGAAGGCAAGUGAGGGACAAGAGAUUGUUCUUAACUGCGAGGUGAACACAGAGGACGCCAAGGCCAAGUGGCUGAAGAAUGAAGAGACUGUGUUUGAGAGCAGCAAAUUUAUCAUGACUCAGAAGUACAACGUGUACUCUCUUAGAAUCACCAACGCUGAGAAUUCAGAUGCAGCUAAUUAUGUGGUCAUUCUGUCCAAUCAGCGUGGAGAAUCCGUCAAGAGUUCUGCCAACAUCACCGUACAAGAGGAGGAUCUGAGGAUCAUUGUUCCUCUGGAGGAUGUGGAAACCCAGGAGAAGAAGACCAUUAGCUUCUCAUGCAAAGUGAACAGACUGAACGCAAAGCUGCAGUGGUUGAAAGGUGGACAGGAGAUCACCUUCAGCAAACGCAUCGUGUACCGUGUUGACAAGGACAAGCACACCAUAACCAUUAAAGACUGCAGUCUGGCAGAUGAGGGCGAGUACUUAGUCAUCGCUGGUGCCGACAAGUCCACAGCUGAGCUGAUCAUUAGUGAAGCUCCUACAGACUUCAUCACACAUCUUCAGGACCAGACCAUCACUGAAUUUGAAGAUGCUGAAUUUAACUGCCAGCUUUCUAAAGACAAAGCAGAAAUUAAAUGGUACAGAGAUGGCAGAGAGAUCCGAGAGGGGCCACGGUAUCAGUUUGAGCGUGAUGGAAAGACCUGCACACUGCGCAUUAAGGAGUGCAGACCCGAUGAUGAAUGUGAAUACGCCUGCGGUGUCGACGACAAAAAAUCAAGGGCUCGUCUCUUUGUUGAAGAGACCCCAGUGGAGAUUAUCAGGCCACCCCUGGAUGUGUCUGAGCCUCCAGGCACUGACGUUGUGUACGAGGUCGAGCUCAACAAGGACAGAGUUGAAGUCAAAUGGCUAAGAAACAACAUGACCAUUGUCCAGGGUGACAAAUACCAAAUGAUGAGCGAAGGCAAAAUUCACAGGCUUCAGGUCUGUGAGAUUAGACCUCGCGACCAGGGCGAGUACAGAGUCAUCGCUAAAGACAAGGAUGCAAGAGCCAAGCUGGAGCUUGCAGCUGUGCCACAGAUCAAGACUACAGACCAGGACUUGAUAACAGAUGCUGGAAAACCACUUGUCAUGUCAGUGCCCUACAGUGCAUACCCACACGCUGAGGCUGAAUGGUUCUUUGAUAACGUUAGCCUGCCAAAAGAUAAUAUUUAUACCACUCCAGACAAAACAGAGUACCGACUUAAGGACCCCAAGAAAUUAGACGAGGGUCGUUAUAAAAUCAUUAUAAAGAACAAGCAUGGAGAGGGAGAGGCUUUCAUCAAUCUUAAAGUUGUUGAUGUUCCUGGCCCUGUGAAGAACCUGCAUGUGGUCGACACAGCCGACGGAGAGGUCAGCAUUGCAUGGGACGAACCCGAGAGUGACGGCGGUAGCAAAAUCCUAGCAUACGUUGUUGAGAGACGAGAUGUCAGACGCAAGACCUGGACUCUAGCGACGGACCGGGCUGACAGCACAGAGUACACCGUCACCGGCCUGCAGCAGGACUCGAAAUAUUUUUUCCGUGUUUGUGCUCGCAACAGAGUUGGAUGUGGUCCCAACGUUGAGACUGAUGAAGCAGUGCAAGCCAAGAAUAAGUUUGAUGUUCCUGACCCACCUCAGAAUGUCUCUGUUGGCAACGUGAGCAAGUUUGGCGCUACCGUCUCCUGGGAGCCUCCUCUGUACGACGGUGGAGCAGAAAUCACUGCCUACAUCAUUGAGCUUCGUGACAGGACUUCUGUGCAGUGGUCUCCAGUCAUGUUGACCAAAGCACAGGAUCGUUCAGCCAUCGUUAACGACGUUAUUGAAAACAAGGAAUACAUCUUCCGUGUCAGAGCAGAGAACAAGGCUGGCCAGGGCAAGCCAAGUGCCGCCACUAACUCAGUUAAAAUCAUGGACCCAAUUGAGAGGCCAAGCCCACCACUGAAUCUUACCCACUCAGAACAGACCAAGGAUUCCUGCCUGCUGACAUGGGAGACUCCUCUCAAAAAUGGAGGCAGCAUGAUCACUGGCUACAUCAUCGAGAGAUGCGAGGAAGACUCAGACAAGUGGCUGAGAUGCAAUGCCAGGCUUUGCCCAGAGCUCCUGUACAGGAUGUCUGGCCUUAAAAAUGGAAAGAAAUACAAAUACAGAGUGAUUGCUGAGAAUGCAGCCGGUCAGUCAGACCCAUCUAAUGUUGUUGGACCUGUUCUGGCUGAUGACUCACACUUUGCACCUACACUGGACUUGAGUGCUUUUAAGGAUGGCCUGGAGGUAAUUGUUCCUCAGUCUCUUGUUAUUCGUGUUCCCAUUACUGGAUACCCAACACCCACUGCCAAGUGGAGCUUUGGAGAAAAUGAGCUCACUGCUGGUGACCGUGUGUCCAUGGUGACAAAGAGCACUUUUACAGAGUUGGUCAUUACCCCAAGUGUACGUCCAGACAAGGGUACAUAUUCUCUUACGCUGGAGAACGAUGUGAGCAGCGUCUCUGGAGAGAUCGACGUCAACGUAAUCGCAUGUCCAAGUGCACCCAAGGACUUUAAGGUGGCAGAGGUAACCAGACGCCAUGUUCAUCUUAUGUGGGAAGCACCAGACCAUGAUGGAGGAAGCCCAUUGACUGGCUACCAGGUUGAAAAGCGUGAGGCAUCCAGAAAGACUUGGGUCAAGGUAAUUACUGGUGUGCAAGACCAAGAAUACACAAUCACAGAUGUGAUCGAGGGCAAGGAGUACCUGUUCAGAGUUACCGCCUGCAACAAGUGCGGCCCUGGAGAACCUGCCUACAUCGAUGAUCCUGUGAACGUGUCUUCACCAGCCACUGUUCCAGAUCCACCAGAGAAUCUUAAAUGGAGAGACAAGUCUGCCAGCAAGAUAUUCCUCUCAUGGGAGCCUCCAAAGUGGGAUGGUGGUGCACCAAUUAAAAACUACAUGGUUGAUAAAUGCCAGCGUGGUACUGACAAGUGGGAGCCCUGCGGCGACCCAAUUCCUGAGCUGAAGCUUGAGGUGACAGGUCUGAAAGAGGGUCAGUGGUAUGCCUAUCGUGUCCGGGCUGUGAACAGACUGGGCUCAGGCAGACCUUGCAAGGCAACUGAUGAGAUUUUGGCUGUUGAUCCUAAAGAGCCUCCAGAGAUCCACUUAGAUGCAAAACUACUGGCAGGCUUAACUGCAAAGGCUGGCACAAAGAUCGAACUUCCUGCUGACAUCACAGGCAAACCUGAACCAAAGGUCAAAUGGAGCAAGGCUGACCUCAUCUUGAAGGAGGAUGACAGAAUCUCUAUUGAAACAAAGCCCGGUCACUCUACAGUCUUUAUCGCUAAAACAAAACGUGAUGACUCUGCCACGUACAUUGUUGAGGCAGUUAACAGCAGUGGCCGUGCAACUGCAACCGUUGAUGUCAACAUUUUAGAUAAGCCUGGUCCUCCAGCUGCUUUCGAUAUCUCUGAAAUUACCAGCGAGUCUUGUUUACUUGGCUGGAAUCCACCCAGAGAUGAUGGUGGAUCAAAGGUGACCAACUACAUUGUUGAGAGAAAGGCCACAGACAGUGAGAUCUGGUACAAGCUCUCUUCCACUAUCAAGCAGACCAACUAUAAAGCCACCAAACUCAUACCUUUUAAAGAAUACAUCUUCAGAGUCUAUGCAGAAAACCAGUUUGGUAUUGGUUUACCAGCUGAACACGCUCCAGUAACUGCCAGAUACCCAUUCGAUUCACCUGGACCUCCAUACAAACUUGAGGCAUCUGAUAUUGCUAAGGAUGCUGUAACUCUGAACUGGUACGAGCCUGAUGAUGAUGGUGGAAGCCCCAUUACUGGCUACUGGGUGGAGAGAUUUGAGCCAGAUGUUGAUAAGUGGAUAAGAUGCAAUAAAGUGCCAGUCAGCGACACUAAUUUAAGAGUGAAAGGAUUGCCUACAAGGAAGAAGUACAAGUUCCGAGUCUUGGCUGAGAAUCUGGCUGGACCAGGCAAACCAAGCAAAGAGACUGACCAGAUCUUGAUCAAGGAUCCUAUCGAUCCUCCAUGGCCUCCUGGCAAGCCUACCGUUAAAGAUGUCGCGAAAACAUCUUGCUUCCUGCAAUGGACAAAACCCGAGCACGAUGGUGGGGCUAAGAUCGAGUCCUACGUCAUCGAACUUCUCAAAAGUGGAACCACUGAUUGGGUUCGCGUGGCGGAAGGUGUUCCUUCCCUCGAGUAUUUCCUGAAGGGACUGAUGGAGAAGCAGGAAUACUCCUUCCGUGUCAGGGCCGUCAAUGCAGCAGGAGAGAGCGAGCCUAGUGAGCCCAGCAAUCCUGUCCUGUGCAAGGAGAGACUCAAUCCUCCAUCUCCACCACGUUGGUUAGAGGUGGUGAGUAUUUCCCGUGACAACGCCGAACUGAAGUGGACAGCCCCGGAGAGAGACGGUGGAUCUCCAAUAACCAACUACAUUGUGGAAAAGAGAGACGUCAGGCGCAAGGGCUGGCAGGCCGUGGACACCACAGUGAAGGAGCUGAAAUAUACAGUCACGCCACUUAACGACGGCUCGCUCUACGUGUUCCGCGUGGCAGCAGAGAACGCUGUCGGACCCAGUGACUACUGUGAACUUGUGGAUUCUGUUCUAGCGAAAGAUACAUUUACUACUCCUGGACCUCCUUAUGCUCUGACUGUCGCUGGGGUGUCAAAGACCCAUGUUGAUCUUACAUGGGAGGCACCUAAGAAUGAUGGUGGCCGACCUAUCUUGAGAUAUGUCAUUGAGAAGAAAGAGAAACUUGGAACCCGCUGGGUGAAAUCUGGUAAGACGUCAGGGCCUGACUGCAAGUACAGGGUGACCGACGUGAUUGAAGGAACUGAGGUGCAGUUCCAGGUCCUCGCUGAGAACGAGGCUGGGGUUGGACACCCAAGUGAGCCCACAGAUAUUGUGGUAAUUGAGGAUCCCACAGGCCCACCAUCUCCUCCUCAGGAGCUCCACGUCACCGAGGCAGCUCGAGAUCACAUCUCUAUCGCAUGGAAACCUCCAGAAAGGAACGGAGGAAGUCCAGUCACUGGCUACCACAUUGAGCUCUGUGAGGCUGGAACAGAGAAAUGGAUGAGAGUUAAUUCCCGGCCAGUUAAAGAGCUGAAGUACAGAGCUGGGGAGGAGGAAGGCAUCGUUCCUGAGAAGCAGUACAUUUUCAGAGUCCGUGCCGUUAAUUCAAUUGGUGCCAGCGAGCCCUCAGAUAUCUCAGAGAGUGUAUAUGCAAAGGACUCUGACUGUGCGCCAACCAUUGACUUCCAGACCAAAGAUCUCGUUGUUGUGGAGGGUGAGAAGAUGCACCUUCCCAUUCCAUUCAUCGCUGUUCCAUCACCCAAGAUUACAUGGCACAAGGACGGCAAGGAGUUAAAGGCCGAUGACAGAGUCGCGUUCAGAUCAGAGUAUACAUCCUGCCACCUGGAAAUCCCAGACUGCAUCCAUGCUGAUGCUGGCCAGUACAAAGUGACUCUGGAGAACUCUCAUGGAGCAACCAGUGGAACAAUGAACGUUAAAGUUAUUGGUCUUCCUGGACCCUGCAAGGAAAUUGCUGCUAGUGAAAUCACCAAGAACUCCUGCAAAGUGUCAUGGGAUCCUCCAGACUACGAUGGCGGCAGCCCUAUCCUCCACUACGUCCUGCAACGCAGAGAGGCGGGCAGGAGAACGUAUGUCAAUGUCAUGUCCGGUGAAAACAAAGUUAGCUGGCCUGUCAAGGAUCUCAUCCAAAAUGGAGAGUACUACUUCCGUGUCCGCGCGGUGAACAAAAUCGGCGGUGGAGAGUUCAUUGAGCUUCGCAAUCCCGUGAUUGCCGAGGAUCAGAAACAUCCACCUGAUCCACCUGUAGAUGUUGAAACCCACAAUCCUACUUCAGAGUCUGUGACCCUGACCUGGAAGCCGCCCAUGUAUGAUGGCGGAAGCAAGAUCAUGGGUUACAUUUUGGAGAAGAUGAUGAAGGGAGAAGACAAAUUUGAGAGAUGUAAUGACUUCCUUGUGCCAGUGUUGUCCUACACUGUUAAAGGCUUGAAGACUGGAAAAGAGUACCAGUUCCGUGUGCGUGCAGAGAACGCAGCGGGCAUUAGUGAUCCUUCCCGCAGCACCCCUCUGGUCAAAGCUACUGAUGCAGUUGAUCGUCCCAAAGUGUUCCUCAGCGGUAGCUUGCAAUCCGGCUUGAGUGUCAGGAGAGGUGAAGAGAUCCAUCUGACUGCCUACAUUUCGGGAUUCCCUUAUCCGGAAAUAACAUGGACGAGGAACAAUUCAACCAUCAGGCCAGAAGCACUGAAGAAGAGGCCAGAAAAGCCUAAAAAGAAGAAGGAACAGAAGCCAGAAAAGAAGGAGGAAGAGAAGGACAAGCCAGAGGAAAAGAAAGAAGAAGAGAAAGAAAAGAAGGAGGAAAAACCAGAGGAGGCCAAAGAGAAGAAGGAGGAACCAGAGGAACCUGAAGAGCCAGAAGAGGAGUACCACCCAUCACUGAAUGAGCGUCUUACUAUCGACAACGCAAGGAAGGGAGAAUCCUAUGUUAUCAUAAAAGACGUUAUCAGGGGAGAUCAUGGUGUGUUCACCAUCAAGGUGGAGAAUGAUCAUGGUGUCGCCACUGCCAUCUGUGAGAUCAGUGUUCUGGAUACUCCUGGUCCUCCAGUCAACUUCAAAUUCGAGGAGGUUAGAAAGGAUUCUGUCCUCUGUAAAUGGGAUCCUCCUCUGGAUGACGGCGGCAGUGAAAUUGUCAAUUACAUCCUUGAGAAGAAAGACAACUCCAAGGUUGAAACUGGAUGGGUCACUGUGACUUCAACUCUCAGAGGCUGCAAGUACCCAGUGACAAAAUUAAUCGAAGGCAAAGAGUACAUCUUCAGAGUUACUGCCGAGAAUAGAUUCGGUCCUGGAAAACCAUGUGUCUCCAAACCUGUUGUUGCCAAGGAUCCAUUUGAUCCUCCGGAGGCUCCUGAGAAGCCUGAGAUCGUGGAUAUCACAGCCAACAGCAUGGUCGUCACUUGGAACGAGCCCAAUGACAAUGGCAGCCCCAUCCAAGGAUACUGGGUGGAAAAACGAGAAAUUAACAGUACACACUGGGCAAGAGUUAACCGCAACAUUGUUAAUGACCUUGAAAUAAAAGUAGAAGGUCUCUUGGAAGGAUUUACCUACAUCUUCAGGGUCUGUGCAGAGAACUUGGCUGGCUGUGGAAAGUUUAGUCCACCAUCUGAUCCAAAAACAGCACAGGCUCCCAUCUUGCCACCGGGUCCACCAAUUCCACGCAUCGUUGACACCACUGAUCAUUCAAUAACAGUGGAAUGGGAUCCUCCAGCAGACAAUGGUGGUGCAGACAUUUUCGGCUACCAUGUUGACAAGGUAAUCGCUGGCACUAAGGACUGGUCCCGAGCCACAGAGAGACCAUGGAAGACCCGCACGUUCACUGUGUUCGGGGUCAGAGAAGGAGCUAAGUACAUAAUCCGCGUAGUUGCAGUCAACUCUGCAGGUGAAGGAGCUCCUGGUAUGACAGAUGCUGCUAUCGUGAGGAAUCCUGCAGAGAUGCCUGUCAUUGAACUUGAUAUCUCUGUGAAACACGGUCUCGUCAUAAGAGCUGGCGAGAUACUGAAGAUCCCUGCUCACGUGACAGGAAAACCUAAACCCUCACUUUCAUGGACAAAAGAUGAUGCAGCGCCCGAUAAGGAGCGUGUAGAGAUUGAAGAAGUGGAUCAAGAUAGCACACUGAUCAUCAAGACUUCGAAGAGAAGUGACGGCGGAAAAUACCAAAUCACUGCAGCAAACCCAAGUGGUAUCAAGUCUGCAUGGACCAGAGUGGAAGUUAUGGAUGUACCUGGACCCGUCCUUGACCUCAAGCCUGUUGUAGUAACCAGAAAGUUGAUGAUUCUGAACUGGUCCGAUCCCGAUGAUGAUGGUGGCAGUGAUCUGACUGGCUUUGUUAUUGAGAGAAGAGAGCCAAAGAUGCACACGUGGAGGCAGCCCAUCGAAACACCUGCAUCCAAGUGUGAAAUUGUGGGCAUCAUGGAGGGACAGGAGUACAUCUUCCGAGUUGUAGCCAAGAACAAGUACGGCUGUGGACCACCAGUUGAUCUUGGACCUAUUCGUGCUGUCGAUCCACAAGGUCCACCAACUUCCCCUGAGAAGUUCCACUACACAGAGAGAACCAAAUCUUCCCUUACACUGGCAUGGAGACCUCCUCGCAAUGAUGGUGGCAGUCCAAUCAUCGGCUACAUCAUUGAGAAGAAGCGUCAGGACGAGCCUGCUUUCCAGCCUGUCUCUAAAGACCUGUGCACCGACCUAACCCUGACCGUGGAGAAUCUGGAUGAGCUGCACAUGUACGAGUUCCGUGCAAAGGCUGUCAACAGCAUUGGUGAAAGUGAUCCUUCCAUCCCCAUGACUGUUGUGAUUCAGGAUGAUGAAGUUGCUCCAACUUUGCACAUGAUGAAGCACUUUAAGGGUGAUUUGAUCAGAGUAAGGAAGAACGAGCCUAUCGAGAUUCCUGCUGAGAUCACAGGUCUCCCAAUGCCAAAGGUCGAAUGGUUGAAGGAUGAUGUUGUCAUGGACAAAUCCAGUGAGAGAGUCCUGAUGGAGACCAAAGAGAUCGACAGACUUACAGAACACACCAAACUCACAAUCCCAGCUAUUGCAAGGCUGGACAAGGGAACCUAUACAGUAACUGCUUCAAACAGACUGGGAACAGCCAGUCAUAGCAUCACUGUAGAGGUGCUAGAUCGCCCGACACCACCGAGAAAUCUUGCUGUUUCAAACAUCCGAGCUGAGUCCUGCCAGCUGACCUGGGAUGCACCACGUGAUACCGGUGGCAGUGAGCUCACCAACUACAUUGUUGAGAAGAAAUACCUCGAUGUUGAGGAUCCUGAAAAAGCAGAAUGGGUUCUGGUUACGAACUCUAUUGUCGACAAGAAAUAUGGGGUCUGGGACCUGGAAACAGGAGGCAACUAUAAGUUCAGAGUCAAAGCUGAGAAUAAAUUCGGAAUAAGUGACGCCUGUGAAACAGAGGAAAUACAAAUCAGGGAUCCAUUUGCUUUACCAGGUCCACCACAAAAUGUCAAAAUUGCAGAGCACUCUAUAACCCAUAUGCUGGUGACCUGGGACCCACCACUGGAUAGUGGUGGAUCUGCUAUCACUGGUUAUUGGCUAGAGAAGCGUGAAAAAGGCACCUCCUACUGGUCUAAAGUAAACAAGUCCUUGGUUUCAAAGCGUGGCAUGAAAGGAUGGGAAUUCCAGGUCACACGUCUCAUUGAGGGAACGGAGUAUGAAUUCCGAGCGAUGGCUUGCAAUUCAUCUGGAGUUGGGCCCCCAAGUGCCGUCUCCGAAUCAGCCGUUGCUACUGAUCCUUUAACUCCACCUAGCAUGCCAGCAGCUCCUAAAAUUGCUGACAAAACCAAGCGUAGUGUUACUCUGUCAUGGGUUCCACCAGCCAAAGAUGGUGGAAGCCCCAUAAAAGGCUACAUUAUUGAAAUCCAGGAUGAGGGCACGUCUGACUGGAAAAGGGUGAAUGAUGCGGAUAAUCUACAUCCUACUACUGUCUUCACCAUUCCAAAUCUCCAGGAACUGAAGAAGUACAGAUUUAGAAUCAUUGCAGUCAAUGACAUAGGCGAGUCUGAACCAAGUCCAAGAACUAGCGAGGUUCUGCUGGAGGACGUUCACACUGAGCCUAAAAUAUUUAUGGACAUUAGUGCUGAUGAGCUGCACUGUAUACGUGCUGGAUCUCCAAUCAAAAUCCCAGUUACUGUUACUGGACGUCCCGUUCCCAAGGUUACAUGGGAGUUUGAUGGCAAAGCGAAGACAGAGAAGAAGGAUCGUCUUCAUACCCUGCCGGUUGAUUCACAGGUGGAAUCUACAGACACCACGUCUGUUGUAACAAUUCCCUCCAGCUUGAGGUCUCACUCGGGCAGAUACACUGUCACAGCAAAGAACAAAACAGGACAGAAGCAUAUUAACAUCAGAGUGGUUGUGCUUGAUGUUCCUGGACCACCAAAGGAACUUAAAGUUACUGAUGUUACCAGAUCCACAAUGAGGAUUAUUUGGAAACUCCCAGAUACUGAUGGUGGGGAGAGAAUCAAGAGCUACUUCAUUGAAAAGAAGGCUGUCAGUGGAAAGGCAUGGACUACAGUAAAUCCUGCCUCUGCCAGUAUGGCCUUUGUGGUGCCUGACCUUCUUGAAGGCCAGGAAUAUUUGUUCAGAGUCCGUGCUGAGAAUCGUCUUGGAAUGGGUCCUUUUACAGUGACCACAGACCCAGUCAAGGCUCGGGAUCCCAUCUAUCCUCCUGAUCCCCCAACCAAGGUCAAGAUAAACCUUGUAACCAAGGACACCGUGACACUAUCAUGGAUGCCUCCCAAAAACAAUGGUGGUGCUCCAGUAACACAUUACAUAAUCGAGAGGCUGAGCUGGGACACGACUGGUCCACAAAAAGAGACCUGGAAGCAGUGCAAUAAAAGAGAUGUUGAAGAGACCACCUUUAUUGUUGAAGACCUCAAAGAGGGUGGUGAAUAUGAGUUCCGUGUGAAAGCAGUAAAUGAAGCCGGCCCAAGCAGACCCUCUGUUACAGUGGGACCAAUCAUCAUCAAAGACCAGACCUGUGCUCCAACCAUCGAUCUCAGAGAAUCUCUGGAGGGCGCAGAAACAUUUGAUGUCAACAUAAUUGCCAGGAUUCAGGGCUGUCCAUUCCCAUCCCUCAUCUGGCAGAAGGCUUUAUUUGACAAGCCGGAUGAAAAGGCUGACGUGCACUAUGAUCAGCAUAUCAAUAAACUUGUCUCCGAUGACAAGUGCUCCCUGGUCAUUCAGCAAUCCAAGAGAGCCGACAGUGCAAUUUACACACUGACUGCUACUAACAGCCUUGGCAAGGCCUCCAAGGAUAUCAGGGUUACAAUCUUGGGACGACCUGGGCCACCAGUUGGACCAGUCAAAAUUGGGGAGGUGUUUGCAGAAAGGAUUGGCCUGUCUUGGAACCCGCCCACAGAUGACGGUGGCUCCAAGAUCACAAACUAUGUCAUUGAGAAGCGUGAGGACAGCAGGAAGUCAUGGGUACAUGUCUCCAGUGACCCCAAGGAGUGUGCAUACACAGUUCUCAGGCUCACAGAGGGACACGAAUAUGAGUUCCGUAUCAUGGCCCAGAACAAAUAUGGUGUAGGACCACCACUAUACAGCGAGCCUGAGAAAGCAAGGAACCUAUUCACUGUCCCUGGUCAAUGUAACAAGCCAACAGUCUCAGAAAUCAGCCUUGAAUCCAUGACUGUGGAAUGGGAGGAGCCGGAAUACGAUGGCGGAUCUCCAGUUACUGGCUACUGGCUGGAGAAGAAGGAAACGACUUCCAAACGCUGGACCAAAGUUAACCGUGACCCCAUCAGAAUCAGACCUCUUGGUGUUUCCCAUAUUGUGACUGGUCUUAUGGAAGGAGCCACUUACCAGUUCCGUGUCACUGCAAUUAAUGCUGCUGGAUGUGGACUUCCAAGUCUGCCAUCAGAUCCCGCCGUGUGUAGAGACCCCAUCGCACCUCCUGGACCUCCACUGCCAAAAGUAAUUGACUGUACUAAGUCAACUGUAGAUCUUGAGUGGAUUCCUCCACUGAAUGAUGGUGGAUCUAAGAUCACAGGAUACUUUGUGGAAUACAAGGAAGAAGGAAAAGAGGAAUGGGAAAAGGCUAAAGACAAGGAGAUUAGGGGCACAAGAUUUGUUGUGCCUGGACUAAAAGAACUGGGACUUUACCGAUUCAGAGUUAGAGCAGUAAAUGCUGCAGGAGUUGGUGAACCUGGUGAAGUCUCUGAAGUGAUUGAAGUCAAGGACAGAACAAUUCCACCUGAAGUCGACCUAGAUGCAUCUGUAAAAGAAAAGAUUGUUGUACAUGCUGGUGGCGUCAUCCGGAUCAUUGCCUAUGUGUCUGGCAAGCCUGCACCACAGAUUAUCUGGAACAAAGAUGAUGGUGAGAUGCCCAAAGAGGCUGUUAUUGAGGAAACUGCGAUAAGCUCUUCUCUGGUCAUCAAGAACUGUCUAAGACGACAUCAAGGCAUUUACACCCUGAUUGUCAAGAAUGAAGGAGGAGAAAGAAGAAAAUCAGUGAUUGUGGAGGUUCUGGAUGUUCCUGGACCUGUGGGUCAGCCUUUCUCCGGUAUAAAUCUUACUAAUGACACUUGCAAGCUGACAUGGUCUUCACCAGAGGAUGAUGGUGGCUCAGCCAUUACCAACUACAUCAUAGAGAAGAGAGAAGCUGACCGCAGAGGCUGGACCUCAGUUUCAUAUACCGUGACCAGACAUAAUGCUGUGGUUCAGGGUCUCAUCGACGGCAAGGCUUACUUCUUUAGAAUAGCUGCUGAAAAUAUUAUCGGAAGAGGCCCGUAUAUUGAGACAACAUCACAAGUUCUCAUCAAGGAUCCAAUUUCUGUUCCUGAGCGUCCAGAAGAUCUGGAAGUAACUGCUGUCACAAAUGAUUCUGUUAGCGUGGCAUGGAGACCACCGAAGUAUGAUGGCGGCUCAGAAGUAACAAGCUACGUUCUUGAAGUUCGUCAAAUCGGAAAGGAUAACUUUGUCCGUAUUGCCACUGACGACAAGCUGAUGGAUCGUAAAUUUACUCACACUGGUCUUAAAGAAGGUUCUACGUAUGAAUUCCGUGUCAGUGCUGUGAAUCAAAUUGGCCAGGGCAAGCCUUCAUUCAGCACCAAACCCAUCACAUGCAAGCAAGAGCUUGAACCACCUGCUCUUGAUCUGGAUUUCCGUGAUGUGAUCUUGGUCCGUGUUGGCCAUCCAUGCACCCUUCAAGGUCGCUAUGCAGGAAAGCCAACACCAUCAAUUAAAUGGUUCAAGAAUGAUGAGGAGCUUCAGGCAAAUGAGGAAAUUGCACUUAGCAGCACCAGGAAAACCUUGUGCUUGUCUAUUGAGAAAGCUAAGCGUGAUCACAGUGGUAAAUACUCUGUGGUUGUGGAAAACUCUGUUGGCACACAGAAGGGCUUCUGCACUGUCACCGUUGUUGAUCGCCCACAGCCUCCUGAAGGCCCUGUUAUCUUUGACGAAAUCUACAGAGAUCACAUGGUCAUCUCCUGGAAACCACCACUGGAUGAUGGUGGCUGCGCUGUUUCCAAUUACAUUAUUGAAAAGAGAGAUUCCAACAGGGAUCUCUGGAUGCCGGUCACCGAGUCAUGCACUCGAACAACAUGUAGGGUUCCAAAACUAAUUGAGGGCAGAGAGUACAUCAUCAGAAUCUGCGCUCAGAACAUUCAUGGCAUCAGUGACCCAUUGCUCUCUGCUGAGACAAAAGCAAGAGAUGUCUUUAAGGUGCCUGAUGCUCCUAAACAACCAGUGGUGAAAGAGGUCUACAAAGACACAGCACUUGUAACCUGGGAACCACCAGCUGAUGGUGGAAAACCAAUCACAAACUACAUUGUCGAGAAGAGAGAAACCAUGUCAAACCGAUGGAUCCGUGCUGGAACUGACCGUAUCUUCCCUAAACCAGAAUACUGGGUACCUGAUCUUCUCAAGGGAUGUGAAUACGAGUUCCGUGUCAUGGCAGAAAAUGUGGUUGGUGUUGGCGAUCCUAGCCCACCCUCAAAACCUGUUUUUGCUAAAGAUCCUAUUGUGAUUCCAAGCCCACCAGUGAAACCAAUGGCCAUUGACAAAACAAAGGACUCAGUCACUCUUUCUUGGGAACCACCCAAGGAUUGUGGUGGAGGCAAAAUCUUUGGCUAUCUCCUCGAGUACCAAAAAGCCGGAGCUGAGGAAUGGAUCCAGGUUAACCAGACUCCUGAGUCCUGCCCAGAAACUACAUUCAAAGUUAUCGGCCUUGAAGAUGAAGAGUUGUAUAGGUUCAGAGUAAAAGCAGCAAAUGCAGCAGGUGAAUCGGAGCCUGCCAAUGUUCCAGAACCUGUUCGGGCACAAGACAGACUUGAGCCCCCAGAGCUGCUGAUAGAAUUGGGCAUGCCUCGUGAGCUCAAAGCCAUGGCGGGUACUCACAUAAGAAUUGCUGCUGGAAUCAAAGGCAUUCCAUUUCCUAAAGUUACAUGGAAGAAGAAUGAGGCAGACAUACCUCCAAGAGCAGAGAUUGAGACUUCUGGAGUAAGAAGCAAGCUUCAGAUGCGCUACUGUAACCGUGGUGAUUGUGGAGACUACACACUUACUGUCGAAAAUCCAGCUGGAUCCAAGACAGCAACAUGCACCGUGCUUGUUUUAGACAAACCCGGCCCAGUUCAGAACCUGCGGGUGUCAGAUGUUAGAAGUGACUCAGCUCAGCUCUCAUGGAAAGAUCCUGAAGACAGUGGUGGUGUGCGUAUCACUAACUUUGUUGUGGAGAAAAAGGAUGUCACUUCAGCACAGUGGGUGCCAGUCUGCUCCUCAUCUAAAAAACGAAGCUUAAUGGCCAAGCAUUUGAUGGAAGGCACAUCGUACAUGUUCCGCGUAGCUGCUGAAAAUCAAUACGGCAGGAGUGAAUACGUGGAGACCACUAAACCUGUAAAGGCAAUGAACCCACUGUUCCCACCUGGUCCACCAAAGGACCUGCAUCAUGUAGAUGUUGACAAAACAGAGGUGUGGCUUCAGUGGAACUGGCCUGACCGCACAGGAGGAAGUGACAUCACUGGCUUCUUGGUUGAAUAUCAGGAGGAGGGCGAGAGAGACUGGAUUGACUUCAAGACCGUCAGCAUCCCUGAAUGCCAUGUGACUGGGCUAGAGGAGGGAAAAACCUACAGAUUCCGUGUUAAGGCAGAGAAUGUGGUUGGUCUUGGCAGACCAGAUACCACCGUGCCUGUCCUGUGCCAGGAGAAACUUGUGCCACCCAUUGUAGAGGUUGACGUCAAACUCAUUGAGGGAAUCAUUGUGAAAGCAGGAAGCACUAUCAGACUGCCUGCAAUCAUGAGAGGCAUCCCAGUUCCAACUGCUAAGUGGGUCAUUGAUGGUGAAGAAAUCAAGAGCGAAGGAAAUACCAAGAUUGACACAGACAACUUUUCAACCAUUCUGAGCAUUGCAGAGUGCACAAGGAAUCACACUGGAGUCUACAUUCUCACAGUAUCUAAUGCUGCUGGAAGUAAGACGGUUUCUCUCACCGUCACUGUACUUGAUGUCCCAGCCGCCCCGAUCGGCCCGGUUAGCAUUCUCGAGGUAACUCCAGAUUCCAUGGUUAUUGAAUGGCGUCCUCCCAAAGACGAUGGUGGAAGCCCUGUCAUGAACUACAUUGUUGAAAAGAGAGAAUCCAACAAGGAAACCUGGGGAGGUGUCAGCUCUGGAAGCAUUGCCACAAGGCUUAAGAUUACUCGUUUGCAGAGUGGCGUUGAAUAUGUCAUGAGAAUCCGGGCCGAGAACAAAAUGGGAGUCGGCGCACCUCUUGAAAGUGCACCGACUGUAGCCAAGCAUCGGUUCGAGCCACCUGGUCAUCCUGGAAAACCUGUUGCAUCAGAUAUUUCUGAGGAUUCACUCACUCUUGGCUGGACAAUGCCCUUGUAUGAUGGCGGUAGUCCUAUUACUGGUUAUAUUAUUGAGCGUCGACAUAAAGGAGGCAAGUGGAUUCGAGUGAACAAAACUCCUUGCAAGGACCUUAGAAUUAGAGUGCUUGGACUUUUUGAGGGUAAUGAAUAUGAGUUUAGAGUAUUCGCUGAAAAUAUUGCUGGCUUUAGUGGGCCCUCACCUAUCUCAGACCUAGCCAAACCCUGCAGACAGGUCACAGUUCCUGGACCUCCUGUCAACCCUAAAGUUAAGGACUACAGCUGUACCUAUGUUGAUUUGGUCUGGAUAAAGCCUAAUAGAGAUGGAGGUAGUCCAAUCUUAGGGUACGUCGUUGAAAUGCAGAAAGUAGGCGGGGAAUGGGAAACAGUCAACAAAGAUGAUCUUAUUAAACAGUGUGCUUAUAGAGUCAAGGGACUAAAGGAAGGCACCGAGUACAGAUUCCGGGUAAGAGCUGUGAACAUGAUUGGAGAUGGUGAAACAAGAGAAAUCCCAGAAUCAGUCAUUGCUCAAGACAUCCUUAUCCCACCAGAGAUUGAAAUGGAUGUCACAUGCCAUCCACAAGUGACUGUCCGUGUAGGUCAUAACAUUAAUAUUAUUGGAUACGUAAAGGCAAGGCCUGAUCCAUUGAUCACCUGGACCAAGGGAGAAACCGUUUUGGAAAAAGACAAGCGUACCACUCUGAUAAAUAACUUCCCUGUGGUACAUAUGCGCAUCAAAGAAGCAAUCAGAGCAGAUCAUGGAAAGUAUGUUCUUAAGGCAGUAAAUGAGAGCGGAGAAGCUUCAGCUACCAUCAACGUAACUGUGUUGGACAGACCUGGACAAUGCAGGAAUCUGGCUUUGACGUAUGUGAACAAAAACUCUUGCAUGGUGAACUGGGAUGCUCCUGAGGACAAUGGCGGCACUGAAAUUACAAAUUACAUCGUUGAGUGUCGCGAGCCAAGCGUAAGAGGAUGGUCAAUGAUUUCUUCCGACUGCACCAACCGCAAGGUAAAGGCAAAACUCCUGGAGAAUCACGAAUACAUGUUCCGUGUAUCAGCAGAGAACAAGUGUGGCCCUGGACCAGCAAUAGAAACCAAGACACCUAUUCUUGCAAUUGAUCCACUUCAGAAGCCUGGUGAGCCAGAAAACUUCCAUGUAGCUGAUAUUGGCAAGAACUUUGUUUACUUGAGAUGGAGGCGACCAGAUUAUGAUGGUGGCAGCGCUAACCUAGGAUACAUUCUGGAAAGAAAAGCCAAGAAUGCUGAGGAAUGGGAAAGCGUACAUGACAAAACACUCAAAAAUACAUUCUUUAUGGUGGACAAAUGUGUAGAGAACCAUGUCUAUCAGUUUAGAGUGAAAGCAACAACUGAUGCCGGAGAAAGUAACUGGGUUAGAACAUCUGACAUUCUUGUCAAGGAAGAUCUUCACAAACCAGUUCUUGACCUCAAAUUUGCUGGCACUAUUGUGGUUAAAGCAGGUGAAACUGUCAGGCUUGAGGCAGCACUCAGAGGAAAGCCACAACCUGAGGUGAAAUGGGUAAAGGACAAGGCUACAGAAGAUAACCCACGGGUCACUGUUGACACUGGAGCAGAUUAUUCAAAGUUCAUUAUGAUUAAAGCCAAACGUUCAGACACUGGAAAGUAUGUAAUCACUGCCACAAACGCAGCUGGAACUUUCACUGCAUAUGCAACUUUGAGUGUUUUGGACGUACCAGGGCCUGUCAGAGAUGUCAGGGUUACAGGAGUCUCCACUGAUAAAUGUAGGGUUGUCUGGGAUCCUCCAGAGGAUGACGGUGGUUGUGAGGUUGACAGCUAUAUUCUAGAAAAAUGUGAGACAAGAAGAAUGGUUUGGUCUACAUACUCAGCUAACGUGGUGACCAGCUACUGUAACGUUACCCACCUUGUGGAAGGUAAUGAGUACAUCUUCAGAGUAAGAGCAGAAAACAAAAUGGGAACAGGUCCUCCAAUGGAGAGCAGGCCUGUUAUCGCCAAAACACAGUUCGGCAGACCUAGUGCACCUGAUGCACCAGAAGUAACCAAAGUUGGAAAGGAUGAGAUGACGGUUAUAUGGGCUCCUCCUGAGAAUGAUGGAGGAAAAUCUAUUACUGGCUACAUCCUAGAAAGAAAAGAGAAGCGUGCCGUACGAUGGGUACCAGUUACAAAAAGCCCCAUCUCUGAGAGGCGUAUGAAGGUAACCAACUUGAUACCUAACCAUGAAUACCAAUUUCGUGUCAAGGCUGAAAAUGAGGUUGGACUGGGAGACCCAAGCAAACCCUCAAGACCCAUCGCUGCCAAAGACCCAAUAGAGCCUCCUGGUCCUCCUGGUGGUGUGAAAGUGGUUGACAGCACAAAGACCACAAUCACACUUGGCUGGUGCAAGCCGAUGUAUGACGGUGGUGCUCCAAUCUUGGGAUAUUUGGUUGAGAUGAGAGAAAAGAUUGAAGUAGAAGGUGAACAAGAGCGGGACCCAGAAGAAGGCUGGUCAAAACGUAAUGAUAUUGGACAGCUUGUGCUCACCGAAUUAACAAUGCUCAAUUUGGACGAAAGGAAGCAAUAUGAAUUCCGGGUCUCCGCACACAACCAAGUGGGCAUGGGUCGCCCUGCAAAACUCAAGGAUGCCGUGUCACCAAAAGACAUUCAUGAAAUACCUGAGAUUGAUCUGGAUGCCAGUUUGAGAAAGGGUUUAAGUGUAAGAGCAAGUUGUCCCAUACGGCUCUUUGCUACCAUCAGAGGAAGGCCUGCACCUAAAGUGACCUGGAAACGCGUGGGAAUUGACAACGUUGUCCGACGAGGUCAUGUGGACCAGAUUGAUACAAUGACUUUCCUUGUUAUCCCCGAGAGCACACGCGAAGACUCUGGAAGAUAUUCACUGACUCUCUCAAAUUCUUCAGGAGAGAAAGCUGUAUUUGUUCGUGUUAAAGUCUUGGAUACUCCUGGACCUGUUGGCGAACUAGCAGCAACCGAUGUUACAAAGACAUCUUGCCAGCUCUCCUGGUUACCUCCAGAGAAUGAUGGUGGCAGUCCGAUCUUGAACUACAUCGUAGAAAAGCGUGAAGUAGACAGAAAGACAUGGAGCAAUUGCACAAACGAUUUAAAGAAGACAAGCUUUAAAAUCACAAAUCUUGCACCAGGAACAGAAUACUACUUCAGGGUUAUGGCAGUCAACAAGUAUGGUGUUGGUGUGCCUAAGGACUCUCCAAAAUCUUACUUGGCCACAGAUCCCAUGAGUGAACCAGAUCCACCCAAAAAAAUGGAUGUGUUGGAGAUUACAAGGAACAGUGCAACGCUCGGAUGGCUGAAACCUCUAAGAGAUGGAGGCGCUAAGAUUAACGGCUACAUAGUUGAUUACCAGGAAGCUGGCAAACCUGAAGACAAAUGGACUUCCUACUCAGUUGUAAAAGACUUGAGUAUUGUCGUUGUUGGUCUUAAAGAGAACACGAAAUACAGAUUCAGGGUUGCAGCAAGAAACUCUGUUGGAUGCAGUCUGCCACGAGAGGCUGAAGGAAUGUUUGAAGUGAAAGAACAGCAGAUGGGCCCGAAGAUCAUCAUCUCUGAUGUGGUGACAGCAAGGGCAGGAACAAAGUUAAAGGUCGAAGCGCUUGUUUCUGGCAAACCAGUUCCAGUGACCACAUGGAGGAGAGGAAGCGAUGACGUGGUUACAUCUGAUCGCCUGUUCAUACAAAAGACUUUAACUUCAUCCACACUUAUGAUAAAGGAUGUUUCAAGAAAAGACAGUGGCUACUACAGUCUUGCUGCUGAAAACAACAUUUCGAAGGUCAACCAAAUUAUUCGAAUCAUCAUUUACGAUAUUCCUGGUCCUCCAGAGGGUCCUCUUGAAAUUCUUGAUACGGACAUUGAUGCUUGCACCCUUGCAUGGAACACUCCAACCGAGGACGGUGGAAGCAACAUUACUAAUUAUGUUGUUGAAAAAUGUGACGUGAGCAGUGGUGACUGGGUCCCUGCAGUAGCAUCUUGCACCAAGACCAGUUGCAGAGUCAUAAAACUUGUCCCUGGAAAGGAGUACGGUUUCCGAGUCCGUGCUGAAAAUCGCUUCGGUGUUUCAGAGCCAAUCUACUCGGUGAAAAUGAUAGCCAGAUAUCCGUUUGAUCCACCGAGUGAACCAAGAAACUGUUGUGUCAACAAAAUCAACAGGGAGUUUGUUGUUUUGUCCUGGGAAAGACCAGCAAAUGAUGGUGGUAGUCCUAUUCUAGGAUACUUCAUUGAACGUAAAGAGAGAAACAGCCUUCUGUGGGUCAAGGCAAAUGAAGCCCUUGUUCGUGCCACUGAAUAUACAUGCACUGGUCUUAUUGACGGUCUGGAAUACACAUUUAGAGUAUCUGCUGUCAACAAGGCAGGCCAAAGCAAACCAAGCAAGCCAACAGAAAUCAUUACAGCCAGGACGCCAAUUGAUCCACCUGGUAAACCUGAAGUUCUUGAUGUAAUGAAGCAUGCUGUAUCUCUUGUAUGGAACCGUCCAAAACAUGAUGGUGGUAGCAAACUCAUUGGGUAUAAUGUUGAGUCUUUGAAGCUUCCGGGUGACAAGUGGGUGCGUGCAAAUGCCCAAAAUGUGCCCACAGAGGAGUACACUGUCACUGGACUUGACGAGGGAGCCCAAUACAAGUUCAGAAUUAUUGCCAAGACCGCAAUCAACACCAGCCUGCCUUCGGAAGAGUCCGAUGUCAUUACAGUCAUUGCAGAGAAUGUGCCACCAAGAGUUGAGAUUAGUCUUGAAAUGAAGAAUCUAAUCACAGUCAAAGCCGGAUCGAAUGUCUGCCUUCAAGCUGAGGUUUAUGGAAAACCAUUACCAAAAGUUACAUGGAAGAGAGAUGGUGUGCCACUGAAACUUGUUGAAGGCAUGAAGAUGUCUCAGAAGAGACAUCUGUUCCUCCUAGAGCUGUUCUCAGUGACAAGGAAGGAGUCUGGAGAGUACACUAUCUUAGCUGAGAACCCAAGUGGUUCUAAGUCUGGCAACAUUAGGCUGAAAGUUCUGGAUAAACCUGGACCUCCAGCAUCGGUUAAGAUCAGCCACAUCUAUGCUGACCGCAUUAAACUGAGGUGGGAGCCACCUCUUUCCGAUGGUGGUGCUGAAAUAACCAACUACAUUAUCGACAAACGGGAAACGAGCAGAGCUAACUGGGCUCAAGUUACUUCCAACAUUAGUGGCCAGCUUACCAGCUGCUCAGUGGAGAAACUAAUUGAGGGCCAUGAAUAUGAGUUCCGCAUCAGCGCCGAAAACAAAUACGGUGUUGGCGACCCAAUUGUAACUAACUCAGUAAUCGCAAAGAAUCCAUAUGAUGUUCCUGGCCCAUGCGAUCCUCCAGUUAUUACUAAUAUCACCAAAGACCACAUGACUGUGAGCUGGAAGGCCCCUGCUGAUGAUGGCAAAUCUCCAAUCCUUGGAUACAUGGUUGAGAAACGUGAAGUUCAGGAAGUUGCUUGGUCCAAAAUAAACAGAAGGCCUGUCAUUGACAGAACUAUUAAAGCUGGAGGUCUAACCGAGGGUUCUGAAUAUGAGUUCAGAGUUAUUGCCCUCAACAAGGCUGGACUUGGCAAACCAAGUGAUGCAUCUAAAGCUGCUUUAGCCAUGGAUCCAUUGUAUCCUCCCGGACCACCUGCCUUCCCCAAGGUUGUGGACUCUACACACAGCUCAAUUAGUCUAUCCUGGACCAAGCCUGCGUAUGAUGGUGGAUGUGAAAUUCUGGGCUACCUUGUCGAAGUCAAGAGAGCAGAUUCAGAAGACUGGACGAAGUGCAAUAUACCGAAAAACCUUCAGGAAACAAAGUUCCUUGUUACUGCUCUUCUUGACAAAACAGAGUAUCAGUUCCGUGUGAGUGCUGUGAACAAGAUUGGUUUCAGUGAGCCAAGUGAAGUUCCUGGAAAUCAUUUGGCACAGGACAUUUUGAUUGCUCCAGAGGCAGAACUUGAUGCAGAUCUAAGGAAAGCACUGGUGCUGCGUGCUGGAGUAACCAUGAGAAUUUAUGUUCCUGUUAGAGGACGUCCAGCACCAAAGAUAACAUGGAGCAAGGUCAAUGCUAACCUAAAGGAGAGACAAGGUCUCAUGAUCAACACAACAGAAUGGGAUACAUACGUGCACUGUGAGAACAUCAACAGAUACGAUGCCGGCAAAUAUGUGCUUACCCUGGAGAACAGCAGUGGAUCCAAGUCCUACACUAUUGUAGUCAAAGUCUUAGAUACCCCCGGACCUCCACUCAACCUGAUUGUAAAAGAGACUUCAAAGAGUCAUGCACAUAUUACUUGGGAUGCUCCACUAAUUGAUGGGGGAAGUCCAAUAAAGAGCUAUGUUGUGGAAAAACGUCUGGCAGAGAGAAAGGCAUGGACCUGUGUUGCUCCUGAGUGUUCCAAAACAUCUUUCAGGAUUACUAAUCUUGAAGCUGGAAAAGCUUACUGCUUCAGAGUCUCGGCUGAAAACGUGUAUGGUAUUGGAGAGGGUUGUGAGACAGCCGGACCAGUAAAAGCAUCAGAGCAACCUGGACCAGUUACAGAUUUUAAGCCUUCGCUCAUCACCAAAGAUUCCUGCACUCUUAUGUGGAAGAAGCCAAUCAGUGAUGGUGGAAGCCAUAUUGUUGCAUAUGCACUAGAGAUAAGUGAAGGUGAAGAUAAAUGGAGGCAGCUCAUGAAGUCCAAGCUCAUGCAGUAUACAGUGAGGGACCUUGUAGAAGGAAAACAAUACAGCUUCGGAGUUAAGGCUUUCAAUGAGUCCUCUGAAGGACCCUUGACUGAGCUUUCUGUGGUGGCUAAGGAUCAAGUUGUUCUCCCAGACUGUGACCUUAAAGGCUUGCCAGACUCCUGCUACAUAGCAAAGGAGGGAAGCACAGUUCGCCUAACAAUCCCAAUUAGUGGCAUUCCUGCUCCAACAGUCAUGUGGAAGAAGGGCGGUGUUACUUUGGGAGACAGUGGAAGAAUCUCUGUUGAAUCCACAGCCACAAACACAAUCUUGCUGAUACGUGACUGUCAAAGAGGCGACGCUGAAAAGUACUCGCUGAUUUUGAAAAACAGUGCAGGAACCAAAGAAUCCACAAUUGAUAUCAAGGUUGUCGGGAAGCCCGGAAUCUGCACAGCACCCAUCAGGUUUGAUGAAAUUACAGCUGAUGGAAUAACCCUGGAAUGGGAUCCACCCAAGGAUGAUGGCGGAUCAGAAAUUUCCAACUACAUUGUAGAAAAAAGGCCUUCCGCCAGUAACAAGUGGGCCACGGUUGCUUCAGCCAUUCAGAAGAACACCAUGAGAGUCACAAGACUUCAUGAUGGAACAGAGUACCUGUUCAGAGUAUGUGCAGAAAACAAAUAUGGUGUCGGAGAGUUCCUCAGAUCUGAUCCGGUGGUGGCUAAACAUCCAUUCAAUGCUCCAGAGGCUCCAGCCCCACCACAGAUUCUGGAUAUUCGCCAUGAGCAUGCCAUUGUAGCAUGGUCAGAUCCAAAAGAUACCGGAGGCUCUCCUAUUACUGGAUAUCAUGUGGAAUUCAAAGAUAGAAACAGUUUGAUGUGGAAGAGAGCAAGUAAGACUCCUCUGAGAGUGAAGGAGUGCAGAGUGACUGGUUUAGUUGAAGGUCUUGAGUAUGAAUUUAGGGUUAUGGCUAUGAACAUGGCUGGACUUGGUAAGCCAAGCAAACCCAGUGAAGCAGUUGUUGCACUUGACCCAAUUGAUCCUCCUGGCAAACCUGAUGUAAUCAGUGUCACAAGGAACAGUGUAACACUUAUUUGGACCGCACCUAAGUAUGAUGGAGGCCACAAACUUACAGGUUACAUGGUUGAAAAACUGGAGCAUCCAGGAAAAGUUUGGACGAAGGCCAACCAUGUCAAUAUACACAGCUGUGCCUACACAGUGACAGAUUUGCAUGAAGGCUGCAUGUAUGAUUUUAGAAUUAGAGCAAAGAAUGCAGCUGGUGCCAUCAGCGCUCCCUCAGAGCAAACCGACACUCUGGUCUGCAAAGAUGAAUAUGAGCCACCAACUAUUACAAUCGACCCUGAAAUGAAGGACGGCAUCUUCGUCAAGGCUGGAGACACAAUAGUGGUUACUGCUACUAGUAUUCUUGGCAAACCUCCACCUAAUGCUGUAUGGUCGAAGGAUGGAAGAGAAUUCAAGCCAUCAGAUGUUGUCCAGAUUACGAGCACUCCAACAUCUUCAACUCUGUCUAUCAAAUAUGCCAGUAGAAAGAACACUGGGGAGUAUACAAUUACUGCAAGCAAUCCAUUCGGUAUUAAGGACGAGAAAGUGAAAGUGAAGGUCCUGGAUGUACCUGGUCCUCCAGGUCCUAUUGAAGCAAGCAGUGUUUCUGCUGAGAAGUGUACACUCACAUGGUUACCACCAGAAGAAGACGGAGGCUCCGCUAUCAAAUCGUACCUUCUCGAAAAGAGAGAGACUAGCCGUCUACUUUGGACAAAGCUCGCUGAAAAUGUAAUGGAUUGCCGCUUUGUGGCCAGCAAAUUGAUUAAAGGCAAUGAAUAUAUCUUCCGUGUUUCAGCUGUGAAUCAGUAUGGUACUGGUGAUGCCACCCAGUCUGGUCCAGUGAAAAUGGUUGACAGCUUUGGACCGCCUGGACCACCAUCAAAACCAGAAAUUGAUAAUGUCAGCAAAAACGCUGUAACCAUUUCCUGGAAGAGACCUGCUGUGGAUGGAGGAAGUGAUAUUAGAGGGUAUAGUGUUGAGAGAAAAGAAAGGAAAGGUUUAAGAUGGGUUAGAGCUUCAAAGAAAACCAUCUCUGAUCUACGUUGCAAAGUAUCUGGCCUCACAGAAGGAGUUGAGUAUGAGUUCCGUGUAACUGCAGAAAACAAAGCUGGUUUUGGAGACCCCAGUGAACCUUCACAGCCAGUGCUGACAAAGGACAUCACAUAUCCACCUGGGCCUCCAUCCAAUCCAAGAAUUACUGAUACCACCAAAACCACAGCAACAUUUAACUGGGGAAGACCCUUUUAUGAUGGUGGUCUUGACAUAACAGGCUACAUUGUUGAACACAGAAAAGAAGGAGAAGACGACUGGGUUCAAGACACAACUUCUCCAUUGAGAAUUACUGAGUUUGUCGUUUCAAACUUACAAGCAGGAGGAAAAUACCAAUUCAGAGUCAGUGCAAUAAAUUCUGAAGGAUGUGGGGAACCUGCUGAAGUUGAGAAAGUUGUGGAACUUGUGGAUCGUGAGGAAGCUCCUGACUUUGAACUGGAUGCGGAACUGAGAAAAACACUUGUUGUCCGCUCAGGUGCUUCUAUUCGUAUAUUUGUGCCAAUCAAGGGUCGCCCAACUCCAGAGAUUACAUGGAUAAAAGAUGAUAUUCCUCUGAAGGGUCGUGCCCACAUUGAUACUACCGAGUCAUACACUUUAGUUGUCGUUCCUGAGUGCACAAGAUACGAUGCUGGAAAAUACAUGUUGACAUUAGAAAACGUAGCUGGAAAGAAAACAGGAUUUGUCAAUGUACGAGUUAUAGAUACACCAGGACCUCCAGUCAACUUGAAACCAAGAGAAAUCACUAAAAACAGUAUCACACUUCAGUGGGAAAUUCCAAUUAUAGAUGGUGGAUCUAAGAUUAUAAAUUACAUAAUUGAGAAGCGUGAUGCUACCAGAAAAGCUUUUACAACAAUCACUACGAAUUGGCAGAAGUGCUCCUACAAGGUUACAAAUUUGGAGGAGGGAGUUGAAUACUUCUUCAGAGUUUUGGCUGAAAAUGAAAUAGGUAUCGGUGAGGCAGCAGAAACACCUGAACCUAUCAGAGCUUCACAAGCUCCAUCUGCACCAGACAAUCUAAUUGUUACAGAUGUGUCGAGGCACACAGCCACCCUGGCCUGGACCAAACCAACAUAUGAUGGUGGUAGCAGAAUCACUGGCUACGUGAUUGAGGCUCAGAAAAAGGAUUCUGACCAGUGGUUGCAUGUGACAACAAUUAAGGCUUUGGACUAUGUUGUAACAGAUUUAAUAGAAAAUGCAGAGUACAUAUUCCGCAUCUUUGCUGUGAACAAUUCAGGUAGAAGUGAGCCUCGGGAAAGCCGACCAGUUGUAAUCAAAGAGCAGACCACAGCACCAGGAUUUGACCUUAGAGGUGUCUAUCAGAAGUUAGUAAUAGCCAAAGCAGGUGAUAACGUGAAGGUUGAGAUCCCAGUUUUGGGUCGCCCAAGACCAUCUGUUGUCUGGAAGAAAGAAGAUCGGGAAAUUAAACAGACACAAAGAAUUAACAUUGACAACACAGCAACUUCUACUAUUCUUAACAUACGGGAAAUCAAACAAAAAGAUGGAGGACAGUAUUCAAUGACUGGAAAAAAUAUACUGGGAACAGUUACAGAGAUCAUCACUGUCCAAGUUCAUGACAUCCCAGGACCACCAACUGGACCAAUAAAAGUGGAUGAAGUUUCUUGUGACUAUGUACUCAUAUCAUGGGAAGCACCAGAGAAUGAUGGAGGCGUUCCUAUCAACAAUUACAUUGUCGAGAUGAGAGAGACCACAGGCACAUCAUGGGUAGAAUUGGCAGCUACUGUUAUUCGCACAACAUUCAAAGCUGCUCGCUUAACAACUGGAAUUGAAUAUCAGUUCCAUGUUAGGGCUCAAAACAGAUAUGGUGUUGGCCCCUUCAUAACAUCAGAACCAGUUAUUGCUGCAUAUCCGUUUGAUGUACCAGGCCAACCAGGCAUUCCAGAAGUUGUUGCCUUUACAAAAGAUUCCAUCACAAUCAGCUGGAAUGAACCUUCCACUGAUGGAGGAAGCCCAAUUUUGGGAUAUCAUAUUGAAAGAAAAGAGAAAAACAGCAUCCUUUGGCAGCGAAUCAGCAAAGCCCUUGUGGUUGGAAACAUUUUUAAAUCAUCAGGCCUGAUGGAUGCUAUUGCAUAUGAAUUCCGUGUUAUUGCUGAAAACAUGGCUGGUCUUAGCAAGCCAAGCAAGCCAUCAGAGAUGACAUAUGCACUUGAUCCAGUUGACCCUCCUAGUCAACCAGUGGCAAUUAAUAUAACUAGACAUGAGGUGACCCUUCAGUGGAAGAAGCCAGAAAACGACGGUGGUUUCCCAAUCACUGGGUACACAGUGGAAAAGAAAGAAUCAACGAAUGGCCGGUGGCUUAAAGCAAACUUCGGCAAUAUCCUGGAGACAAACUUCACAGUUAGUGGUCUGACAGAAAAUUCUUCGUAUGAAUUCCGAGUCAUUGCAAGAAAUUCAGCUGGAUCUGUCAGCAAGCCCUCUAAACCCUCUGAAGUCAUUAUCUGCAGAGAUGAUAUUGAGGAGCCAAAGCUUGAUGUUGACUCCAGUUUUAGUAGCACUGUUGUGGUUAGGGCUGGAGAUGUCUUCAAGCUUGAGGCUCAUGCUAUUGGCAGACCAAUUCCAUCUUUGGUAUGGACAAAAGAAGGAAAAGAACUUGAAGAUACUGCAAAACUAGAAAUCAAAUCAGCCGACUUCUAUACAUGUUUGAUCAACAAAGAUUCCUUACGAAGAGAUGGAGGUGCAUUUACUUUGACUGCCAGCAACCCUGGAGGAUUUGCCAAGUUUGUUUAUAAUGUCAAGGUUCUUGACAGGCCAGGACCUCCAGAAGGACCACUUCGUGUUACAGACAUGACAACAGAGAAAUGCAUCCUCUCUUGGCUACCACCACUUGAAGACGGAGGAGCAAAGAUUGACUAUUAUAUCAUUCAGAGGCGUGAAACAAGCAGACUUGCAUGGACAAAUGUAGCCACAGAUUUACAAGUAAACCGUUACAAGGUUACUAAAUUACUGAAAGGAAAUGAAUAUGUUUUCAGAGUUAUGGCUGUGAAUAAGUAUGGAGUUGGUGAGCCCCUUGAGUCAGAGCCUGCAGUUGCCACUAACCCCUAUGUGCCAUCUGAUCCACCACAAACUCCUGAAGUUACAAUAAUUACAAAGGACUCUAUGGUGGUGUGCUGGGGACAUCCUGAAAACAAUGGAGGAAGUCCCAUAAAUACUUACAUUAUUGAAAGAAGAGAUAAAACUGGUCUGCGAUGGGUCAAAUGCAAUAAGAGGACAGUUACUGACCUGCGCUUUAAAGUGUCUGGACUUACACAAGGACAUGAAUAUGAAUUCAGAAUCCUUGCUGAAAAUGCUGCUGGUGUAAGUGCUCCAAGUCCUUCAAGUCCAUUUUACAAAGCAUGCGACACAAUAUUCCAGCCUGGACCUCCAGGAAAUCCAAGAGUUUUGGACACAUCCAAGUCAUCUAUUACUGUUGCCUGGAACAAGCCAGUUUACGAUGGUGGCUCAGAGAUUACAGGUUAUAUUGUAGAAACCUGCCUACCAGAAGAAGAUGAAUGGACCAUUGUCAGUCCAAAGAAGGGUCUGACAGCAACAUCAUUUACCAUAACCAACCUAAUUGAAAACCAAGAAUAUAAAAUAAACAUUUCCGCUUUGAACUGUGAGGGUGUUGGAGAGCCUGCAUCUGUACCUGGAUCACCAAAAGCAGAGGAUAAAUAUCUUCCACCUGAAGUUGAGCUUGAUUCAGAUCUUCGCAAAGUGGUAAACAUUAGAGCUUGCAGCACUUUAAGACUGUUUGUACCAAUCAAAGGAAGACCUGCUCCAGAAGCAAAAUGGUCCAGGGAGAAUGGUGAACCUCUUGAUAAGGCAGUUAUUGAGACAUCAUCAUCAUUCACUUCACUUGUUGUUGAGAAUGUUGACAGGUUUGACAGCGGAAAGUAUAUGCUAACAGUGGAAAACAGCUCAGGAAGUAAAACUGCAUUUGUGAAUGUCAGGGUACUUGAUACUCCAGGGGCACCACAAAACCUCACAAUCAAAGAAGUCUCAAAAGAUUUUGUGUCAUUGAUUUGGGAUCCUCCUAUUAUUGAUGGCGGCUCAAGAGUAAGACAUUACCUUGUGGAAAAACGUGAAUCGACAAGAAAAGCAUACUCCAUCGUUAAUGCGUCCUGCCCCAAAACAAGUUGGAGAAUUGGUGACCUGAAAGAGGGACAUUUGUAUUUCUUCAGAAUUUUGGCUGAAAAUGAAUUUGGUGUUGGCCUUCCAGUGGAAACUCCUGAACCAGUCAAGAUUUCUGAAAAGCCCCUACCUCCUGGCAAGGUGACUCUCAAAGAGGUAACUGGCCACAGUGUAACUCUGUCUUGGGAAAAGCCAGAUCAUGAUGGAGGAAGCAGGAUCACAGGAUAUAUUGUGGAAAUGCAAGGGAAGGACAGUGACAAAUGGACUCAGGUCAUGGUUGUUAAAGUAACAGAGGCGGUGAUUGCUGGUCUAAUGCAAGGUGAAGAGUAUUCAUUCCGUAUAUCAGCAACAAAUGAAAAAGGAACUAGUGAUCCUCGCCCACUUAGUAUGCCAGUGGUGGCAAAGGAUCUCAUCAUCACCCCUGCUUUCAAGCUUCUAUUUAAUACAUUUAGUGUCUUGGCUGGUGAUGACCUUAAGAUAGAUGUACCUUAUGUUGCCCAGCCUAAGGCAGCAGUUACCUGGCUUAAAGAUGGAACUGUUCUUAAAGAGACAACACGAGUCAAUUCUGAAGUAACUGAAAACCAUCUGUACCUCGUAAUCAAGGAGGCAACGCGUGAUGAUGUGGGAAAUUAUACAAUCAAGAUCGUAAACACGGCUGGAGAGGCUACAGCUGACAUCACUGUUGUUGUACUUGACAAACCUGGUCCUCCAACUGGCCCAAUUAAAAUUGAUGAAGUUACUGCAGAUAGUGUGACACUGUCAUGGCAACCCCCAGAGUAUGAAGGUGGCUGUUCAAUUAAUAACUACAUUGUGGAAAAGAGAGACACGUCCACCACAAACUGGCAAAUUGUGUCAGCAACAGUUGCUAGAACAACAACUAAAGCUGCAAGACUAAAGACUGGCUUGGAAUAUCAAUUCAGAGUUGCAGCUGAAAACCGAUAUGGCAAGAGCUCUAUUAUAUUAUCUGAGCCCAUAGUUGCACAGUAUCCUUUCGAGGUACCAAGUGCACCAGGAACUCCCACGGUUCAGUCUGCUACCAAAGAAAAUAUGGUUAUUGUUUGGAACAAGCCUGGCAGUGAUGGUGGAAGCAAAAUUCUUGGUUAUCAUCUUGAGAGUAAGGAAAGAAAUAGCCUCCUGUGGGUCAGACAAAAUAAAACAGUAAUUCCAGACACAAGAUUUAAGGUCAGUGCGCUUGAAGAAGGCAUUGAAUAUGAGUUUAGAGUUUAUGCAGAGAACAUCGUUGGCCUAAGCAAAGCCAGCAAGGUAUCAGAAAUGCAGGUGGCAAGGGAUCCUUGUGAUCCUCCAGGAAAACCAGAGGCGGUAAUCGUCACCAGAAGCUUUGUCACCCUACGAUGGACAGCACCACAGUUUGAUGGUGGGAGCAGGGUCACUGGCUAUAUUGUUGAGAAGAAGGAGUUACCUAAUGGUCGAUGGAUGAAGGCAAGUUUCACCAAUGUCAUUGAAACUGAAUUUGUUGUCAGUGCCUUGGUAGAAGAUCAAGAAUAUGAAUUCCGAGUUAUUGCAAGAAAUGCUGCUGGUGUACAUAGUAUGCCAUCUGAAAGUACUGGCGCGAUCACAGCAAAGGACGAAGUCGAGCCACCUAUGAUUGACUUGGAUACUAAGUAUUCUCAAACAGUCGUUGUUAAUGCAGGAGACUCAUUCAAGAUUGAUGCUGGCAUAUCAGGCAAGCCUGUUCCAUCGGUUCACUGGAUAAAAAGUGGUGAGGAACUUGCUAAUACAGCAAGACUUGAAAUUAAGAAUACAGAUUUCACAGCCUCUUUAAGUGUAAAAGAGGCCAUUCGAGUGGAUGGAGGCCAGUACACACUGCUGUUGAAAAAUGUUGGUGGACAAAAAUCAAUAGGCGUCAACGUCAAAGUUCUAGACAGGCCUGGACCACCAGAAGGGCCAAUUUCAGUAUAUGGUGUUACAAGUGAGAAAUGCUGCAUUGCAUGGAAAUCACCCUUACAUGAUGGAGGUGCUGAUGUAUCACAUUACAUUGUUGAAAGAAGGGAGACCAGUCGGUUAGUUUGGACUGUCGUGGAAUCUAAGGUUCAAACACAAAGUCUGAAGAUUACCAAGCUUCUUCCUGGAAAUGAGUACAUUUUCAGAGUAAUUCCUGUCAACAAAUAUGGAAUUGGUGAGCCUCUAGAGUCUGAUCCAGUGAUUGCAGCAAAUCCAUUUGUCACACCUGAUGCACCAUCUGAUGUUGAAGUGUCCAAUAUCACAAAGGACUCCAUGGUUGUUACAUGGGAAAGACCUAAGAAUGAUGGAGGCAAUGAAAUUACCGGGUAUGUCAUUGAAAAGCGUGACAAAGAAGGUGUCAGAUGGACAAGAUGCAAUAAGCGUGCAGUAAGUGAUUUGCGCUUCAGAGUGACAGGCCUUCUUGAAAACCGCAGUUAUGAAUUCCAAGUUUCUGCUGAGAACGCGGCUGGAGUUGGCAAACCAAGUGCCCCUACUUUAUACUACAAGGCCCUUGAUCCUGUCUUUAGGCCAGGUCCUCCAAACAACCCUAAGGUUAUUGACAUCUCAAGGUCAUCUGUUGUACUUCAGUGGAGCAAACCUAUUUACGAUGGUGGCUGUGAAAUUCAAGGCUAUAUUGUUGAGGCCUGUGAGGGCAUAUCUGAUGAAUGGGUAAUGUGCACACCACCCACAGGAAUUACAGAAAUGAAGUUUGAAGUGCAGAAGCUGCUAGAAAAACAUGAAUACAAAUUUAGGAUCUGUGCCAUAAAUAAGGUUGGCAUUGGUGAGCAUGCUGAUAUCAAGGAUUCUGUUCUCAUUGAAGACAAACUUGAGACACCAGAUAUUGAUCUUGAUGCUGACCUAAGAAAGAUGAUCACUGUUAGAGCUGGAGGAUCCCUCAGACUGUUUGUUCCAAUCAGGGGCCGACCAGCUCCUGAGGUCAAAUGGGGAAAAGCAGAGGGUGAAAUCAAUGAGACAGCACAGAUUGACAUCACAAGCAGCUUUACCUCACUUGUAAUUGAAAACGUAAACAGAUUUGACAGUGGAAAAUACAUGCUGACUUUGGAAAACUCCAGUGGCACUAAAUCUGCGUUCAUAAGUGUCAAAGUGCUUGACACUCCUGACGCACCUUCAAACUUACAUGUUAAGGAAAUAACGAAGAAUUCAGUUACUCUCACAUGGGAACCACCUUUACUGGAUGGAGGAGCUAAAAUAAAAAAUUAUAUUGUUGAGAAGCGGGAAAGUACAAGAAAGGUGUACUCUACAGUUGCUACAUGCAACAAAAUGACAUAUAAGAUUGAAGGGCUUCAAGAGGGCAGCAUUCUCUUUUUCAGAGUUCUUGCUGAAAAUGAAUAUGGAAUAGGAUUACCUGCUAAGACUCCAGAACCACUGAAAAUAUCAGAAGUGCCUCAGCCUCCUGGAAAAAUCACUGUUGUAGAUGUUACACGCAAGAGUAUUUCUCUGUCUUGGGAAAAACCUGAACAUGAUGGAGGUAGCAGAAUUACUCACUAUGAUGUCGAAAUGCAAGCAGUAGACAGUGAGAAGUGGUCUCUAUGUGCACAAGUUAAAUCACUUGACACGGUUGUUACUAAUUUAGCCCAAGGUGAGGAAUACAACUUCAGAGUAAUCGCUGUUAAUGACAAGGGAAAAAGUGACCCUAGACCUCUGGCACAUCCUGUCCUUGCAAAGGAUCUAGUAAUUGAGCCAUCUGUAAGAACAAAACAAAGCACCUAUCAUGUACAAGUUGGCCAGGACUUGAAAAUUGAAGCUCGUAUCACUGGUCAUCCAAAACCAACCAUUACAUGGACUAAAGAUGGUGCAGCUCUGAAACAGACCACACGGGUUAAUGUGGCAGACACUGCGACCCACACAACAUUGUCCAUUAAGGAUUCCACAAGGGAUGAUGGUGGCAUGUACAACAUAACAAUAGCCAAUGUACUUGGACAAAAGGAGGCCACAGUUGAAGUCAUCAUACUUGACAAACCUGGUCCACCAACAGGUCCAGUGAGGAUCGAUGAAAUAAGUGCAGAGAGUAUUACAAUCUCAUGGGAUCCCCCGUCCUACACUGGAGGUUGCCAAAUUUCCAACUACAUUGUUCAAAAGAGAGACACAACCACAACAAACUGGGCAGUUGUUUCAGCUACAAUAGCAAGGACUACCCUUAAAGUUGGAAAUUUGAAAACUGGAGCUGAGUACCAGUUCAGGAUCUUUGCUGAGAACAGAUAUGGAAAGAGCUAUGCUAUCGACUCCGAGCCAGUUAUUGCUCAGUAUCCUUUCAAAGAGCCGGGACCCCCUGGUACACCAUUUGUGUCAGCCUUCACUAAAGAAUCUAUGGUAGUCGAAUGGCACAAACCAGUUUCAGAUGGUGGUAGUGCUAUUCUUGGAUAUCAUCUUGAGAGGAAAGAGAAAAACAGUAUUCUGUGGACAAAAAUAAAUAAAACAUUAAUUCAAGAUACUAGGUUCAAAACAUCCCCAUUGGAGGAAGGUAUAGAAUAUGAGUUCCGAGUCUAUGCUGAAAAUAUCGUUGGAAUUGGUAAAUGCAGCAAAGUGUCUGAGGGUUGUGUUGCACGUGACCCAUGUGAUCCUCCUGGUACUCCUGUGCCAGUAAUUGUGACAAGACAUUCAGUAUUUCUGAGAUGGACACCACCAGAAUAUGAUGGAGGCAGUCUGGUCACUGGAUAUGUUGUGGAGAAAAGAGACCUCCCAGAAGGACGAUGGAUGAAAGCCAGCUUUGCAAACAUACUUGAAACUGAAUUUACAGUCACAGGUCUGACAGAAGACUCGAAAUAUGAUUUCAGGGUGAUUGCAAGAAAUGGAGCUGGAUCAGUCAGCAAGCCUUCUGAAUCCACAGGACCAAUAACAGCCAAGGAUGAGGUUGAGCCACCAACUUAUGAGAUUGACUCACAGUACAGCCAAAUCAUCACUGUAAAUGCUGGAGAAACAUUUAUAUUGCAAGCUUCUGUAAUAGGAAAACCAGUUCCAACAAUGCAGUGGUUCAAAGGUGAUGUGGAAGUUGAAACAUCUGCAAGAGCUGAGACCAAGAACACAGAUUUUAAGGCAGUUCUUGUUGUCAAAGAUGCCAUUAGAGUUGAUGGAGGACAGUACACAUUGCAACUUACUAAUGUUGGUGGAAGUAAAUCUGUGCCCUUUAAUGUAAGAGUGCUUGAUAGACCUGGACCUCCAGAUGGACCUUUCACUGUUUCCAAUGUAACAAGUGAGAAGUGCUCAUUAUCAUGGCUUCCUCCCACACACGAUGGUGGUAGCAGCAUUUCUCAUUACGUAAUUGAAAAAAGAGAAACAAGCCAUCUUGCUUGGACUGUUGUUACCAGCGACUGCGGAGCAACUAUGUUCAAAGUCACUAAACUUCUUAAAGGAAAUGAAUACAUCUUCCGUGUCAUGGCUGUCAACAAGUAUGGUGUUGGCGAAUCUUUAGAGUCUUUACCAGUAAUUAUGAGGAAUCCAUUUGUUCCUCCAGGACCCCCUAGAGAGCUAGAAAUUACAAAUAUUUCAAGAGAUUCUAUGACCGUGUGCUGGACUCGUCCGAAGACCGAUGGUGGAAGUGAGAUUGCUGGUUACAUUGUAGAGAAGAGAGACAGAGCUGGAGUCAGAUGGACGAAAUGUAACAAGCGCAGAAUUACAGACCUUCGUUUCAGAGUUACAGGACUUACAGAGGACCAUGAAUAUGAAUUCAGAUUAUCUGCAGAAAAUGCUGCCGGAGUUGGCCAACCAAGUCCACCAACUGUUUAUUACAAAGCAUGUGACCCAACCUUUAAACCUGGUUCGCCAACUAAUGCACACCUCGUUGACACCACAAAAGACUCUGUGACAAUUGAGUGGAGCAGACCAAUUUAUGAUGGUGGCUUAGACAUCCAGGGCUACGUUGUGGAAAUUUGCAAAGCUGAUGAGGAGGAAUGGAUAACAUGUACUCCAUCUACUGGGUUGAAUAAUACUAGAUUUACAAUAACCAAACUGACAGAGCAUCAAGAAUACAAGGUUCGCAUAUGUGCUCUUAAUAAAUUGGGUGUUGGUGAGCCAGUCACAGUUUCUGGUACAGUUAAACCAGUUGAUAAAUUGGAACCUCCUGAAAUUGAACUUGGCGCAGAGUUAAGGAAGGGCAUUACUGUCCGUGCUGGUGGAAGUAUGAGAAUCAACAUACCCUUCAAAGGACGUCCCACUCCAGAGAUUUACUGGACUAAGGAUGAUGGUGAUUUACCAACUAAAGCCCAAAUUGAAAAGGGUCUGGAUUAUACUCAACUUUCAAUUGACAUAUGUGAUAGGAAUGAUGCUGGCAAAUAUACUCUGACUCUGGAGAACAGCAGUGGAACCAAAUCAGCGUUUGUUUCAGUUAAAGUUCUGGACACACCAGGUGCUCCAGUAAAUCUGUUUGUGAAGGAUAUUACAAGAAACUAUGUCACUCUCGUUUGGGAGCCUCCACUUAUUGAUGGUGGUGCGAAGAUAAAAAAUUACAUUGUGGACAAGCGCAAAUCGACUAGGCCUGCCUUCUCAAACAUUACUACAAAAUGCACCAAGACUAGUUUACGUGUGGCUGAUCUCGUUGAAGGUGGCAUUUAUUACUUUAGAGUCAUGGCUGAAAAUGAGUUUGGAAUCGGUCUGCCUAUAGAAACAGAGGAAUCUGUAAAGACAGCUGAUCCUCCUUUACCUGUGGGUAAGGUCACUUUAACAGAUGUGACUAAAAGCACUGCAUCUCUGUCAUGGGAAAAACCAGACCAUGAUGGCGGUAGUAGACUCUUAGGAUAUUAUAUUGAAAUGCUGCCGAAAGAAUCAGAAAACUGGGUGGUAGCAGCAACUACAAAAACAUGUGAAGGAACCGUCACUGGACUCAGUUCUGGUCAGGAAUACCUCUUCAGAGUGUCAGCCUACAAUGAUAAAGGAAGAAGUGAUCCAAGGCCACUAGCAGCUCCAGUCAUAGCUGGUGAUGUUACAAUUGCACCCUGCUUCAAAUUGACUGUUAACACAUACAGUGUCCAAUGCGGUGAGGAACUCAAAGUAGAAGUUUCAGUUAAAGGACGUCCAACACCAAAAGUCACAUGGGCUAAAGAUGGACAAGCACUGAAAGAAACAACUAGAUUGAAUGUCUCAAGCACUGCAACAUCAACAGUUCUUCUGAUCAAAGAUGCCAACAGGGAAGAUGCUGGAAAAUAUACAGUCACAGCUACAAACAGUGUAGGAACAACCUCAGAGGAAAUUGGUAUAAUCAUUUUGGACAAGCCCGGUCCACCAGUGGGACCAGUUAAAAUUGAGGAAGUUAGUGCUAACUAUGUAGUCAUUUCCUGGGAGCCACCUGUAUACACUGGCGGUUGCCAGAUAAACAACUACAUUGUGGAAAAACGGGACACGACUACCACCGCUUGGCAGAUUGUAUCUGCAACCAUUGCACGUACAACAAUCAAAAUCUCUAAGCUAAAAACUGGUUCAGAAUAUCAGUUCAGAGUGAUUGCUGAAAAUAGAUACGGAAAGAGCUCAGCCUUGGACUCACCACAUGUUGUUGUUAGAUAUCCUUUCAGUGAACCUGGAGCGCCUGCUGCACCAAUCGUGUCCUCAGUGACAAAAGAUCACAUGGUAAUUGAAUGGAAGCCACCAAACAAUAAUGGAGGUAGCCCUAUUUUGGGCUAUCAUAUUGAGCGCAAAGAGAAGAACAGCAUUCUGUGGACAAAACUUAACAAACUCCUAAUCGCUGACACUCGAUUCAAGACAAAUGGCCUUGAGGAAGGCAUUGAGUAUGAAUAUAGAGUGUAUGCUGAAAAUACUGCAGGAAUGAGUCCAUCUAGCAAAGUUUCUGAGGGUGUUUUUGCACGAGAUCCAUGCGACCCCCCUGGUACCCCUGAGGCUAUUGUUAUUACAAGAAGCCUUGUUACAAUUCAAUGGACAAAACCACAGUAUGAUGGAGGAAGCGUAGUCACAGGUUACAUUGUUGAGAGGAAAAAGCUACCUGGUGGUCGAUGGAUGAAGGCUAGUUUUGCAAAUGUAAUUGACACUCAGUUUACAAUCACAGAAUUAACUGAAGGAGAACGUUAUGAAUUUAGAGUUAUUGCAAGAAAUGCUGCUGGUACUUUAAGUGAACCUUCUGAAAGCUCUGGUCCAAUUACUGCACAGGAUGAGAUUGAAGCACCUUCAGUCUCUAUGGACUCAAAAUUCAAAGAUGUUAUAAUUGUGAAUGCUGGUGAGACAUUUACCAUUGAUGCUGAUAUUGCAGGCAAACCACUCCCAGAAAUAAUGUGGCUAAAGGAUGGAAAAGAAAUCGACAGUGCUACUCAAAGAAUGGAAAUUAAAUCCAGUAUAACACACACUGUUCUAACAGUUAAGGACUGCAUCAGAGUAGAUGGUGGACACUUCGUCCUAAGCCUCAGCAAUGUGGGAGGAACAAAACAGGUGCCUGUAAAUGUCAAGGUUCUGGAUAGACCUGGUCCACCAGAUGGGCCUCUGAAGGUAACUGGUGUCACAGCAGAGAAAUGUUAUUUGCAUUGGAACCACCCAACACACGAUGGUGGAGCUGGUAUUUCUCAUUAUAUCAUUGAAAGAAGAGAGACCAGCAGACUUUCCUGGACUGUGGUAGAGCCCAAGAUUCAAGCUAUUAGUUAUAAAGUAACCAAACUUUUGCCAGGUAAUGAGUACAUCUUUAGAGUCAUGGCAGUGAACAAGUACGGCAUUGGCGAACCACUUGAAUCAGAUCCAGUCAUUGCAAAAAAUCCAUUUAAGACACCCAGCCCACCGACAACUCCAGAAGCAAGUGCAAUCACUAGAGAUUCAAUAGUCCUUACAUGGGAACGACCUGAGGAUGAUGGUGGUUCACCAAUUGAUGGCUAUGUCUUGGAGAAGAGAGAUAAAGAGGGUAUUAGAUGGACAAAGUGCAACAAGAAAAGACUAAGUGAUCUGCGUUUCAGAGCCAGUGGAUUAACAGAAGGACACUGCUAUGAAUUCAGAGUGUCUGCUGAAAAUGCUGCAGGCGUCGGCAAACCAAGUGAACCAUCUGAAUAUUACAAAGCCUGCAAUGCAACAUAUCCUCCUGGCCCUCCAAACAAUCCCAAAGUUACAGAUCAUUCUAGUUCAACUGUUUCCCUUGCAUGGAGUAGGCCCAUUUAUGAUGGUGGUGCAUCAAUCUCUGGAUAUAUUGUAGAAAUGAAGGAAGCUCAUGAUGAUGAAUGGUCCGUGUGUACACCAUCCACAGGUGUACAGUCAACCCAUUUCACAGUGAAAAGCUUAAAGGAGAAUGCAGAAUACAAUUUCCGUAUUUGCGCAGUCAAUAUUGAAGGAGCUGGAGAUCAUGUUGACAUUCAAGGUUCUGUCAUUGCUGCUGAGAAACUAGAGGCCCCAGAGAUAGAGCUAGAUGCCGAUCUGAGGAAAAUUGUGAAUGUUCGUGCAAGUGCAACACUGCGAUUGUUUGUUACCAUCAGGGGAAGACCUGAGCCUGAAGUUAAAUGGUCAAGGGCAGAUGGCCCCCUAACAGAGCGUGCCCAAGUUGAAGCCACAAGCUCCUACACCAUGCUCGUCAUUGACAAUGUUGACAGAUUUGACACUGGAAAAUACGUUUUAACUCUUGAAAACAACAGUGGCAGCAAGUCUGCAUUCAUCAAUGUCAGAGUGCUGGAUUCUCCUAGUGCUGCGGUAAAUUUUGUGGUUAAAGAUGUCAAACGAGAUUCGGUCCAGCUGCAGUGGGAGCCUCCACAUAUUGAUGGUGGUGCCAAGAUUACUCAUUACAUUGUGGAGAAACGGGAGUCUAAAAGAAUGGCAUUUACAACUGUGUCAAACAACUGUGUAAGGAAUUCAUAUAAAGUUGAUGAUCUUCAAGAAGGAGGUGUUUAUCACUUCCGUGUUCUUGCUGUGAAUGAACUUGGCGUUGGCCUACCAGCAAGCACAACAGAACCAGUCAAAGUUUCCCAAGCACCUUUACCACCAGGUAAAGUUACACUUGUCGAUGUUACUCGACACACUGUGAGCCUUUUAUGGGAAAAACCAGAUCAUGACGGUGGCAGCAAAAUUACCAGCUACAUAGUAGAGAUGUUGACUAAAGGAUCAGAUAAAUGGACGGUAUGUGCAACAGUAAAAACCACAGAAGCUACUAUCGAAGGACUUACAACAGGAGAGGAAUACUCAUUCAGAAUUGCUGCCGUAAAUGACAAAGGAAGGAGUGAUCCCAAACCAUUGGGAGCACCUGUUGUGGCCAAAGACAUCAGUAUUGAACCUAUUAUUGACUUGAUGUUUAACACUUUUAGUGUUAAAGCUGGAGAGGAUCUUAAAAUCGAUGUUCCAUUCAGAGGUAGACCCCUACCGGAAGUGACAUGGAAGAAGGAUGGCCAAGCACUUAAGCAAACAACCAGAGUAAAUGUUCUUACAGCUAAAACAUCAUCUAGGAUUGUUAUCAAAGAUGCAGUAAGGGAAGACUCUGGAAAAUAUGAAAUUACACUGACCAAUUCAGUCGGUGUUAAAUCAACUGAAAUAACAGUUAUUGUUCUUGACAAACCAGGUUCACCAAGUGCAAUCAGAGUUGACGAAGUUAGUGCUGAUUUAAUCUCACUUUCAUGGGAUCCUCCAGUUUAUGAUGGUGGUUGUCAGAUCAAUAACUAUGUUGUCGAGAAGCGAGAUACAACAACAACAACAUGGCAAAUUGUAUCUGCUACGGUGGCAAGGACAUCAAUUAAAAUAACUAAUUUGACACAGGGAACAGAAUAUCAGUUCCGUAUUGCUGCUGAAAAUCGUUAUGGUAAGAGCCAUGCUGUUGAUUCUGCCCCAGUUGUUGCACAAUAUAACUUCACACCACCAGGACCUCCAGCUGAUCUACAGGUCUCCCAUGCCACAAAGUCAGGCAUGUUGGUUACAUGGAAAAGACCAGCCAGUGACGGUGGAAGUCCAGUAAUCGGAUAUCACUUGGAAUGUAAGGGUCAAAGCAGCAUUCUCUGGACAAAAGUCACAAGAGGUCUUGUUACUGAUACACAGUUUAAGGUAACCGGACUUGAAGAGGGUCUUCUUUAUCAGUACAGAGUAUAUGCAGAAAAUAUUGCAGGUAUUGGACCUUGCACAAAGGCAUGUGAGCCUGUUGCUGCAAGAGAUCCAUGUGAUCCUCCUGGUCAACCACUUGUCAUUAACAUAACAAGAACUACAGUUUCUCUCCUCUGGACUAAACCUGAAAAUGAUGGAGGAGCCAAAGUGACUGGCUACAUUGUAGAGCGACGAGAACUACCAGAUGGUCGUUGGUUAAAAUGUAAUUUCACCAAUCUUCAAGAAACAUUUUUCGAUGUAACAGGCCUGGUUGAAGAUCAAAGAUACGAUUUCCAUGUGAUUGCAAAGAAUGCAGCUGGUUUACUCAGUGAGCCGUCAGAGGGUACAGGCGCAGUUACAGUGAAAGAUGAUGUGGAUCCACCCCGAAUUGACAUAGAAGACAAGCUUAAACAGUUGGUCGUAGUCAAAGCUGGAGAUAUAAUCAGACUUGAUGCUGAAAUUUUUGGACGUCCAAUUCCUGUGAUUUCAUGGACUAAGGAUGGAAAGGAAAUUGAUGCUAAAGCAAGAGUGGAAAUUACUUCAACACUCACAUCCACAACACUGAUUGUAAGAGACAGCAUUAGAAGAGACUCUGGACAGUAUGUUCUCAAAUUACAGAAUGUUGCUGGUACCAGAUCUGUAGCAGUGAACUGCAAAGUCCUUGACAGACCUGGCCCAUCAUCUGGACCACUGGAAGUAACUGGCGUGACAGCAGAAAAAUGCACAUUAACAUGGGGACCACCUCAAGAAAAUGGUGGUGCUGAAAUUCAAUACUACAUCGUUGAGAAACGUGAAACAAGCCGUCUUGCCUGGACAUUGGUUUAUGGAGACAUGAAGGCCACAACAUGCAAGGUUACAAAACUGCUUAGGGGCAAUGAAUACAUCUUUAGAGUUCGAGGAGUAAAUAAAUAUGGAACAGGAGAACCUCUGGAGAGUGAUGCUGCUAAGGCUCUAGAUCCAUUUACAGUUCCUGCAGCUCCAACAGAUGUUGAAGUGACUAGUGUAACAAGUGAAGCAAUGACAAUCUGCUGGGAAAGACCUGUAUCUGAUGGUGGCAGUAGUAUUAGUGGCUACGUAAUAGAAAAACUUGAAAAAACUGGUCUCCGUUGGGUCCGUGUCAACAAAAAGCCAGUUUAUGACCUACGGGUCAAAGCCUCCAAUCUUCGUGAAGGAUGUGAAUAUGAGUAUCGCGUCUAUGCAGAAAAUGCUGCAGGUUUGAGUGCACCAAGCGUGCCUUGUCCAUUGACAAAAGCUGAAGAUCCAUUAUUCCUUCCAUCACCACCUGUUAAACCAAAGGUCAUUGAUUCUACCAAGACCACAAUCACACUCUCCUGGAACAAGCCAUUGUUUGAUGGUGGGUCUCCAGUUACAGGAUACUCAGUUGAAUACAGAAAAACCAACGAAGAAGACUGGGUAGUCGUUGUCCGUCACACUAAAAACACUGAGUUUACAGUCGUCGGGCUGACAUCAGGAGUGGAGUACGUCUUUGUGGUUAAGUCUAUAAACAAAAUUGGUGCAAGUGAGUCAAGCCCUGAAACUGACCCGCAAGUAGCAAAGGACAGAGAAGAUGAGCCUGUUUUCCUCAUUAGUAACGAAAUGCGAAAAACAUUAAUCGUUAAAGAUGGCAGCUCAUUUACUUUAAGAGUUCCUUUCAAGGGUAAACCUGUGCCAAAUGUGAUGUGGAACAAGCCUGAUGUUGAUCUUAGAGUCAGGGCAACAAUUGAUACUACUGAUACCUGCACGUCUGUCACAGUUGAGCAAGCUACAAGAAAUGACUCGGGCAAAUACACUGUGACGCUACAAAAUGUUGCUGGAACGGCUACACUGACACUGAAUGUAAAAGUACUGGAUUCACCUGGACCACCUUCAAGCAUUUUAGUUAAGGAAGUGACCAAAAACUCUGCAACGAUUACUUGGGACACACCAGAAAAUGAAGGUGGUGCUCCUGUCAAGAACUACCUUGUUGAUAUGCGCGAGGCAAGCAAAAAGGGAUGGACCAGGGUCACUGAGAGUUGCCCCCGUCUUACCUACAAAGUAACCGAUCUUCAAGAGGGAGGUGUUUAUUAUUUUAGAAUCACAGGAGAAAAUGAAUAUGGAAUUGGAGUGCCACUUGAAACUAAAGAUGGAACUAAGAUCACAGAAAAACCAAGUCCACCAACAAAGCUUGGAGUAACUAAUGUUACAAAGGAUACUGUCUCACUAUCUUGGAGCAAACCUGAACAUGAUGGAGGUAGCAGGAUUACCGGUUACCAGGUUGAUGCUUUGGAGAAAGGACAACAGAAGUGGCUAAAAUGUGGUGUCACCAAAUCAACUCAUUUUGUUGUCUACGGCUUGAAAGAGAAUACUGAAUACUACUUCAGAGUCUGUGCUGAAAACCAUGCUGGACUUAGUGACCCUAAAGACAUGGUCAUGCCAGUGCUUGUUAAAGACCAGAUAGAGGCACCUGAGAUUAACAUGAUGGACUUCCAACACAAUACUGUCUAUGUAAAGGCAGGUUCAAAUCUUAUGGUUGAGAUUCCAGUCACUGGUAAACCACUGCCAAAGGUAUCUCUCUCGAAGGAUUACCAGGUUCUCAAAUCAACCAUGAGGUUCAACUCAGAAGUAACUCCUGACUGCCUAAUCAUCACUCUGCGUGAGAGCAUUGCUCAAGAUGCAGGCAGAUACGACAUUACAGCAUCCAACUCAAGUGGAACUACUAAGUCCUUUAUAAACAUUGUAGUGCUGGACAGACCGAGUGCACCUGUUGGUCCUGUUGAAAUGUGUGAUAUCACAGAGGACAGUGUGAGUCUGAAAUGGCUCCCUCCUGCAUAUGAGGGUGGUAGCCCGAUCACCAACUAUAUUGUCCUGAAACGUGAAACAACCACAGCAAACUGGGUCGAGGUCUCAUCUGCAGUUGCUAGAUGCACAAUCAAGAUAAUGAAGCUGACUACUGGAGUUGAGUAUCAGUUUAGAAUUAGGGCUGAAAAUCGCUUUGGCAUCAGUGAACACAUUGAUUCUCAACCUAUCACAGUCAACUUGCCGUACACAAUUCCCGAGGCACCCUCAACACCAUGGAUAUCUAAUGUUACUAGAGAAAGUAUUACAGUUAACUGGAAAGAACCUUCCUCUGAUGGUGGAAGCCAUAUAUUUGGAUAUCACCUCUACAUGAAAGACAAAAACAGUAUUUUGUGGAAGAAAGUCAACAAAACUGUUAUUCGCUCCACACAUUUCAAAGUGACAAACAUCAAUCCAGGCCUGAUCUACGAGUUCAAGGUUGCAGCAGAAAAUGCAGCUGGUUUGGGCCCAGUCAGCAAAAUUUCAGAUGCUGUUCUGGCAAUUGAUGCCUGUGAACCACCAACUGAUUUACGUGUCACAGAUAUAACAAGGAGUUUAAUCAGCCUUGCUUGGGAAAAACCUGCUUAUGAUGGUGGAAGCAAAGUGACUGGGUACAUCAUUGAGAAGAAAGAUGCUCUUAAAGGCAGAUGGUCAAAGGCCAAUUUGACAAAUGUGUCAGACACCAAGUUUACUGUAUCAGGCCUUGUUCAAGAUGAAUCUUAUGAAUUUAGAGUCUUGGCCAAGAAUGCAGUUGGCUCUGUCAGUAACCCUUCAGCUACAGUUGGACCAGUUACUUGUGUGGAUACCUAUGGUGCCCCAGAAAUUGAAUUAAUUCAGGAAUAUCUUGAUGUUGUAAAAUACAAAGCAGAAGAAACAGUUGAACUUAAAGUUGGAAUUAUUGCUAAACCUCAGCCAACAAUUGAAUGGUACAAAGAUGGAAAAGAGCUUGAGUCUGGAGUUCAGAUUGCGAUUUUCAACAGAAGUGAUUAUGCAAGUAUCACAAUUAAGGAGGCUACACGUUUAAAUACUGGAACAUAUGAACUUAAAGUCAAGAACUCUUUGGGCUCAGCCUAUGCUGCUAUCAGAGUGCUUAUUCAAGACAAACCGGGACCUGCUGGAGAGAUUCAAUUUAAGAAAGUCACAGCAGAUACUGUUACAAUCAUGUGGGAUCCUCCGGCUGAUGAGGGUGGUGCAAUGGUCACCCAUUACAUUGUGGAGAAGCGUGAGAGUAGCAGAAUCAUGUGGUCUAUCAUUUCAGAGAAACUAGAAGACUGUAUUGUCACCGUUCCACGGCUUAUCAAAGGCAAUGAGUACAUCUUCCGUGUCCGUGGAGUGAACAAAUAUGGAGUUGGAGAUUCAUCAGAGUCUGAGCCUGUCAUUGCACAGAACUCCUUUGUGCCACCCAGCCAACCUUCUAAACCUCAGGUCACCAUGAUUACAAGAUCAACAAUGACUGUCGUAUGGGAAAGACCGAGUCUGGAUGGUGGCAGUGAUAUUGAUGGAUAUUAUCUGGAGAAACGAGAAAAGAAGAGUCUUCAGUGGUUCAAGGUCAUCAAAGAUCAAAUUCGUGAUACUAGGCAGAAAGUCAGCAAUCUCACAGAGGGAAAUGAAUAUCAGUAUCGUGUUUGUGCAAUUAAUAAAGCUGGUGCAGGUCCAUACUCCGAUGCAUCAAUCUUCUACAAGGCAUAUGAUCCCAUUGAUCCACCAAGUGAACCAACAAAACUUAGAGUAGUUGAUUCAACCAAGACAUCAAUUACACUUGGCUGGGUGAAGCCUGUCUAUGAUGGCGGCAGUGAAAUCACAAGCUACGUAGUAGACCAGAUGACAGCUGAAGAAAGAGAGUGGGUUACUAUUAGCUCUAAGGGUGAAGUGAGAACCACAGAGUUUGUGGUGUCUCAUUUGAAACCUGGAGUGUACUACUUCUUCCGCGUAUCUGCUGUCAACUGUUCUGGUGCUGGACGCCCUAUUGAAAUGAUUCAGCCUGUACAAGCCAAAGAUAUUCUAGAGGAGGCUGAUGUUGACUUUGAUAUUUCAAUGUCAACACAAUAUACAGCAAGGGCUGGACGGGACGUGGAAAUGAUGAUUCCACUCAAAGGAAGACCUGCACCAAAUGUCACAUGGAGAAGAGGAGAUAGGAAUAUUGGAGGAGAUGCAAAAUACAACAUAAAGAACACUGAAUAUUCAACAACACUUACCAUCCCAAAGGUCAAUAGGGAUGAUUCAGGAAAAUAUCUUCUUGAAAUUGAAAAUGGAGUUGGUGAGCCAAAGAUUGUUACUGUAUCUUUGAAGGUGUUGGAUUCACCAUCCGCUUGCAGCAAGCUCUUAGUGAAGAAUGUUACACGUAAUAAACUUACUUUGAGCUGGGAACCUCCUCUUAUUGAUGGUGGGGCUCCAAUCACUAAUUACAUUGUCGAGAAGAAGGAUGCCAAGCUAAAGGCCUUCUCGUUAGUUACAGCAGAAUGUGCUAACACAUCGUACAAGGUUGAUGGUCUUUCCGAAGAGAUUGCUUAUUUCUUCCGUGUAUCUGCUGAAAAUGAACAUGGCAUUGGUGAUCCUUGUGAGACCACUGUGCCUGUUAGAGCAACUGAGACUCCUGGUCCUGUUAAGAACCUCAAGAUAAUUGACUCCACUAAUACAUCUUUAACAUUGGCAUGGACAAAGCCUGAUCACGAUGGUGGCAGCCAUAUUUCCGAAUACAUUAUUGAAAUGAGGGAUGAACAUACAGUGGCAUGGAGCCUAAGUGGUACGUGCAGAGUCUGCAAGUAUGAGGUAACACAGCUUCAAGAAGACACGGAGGUUUUCUUCAGAGUAUACGCAAAGAAUGAGAAGGGCCGUAGUGACUUCUCUCAGAUUGGUCCUAUUACUAUGGAGGACUUCCUUAUCCCACCUGAGGCUAACCUUAUUGACUAUCCUAAUGGUGAAUUAAGUGUCCGCAUUGGACAGAAUGUGAAUAUAGAUUUGCCAUACCUGGGUAAACCAAAACCAGCCAUCCAGUGGAUGAAAGAUGAUAUUCCACUAAAGGAAAGUGAACAGGUUCGUUUCAGGCUAACAGAAAAUAAAGCCAGUCUGAUUGUGAGAAAUGCAAGAAAGGAUAACGCAGGCAAAUACACCUUGGUUCUUGACAACAAACUUGUCAAAAACUUUUUCGACAUCAAUGUUGUCACUCUUGGCCCACCCUCCGCACCAGUAGGUCCUGUCCGGUUUGAUGAAAUCAAAGCACAGACCAUCAUUAUCUCAUGGAUCGAGCCAGAGGAAGAUGGUGGUGGAGAGAUCACCUGCUAUAGUGUGGAGAAACGAGAGACCUCUCAAGCAGCAUGGAAAAUAGUUUGCUCAAGUGUGGUCAGAACCACAUUCAAGAUACCCAACUUGGUUAAGGGCACGGGGUACCAGUUCAGGGUGCGAGCAGAGAACAAAUAUGGAGUAAGUGAACCUCUCACCUCAACAGAUGUUGUUGCCCAGCACCAGUACAAACCACCAGGCCCACCAGGAAAACCUGUCGUAUUUAACGUAACAAGUGAUGGCAUGACUGUUUCUUGGGAUGCUCCAAGCUUUGAUGGUGGUUCUCCUAUCACUGGCUAUCAUCUUGAGAAGAAAGACAGAAACAGCCUCUUAUGGAUGAAAGUAAAUACCAAUGUCAUCUCUGGAAGAGAGUACAGAGUCAUGGGUCUACUGGAGGGUCUAGAAUAUUCAUUCAGAGUGUACGCUCAAAACAACGCUGGCAUGAGCCCCGUCAGUGAGCAAAGCAAGCACAAAUUAGCAAUUUCUCCUGUUGAUCCUCCUGGCACACCCAACUGUAUUGAUGUUACAAGAGAUUCAGUCACACUACAGUGGGAGCCACCUAAGCGGGAUGGAGGCAGCAAGAUUGUGGCCUACAGCGUUGAGAGGCGCCAAGGAAGAUCACGCUGGUUGAGAUGCAAUUUUAUAGAUAUAAGCGAAUGUCAGUUUACAGUGACAGGCCUUGCUUGUGGUGAUCGCUUUGAAUUCAGAGUAAUUGCCAGAAACGCUGUUGGAACAGUCAGUCCACCAUCCCAGUCAUCUGGCUACAUUAUGACCCGAGAUGAAAGCGUUAUUCCUGAGAUUCAGAUUAGCGGAGAAAAGAGUCUGACAAUCAAGGCUGGAGAACACAUCAAACUGAGCUGCACUGUUAGUGGACGGCCUGUGCCCCAGGUUACAUGGUUUAAGGAUGGGAAAGAACUGGACAAAAUGCUUGUUGAUAUCACUACUAUAAUUGGAUCAAGCUCACUGUUUGUUAGAGAUGCUGACCGCAAUGACCGUGGAAUCUACACGAUUGAAGCCAAAAAUAGCUCCGGAACAACAAAGCAGGACAUUCUUGUUAGAGUCCAAGAUACUCCUGGACCACCUGAGGGACCACUUCGCUUCACAAAUAUUUCUGCUGAGAAGGCAACCCUGUGGUGGAGUCCCCCAGAAAAUGAUGGCUGUGCUGCUAUUACUCAUUACGUCAUUGAAAAGCGCGAGACCUCCAGAAUUUCCUGGGCACUUGUGACAUCUAAAUGUGAAGGCUGCUCUUUCACCGCCCAGAAACUGAUCAAGGAAAAUGAGUAUCAGUUCCGUGUUUCUGCUGUCAAUAGGUUUGGUGUUGGCAAGCCUUUGGAAUCUGAUGAAAUUGUUGCCAAAAUGCAAUACACUGUACCAGAGGCUCCAGGAACACCCAACUGCACUCAUGUGACAGGAAAUAGCAUUACUUUGUGCUGGACAAGACCAAGACUAGAUGGUGGAAAUGAGAUCAAGCAAUACAUCCUUGAGAGGAGAGAGAAGAAGAGCUUACAGUGGGUAAAGGUUUCUGCAAAGAGACCAAUCACAGAGCUAAGACACAGAGUCACAAACUUGACCGAAGGCAAUGAAUACGAAUUCCGUGUUAUGGCUGAAAAUGGGGCUGGUGUUGGACCUCCAAGUGGCACUUCAAGAUUAUUUAAGUGCAGAGAGCCCACAAGUGCACCUAGUGCACCGACCGUUGUGAAAGUAAUUGACUCUACAAAGACAUCUGUUACUCUUGAAUGGACCAAGCCUGUCUUUGAUGGUGGUUUGGAGAUCAUCGGUUACAUUAUUGAGAUGUGCAAGGCAAGCCUUGAAGAAUGGCACAGGGUUAACAACCAGACUUGUAUUCAUACCACGUAUACAGUUACAGAUUUGGAACCAGGUGAAGAAUACAAAUUCCGAGUGUGUGCUAUCAAUGGUGCUGGAAAGGGAGAGCCAUCAGAGAUUCCAAAUGCAGUGCAGGCAGUUGACAGACUUACAUCACCAGAGAUCGACAUUGAUGCAGACUUUAAGCAGACACACGUUGUGAGGAGUGGAGGAACAGUUACUCUCCAUAUUCCUUUCCGUGGAAAACCCGCUCCUUUGGCCACAUGGACCAAGGCAGAUGGAGAUCUUGGUGUGAUGUUAGAUAUCAAUACCACAGAGACUUUCAGCACCUUGACAAUUGAAAACUGCACAAGAUACGAUGCUGGUAAAUACACACUUUCGCUUGAAAACAACAGUGGUCGUAAAUCCAUUACUUUAACCGUGAAAGUGUUGGACACACCUGGGCCACCAGGUCCUCUCUCAUUCAAGGAUGUGACAAGAGGAGCUUUGACUCUGAUGUGGGAUGCACCAGCCAAUGAUGGAGGUACCCGUGUUCAUCAUUACAUUGUUGAAAAACGUGAGGCAAGCCGCCUGAGUUGGCUAGAAGUCAGUCCCAGGUGCACACGUCAAAUUAUCAGAGUGACCAAUCUUGAUAUUGGGGUGGCAUACUGUUUUAGAGUAAUCGCCGAAAAUCAGUACGGUAAAGGUGAGCCUUACGAAAUGUCAGAGCCUAUCAUCGCCACUGAGGAGCCUGCACCGCCCAAGAGACUGGAUGUAAUUGAUACCACAUCCACAACGGCAACCCUAGUAUGGUUGAAGCCUGAGCAUGAUGGUGGAAGCCGCAUCACUGGAUACAUUGUAGAGACCAGAAAGAAAGGUUCUGAUCAGUGGGUUUUUGGUGGACAAACUAAGUCUUUGAAGAUGGUCCUGGAGGGCUUGGUUGAAAAUACAGAGUAUGAAUUCCGUGUCAAAGCCCAAAAUGACACUGGAAUCAGUUAUCCAAGAGAUUCUCUCACCUCUGUUAUAAUCAAAGAACCUCGCAUUGAGCCGACUGCAGACCUUAGUGGCAUCAGCAAACAGCUGAUUACCUGCAAGACCGGCAGUACAAUUACCAUUGAUAUCCCUAUCAGUGGCAGACCAACUCCAAAGGUAACCUGGAAGCUUGAAGAGAUAAAACUAAAGGAAACGGACAGAGUUUCCAUCAAGACCUCCAACAUUAAGACCACCCUGUUGGUUAAGGAUGCCAAGAGAGGUGACAGUGGAAAAUACUACCUCACUCUGGAGAAUGCUGCAGGAGCAAAGACUUUCACCAUUACUGUAAUUGUGGUUGGCCGGCCUAGCCCACCAACCGGACCAGUUGAAAUUUCAGGAAUUACAUCUGAAUCCUGUGUCCUAACAUGGGCGGACCCUGCAGAUGAUGGUGGAUCGGACAUUACCAACUAUAUUGUUGAGAAACGUGAAUCAGGUCAAACUUCCUGGCAAGUUGUGAACUCCAGUGUGAAACGACCAACUAUUAAAGUCACCCAUUUGACAAAAUACAUGGAGUAUACAUUCCGUGUAUGUGCAGAGAACAAGUACGGUGUGAGCAAACCAAUCGAGUCACAAGCCGUUGUUGCAGAGCAUCCAUUCACACCACCAAGCCCACCAACACGCCCAGAUGUGGUGUCAGUGUCUGCCAAUGUCAUUUCAAUUAAAUGGGAUGUUCCAUAUCAUGACGGUGGAAGCCAGGUUACUGGGUACUGGAUUGAGAAAAAGGAACGCAACACCAUUUUAUGGACACGAGAAAAUAAGAUUCCAUGUCUCGAGUGUUUUUAUAAAGUCUCAAAUCCUAUUGAAGGACUGGAAUAUCAGUUCAGAGUUUAUGCUAUGAACAUUGCUGGUCUGAGCAAAGCCAGUGAAGCUUCAAGACCUGUGCUGGCUUUGAAUCCAGUUGACCCACCUGGCAAACCGGAGGUAUAUGACAUCUCUAGGUCCUCGGUUUCUAUCAAAUGGUCUAUACCAUUUAAUGAUGGUGGCAGCAAAAUUGUGGGAUAUAUAGUUGAACGCAAAGAAUGCAUUGAUGCUGACGAAGCUCGCUGGUUGAAGUGCAACUACACUACCAUUACAGACAAUUUCUUCACUGUGACAUCCCUUGAAGAAGGAACAGUGUAUGAAUUCCGGGUCAUUGCCAGAAAUGGCGCAGGAGUGCACAGUAUGCCUUCAGAAACAACAGGACCCAUCACGUGCAAAGAUGAAUACACACCACCAAGGGCAGAGUUAGACAGCAAACUUGUUGGUGAGACUGUAACCAUCAGGGCUGGAGCAGACCUUGUACUUGAUGCUGCAGUCGGCGGUAAACCUGAACCCAAGGUAUUUUGGUCCAAGGGUGACAAGGAGUUGGAGCUUGGUGAAAAGUACUCAUUGACAUACACAAGCACUAGAGCUAUGGCAAUCAUCAAGUCAUGUGACAGGAAUGAUACUGGAAGGUAUAUAUUGACUGUUAAGAAUGCCAGUGGAAUUAAGACCGCAGCUGUCAUCGUUAAAGUUCUUGAUACACCUGGUCCCCCAGAAGGCAAACUCACGAUCAGCAGGGUCACAGAGGAAAAAUGUACAGUUUCCUGGAAGAUACCUCUUGAGGAUGGAGGAGACUCUGUCAGUCACUAUAUUGUUGACAGACGUGAGACCAGUAGACUUAACUGGGUUGUCAUGGAAACUGAAUGCAAGACCCUAUCUUGCGUCAGCACAAAACUAAUCAAGAACAACGAAUAUAUCUUCCGUGUCCGAGGUGUCAACAAAUAUGGACCUGGUGUACCAUUGGAGUCUGAACCUGUUAUUGCAAGAAAUGCAUACACUGUCCCAACACCUCCUGGAGCACCAGAUAUCACAGCUGUUGGAAAGCAACAUGUUAUCAUUGAGUGGCUGAAACCAGAGAGUGAUGGUGGAAGUGAAAUCAAAAACUUCCUUGUGGACAAACGUGAGAAGAGCAGCGUGAGAUGGACCAGAGUAAACAAGACAUUUACCAUCUAUGACACAAGACUGAAGAUAACCAGCCUACUAGAGGGCAGCGAAUACCAGUUCCGUGUUACAGCUGUCAAUGCUGCUGGCACAAGCUUACCAAGCGAGGCCUCUGAAUAUGCCCUAUGCAGAGACCCGACAUAUACCCCAGCACCUCCAUCGACUCCUCGUAUAACAGAUACUACAAAACACAGCAUCACUAUGACAUGGACCAGGCCUAUGUACGAUGGUGGUUCAGAUGUCACUGGCUAUGUUAUUGAGAUUCUAGAGGAGGGAACAGAACAGUGGUACAGAGCCACCCAGAAGAUCCUGACCACUAACAAGUUCACUGCAACUGGCUUGACAAGCAACAAAAAGUAUAGCUUUAGAGUCACAGCAGUUAAUGCCCUGGGAACUGGAGAGUUCAGUGAAGGCAGUGUGGAGACUGCACCUUCAGAAAGAGUUGAAAUCCCUGAUAUUGAAUUACCUGAAGAACUGAAGAAGACUGUUUGCCUGAGGGCCGGUAACACUUUACGUCUGAACGUGACCAUACUUGGAAGACCUCUACCAGUGGUUACCUGGAGAAAGCCUGGCAUCGACCUUCAGUCUCGGGGAUACAUCGACACAUCAGAGAACAAUACAACCUUGAUUGUUGAGAAGGUUCAUCGUUAUGAUGCUGGAAAAUACACAAUUGAGGCUGAAAAUCCAUCUGGCAAGAAGGCAGUUACCAUUUUUGUCAAGAUUUACGAUACACCUGGACCCUGUGGUGCAGUAAAGGUCAAGGAUUACACUAAAGAAUCUGUUGUCAUUACAUGGGAUGUCCCAACUAUUGAUGGAGGGGCUCCUAUUAACAAUUACAUUAUUGAAAAACGUGAAGCAUCAAUGAAAUCUUACCAAACUGUGACCACAGAAUGCAAGAAGACAUUGUACAGAAUUACUGGGCUAGAAGAAGGAAUACAUUACUUCUUCAGAGUAUUGCCCGAAAACAUAUAUGGUAUUGGAGAACCUUGUGAAAUCCCUGAAUCAGUGCUGGUAUGUGAAAUCCCAUCUGUUCCUCAAGACUUGCAACUCAUAGACAUUACAAAAUCCAGUGUUACUCUGGAAUGGGAGAAACCAUUUUUUGAUGGCGGCAGCAAACUUACUGGCUACAUCGUUGAAGCCUGCAAGGCAGGAACUGACAGAUGGAUGAAUGUUGCCAAUGUGAGGGCGGCAGUGACAAAGCACACUGUAGUUUCUCUGAACGAGAAUGAGCAGUAUCUGUUCAGAGUCAGAGCUGAGAACUGCAGAGGUUUCAGUGAGCCCAGAGACCUGAUGACACCUAUCACUAUUCAAGAACAGAGAGCCAUGCCAAAGAUUGAUCUGGCUGGCAUUCCUCAGAAGAUUGUAAAUAUACAUGCUGGCAAGCCAAUCGUUCUCAGCAUUCCCAUCAGUGGAAAACCAGCACCAACUUGCUCAUGGUUCUUUGGUGGAGUUCAGAUGAAAGACAAGCUUGACCGUAUCAAGAUUGAGACAACUGUGAAAUACACUAAACUGACAGUCCGUGAAACUACCAUUGAUGAUACCGGAGACUACACUCUUGAAGUGAAGAAUGUUGUCGGAAUAGCCACAGAAAUAAUUAAAAUCAUUAUUCUUGAUAAACCUGGCAUACCAGUUGGACCCAUGAAAGUUGAUGAAGUUGAUGCUACAUCUGUCACAUGUAGCUGGGAGCCACCAAAGAAGGAUGGCGGUGCCAAUGUCAGUGGUUAUGUAGUUGAGCAGCGUGAUGCUCAUCGCCCAGGAUGGAUGACUAUUUCCGAAUCUGUCACAAGACCCACAUUUAAAUUCAUGAGACUGACUGAGGGAACAGAAUACGUGUUCCGUGUGGCUGCAUCUAAUCGAUUUGGCAUUGGUUUAUUCCUUCAGUCUGAAGUUGUUGAGUGCAAGAGUGUCAAGACUACUCCUGGUGCACCAAGCACACCUGAAAUACUUGAUGUGUCUCAUGAGGGUAUGACACUUACCUGGAAGCCACCAGCGGAUGAUGGCAGCUCUUCAAUCGCUGGCUACAUCAUUGAGCGUAAAGAAGCUAGAUCUGACAGAUGGAUCCGUAUUAAUAAGAACCCAGUAACGAUGACAAGAUAUAGAUCCACUGGGCUUAUUGAAGGUCUGGAAUAUGAAUACAGAGUGACAGCAAUCAACUCCAGAGGCAGUGGCAAACCUAGUUUGAGCUCCAAACCAGAAAUUGCUAUGGAUCCUAUCGAACCUCCAGGCAUACCACUGAACCCAAGAGUCACAGAUACCACCAGGACAUCUGUAUCACUGGCAUGGUCUCCUCCUCCAGACGAAGGAGGUGCCGUCAUUAUUGGUUACCUGGUUGAGAUGCAGAAGGUUGACCAGGUUGAAUGGACUAAAUGCAAUACAACACCAACAAAGAUUUGUGAAUACACAUUGACACAUAUGCCCCAAGGUGCUGAGUACAGGUUCCGUGUAAUGGCAUGCAAUGCUGGUGGACCUGGAGAACCAGCUGAGAUUCCUGGAGUGGUCAAGGUUGCAGAAAUGCUUGAAUAUCCUGAUUACGAGCUGGAUAUGCAGUACCAGGAAGGCUAUGUUGUCAGACAAGGUGGAGUUGUCAGACUAUCUGUGCCAAUUAAGGGAAAACCAUAUCCAACCUGUAAGUGGACAAAGGAAGGCCGUGAUAUUUCUCACAGAGCUAUGAUUGUCACCAGUGAAGAACGCACAGAGCUGGUGAUCAAGGAAGCCCAUAGAGAUGACACUGGCACCUAUGACCUUGUAUUGGAAAACAAAUGUGGAAAGAAAGCUGUCUACAUCAAGGUCAAAGUUAUUGGACGCCCAGAUCCACCAGAGGGCCCCCUGGAGUUUGAUGAUAUUCAAGCUCGCUCUGUAAGAGUGAGCUGGAGACCACCUACAGAUGAUGGAGGCUCAGAUGUCCUUGGAUACAUUGUGGAGAGACGUGAGGUACCAAAGGCAGCCUGGUACACUGUGGAUUCUCGUGUGGUUGAGACUUCACUAGUGGUCAAGGGGCUAAAAGAAAAUGUUGAGUACCACUUUAGGGUUUCGGCAGAAAACCAGUUUGGAGUCAGCAGGUCGCUGAAAUCAGAUGAAUCUGUUAUACCCAAGACCCCACUUUCUCCACCCGAGCCACCAAGCUUCCCUCCAGAAAUUAUGGAUGUCACAAAGACCACUGUUGGUAUAUCUUGGUCAAGGCCAAAGGAUGAUGGUGGCUCCCGUGUCACUGGAUACUACAUUGAAAGAAGGGAGAUGUCCACUGAGAAGUGGGUACGACACAAUAAGACUCACAUCACCACCACAAUGUAUACGCUCACCGGUCUAAUCCCUGAUGCAGAGUAUCAGUUCCGUGUUAUUGCUCAGAAUGACAUUGGUCUAAGUGAGCCUGGACUUGAUUCUGAAGCAGUUGUGUGCAAGGAUCCAUUUGAUAAACCAAGCCAACCAGGUGAGAUUGACAUCGUCUCAAUUACCAAGGAUUGCAUCACCAUUCAUUGGCAGCGUCCUGAUUUUGAUGGUGGCAAAGAAAUCCUUGGAUAUUGGAUUGAGUUCAGACAAGCAGGUGAAAGUGCCUGGAAAAAAUGCAACAAAGAACGCUCAAGAGACAGGCAGUUCACUAUGGGCGGUCUGAUCGAAGCAACAGAAUAUGAAUUCCGUGUGUUUGCUGAAAACGAAACUGGAAUAAGCAGACCUCGUAGAACUGCCAUGGGAAUCAAAACCAAAUUGAGUGUUGGAGAGGCUCCAAGUCUGAAGGCAGAGAUGAAAGACACUACCACUAAACUGGGUGAAUCUGGAACAUUAACUUGCCAGAUUAUUGGAAGACCUCUUCCAGAAAUCAAGUGGUAUAGAUAUGGAAAGGAGCUGAUCCAGAGCCGUAAAUACAAGAUGAGCUCUGAUGGCCGAAAUCAUUCUCUUACUGUAUUAACAGACGAACAGGAGGAUGAAGGCCUGUAUACCUGCAGAGCCAUCAAUGAGGCUGGUGAGAUCGAAACCAGCGGCAAGCUCUUUUUGCAGGCUGCACCGCAAUUCCAUCCUGGAUUCCCACUCAAGGAGAAAUACUAUGCAGGCUGUGGAACAAGCCUACGUCUUCAUGUCGUCUACAUUGGACGCCCUAUUCCACAGAUCAUGUGGUUCUAUGGCAAGAAACCUCUUAAUUCAUCCGAGAACGUUAACAUUGAAAACACAGAGCAUUACACUCACCUGGUUGUCAGAAAUGUGCAGCGAAAGACAAAUGCUGGCAGGUACAAGGUACAGCUGAGCAACAAAUUUGGUACAGUUGAUACAGUACUACGUGUUGAAAUCCAAGAUAAGCCUUUGAUUCCUGAAGGACCAAUUGUUGUUGAUGCCCUCUUGAGGAACUCUGUAAUCAUAAGCUGGAAACCACCAAAGGAUGAUGGUGGCUCAAUAAUCACAAACUACAUCGUAGAAAAGCAUGAGGCAAAGGAGGGCGAGCAAUGGCAUCUUGUAUCAUCAGCUGUGUCAGGAACCACAUGUCGUGUUCCAAAUCUAGUUGAAAGUGCUGGAUAUUACUUCCGCGUGUCUGCUCAGAAUCAAUAUGGUAUUAGUGAGUCCUUAGAGAUUCCUGCUAUUGUCAUCAUCAAGAGUCCAUAUGAGAAACCUGGAGUCCCGCAGCAACCAGUUGUUUCUUCUGUAACCAAGGAUUCCUGUGUUGUGACUUGGAAACCCCCAUCCAGUGAUGGAGGUGCCAAGAUUAAGAAUUAUUAUCUGGAGAAGAGAGAGAAGAAACAGAACAAAUGGAUCACUGUUACAACUGAAGAAAUUCAUGAGACAUAUUUUACUGUUAAAGGCCUGAUUGAAGGCUUCGAGUACGAGUUCCGUGUCAAAUGUGAGAACAUUGGUGGAGAGAGUGACUGGAGUGAGAUUUCAGCACCAGUCAUUCCCAAGUCAGACACAGCUCCUCGUGCUCCAUUCUUCAGGGAGGAACUGAGAGAUAUGUGUGUCAAAUACAAAGCCAACGCAACUUUUGUCACCAAGGUCAUUGGACAUCCCAAGCCAGUGAUCAAAUGGUACAAGAGUGGCAAAGAGAUUUUACCAGAUGGAGAGAAAAUCAAAAUCCAAGAGUUCAAAGGAGGCUACUACCAGCUUGUUAUCAGUAAUGCUGAUGAGAAUGAUGCAGCUGUUUACCAAAUCAGAGCCACAAACCAGCAAGGCUCAAUCUCAACAACUGUAACACUUGAUGUUGAAGUUCCUGCCAAGGUUCACUUGCCCUUACAUCUCCAAGGAAUGGGAGCUGUUCAUGCUCUUCGUGGUGAAGUUGUUACCAUCAAGAUUCCAAUCAGUGGUAAACCUGAUCCUGCAGUCACAUGGCAGAAAGGACAAGAGAUAAUAAAUAACACAGCAUACCAUCAAGUGAUUGUGACAAGAUCCUUCACAUCCCUUGUGUUCCAAAAGGGAGUGCAAAAGAAGGAUUCUGGUUACUAUAUUGUUUGUGCCAAGAACCGAUUCGGUGUUGACAAACAGACAGUUGAACUUGAUGUUGCCGAUGUACCUGACGCACCUAAGGAUGUUAAAGUUAGUGAUAUCGGCAGAGAUAGUAUCACACUCACAUGGACUCCUCCAAAUGAUGGUGGAAGUGAGAUCACCAGCUACAUUGUAGAAAAAUGCCCAGUGUCUGGUGAUAGGUGGAUUCGUGUUGCUCAGACGUCUGAACCACAAUGUACUGUGAUGAGUCUGUUUGGAAAAACCAAAUACCAGUUCCGUGUAAUUGCAGAAAACAAAUUUGGUCUCAGUGACCCAUCUGGACCAACUGAACCGAUAUCAACAAGGGAAGACAAGUUAGCCGUUAGAAACUAUGACGAAGAGGUGGAUGAAGAAAGAGAGGUUACAAAAGAAGAAGCACCUCAUUCGAAGGUAAAGAAUGUAUCUUCUCUUUACAAAAUCUCAGAAGAGCUAGCACGUUGUGGACACUUCGGAGUUGUGCAUCGCUGUGUUGAAAUUAGCUCCAAGAAGACUUUCAUGGCCAAACUCAUCAAAGUGAAAGGUGCUGACAGAGAGUUAGUGGCAAGAGAAAUUGAAACACUCAAUAUUGCAAGACACAAGAACUUGUUGUGUCUUCACGAGUCCUUUGAUAGCUUGGAAGAAUAUGUUCUGAUCUAUGAAUUCAUAUCUGGCAUGGACAUCUUCGAACGUCUGGGAACAAACUUUGACCUUACCGAACAAGAAAUUGUAAGGUACAUGAGACAAGUGUGUCAGGCCCUGAAGUUCUUGCAUAGCCACAACUAUGGUCAUUUUGACAUAAGACCGGAUAACAUUGUCUAUGCUUCAAGAAAGAGCAGCACAAUCAAGAUCAUUGAAAUGGGACAGGCCAGAUUGUUGACACCUGGAGAGAAUAUCAGAAUCAGUUUUACUGCUCCCGAGUACUGUGCACCCGAGAUCCACAUCAGUGAUUUUGUUUCCACUGCUACUGACAUGUGGUCAGUUGGAGUUCUUGCAUAUGUGCUACUGAGCGGCCUUAAUCCUUUUGCCGCUGAAUCAACUCAAAAAAUGAUUGAGCACAUUUCAAAAGCAGAAUACAUUUUUGAUAGCGAGGCUUUCAAAAACAUCAGUCUUGAGGCCAUGGACUUUAUCGACAGGCUUCUGACUAAAGAACGCAAACACAGAAUGACUGCAUCUGAGGCUUUGGAACAUCCUUGGCUUAAGAUGAAAAUAGAACAUGUCAGUUCUAAAGUCAUCAAGACCCUGAGACAUAGACGUUACUACCAGUCACUAGUCAAGAAGGAGGUAACCACCGUCGUUUCAGCAGCUCGUGUUGCCUAUGGUGGUGGUUACAGAAACUUGCGAAAUGUGUCCAUCGGCAGAGUGAAAAUUGCACACCCAGAACAAGGCCUUAGAGCGGGUCCUGUUAUGCAUGGCUUUGCAGAAGAAGGUGGCCAUGUAAGAUUUGUGUGCUACAUUGAAGACUAUGACAAAGUCACAGAGGUAACAUGGUACUUUGGCUCUCGCAAACUAACAGCAAGCCAUAAGUAUGAGAUCAGUUAUGCCAAUGGAGUUGCAAGCAUCUAUGUAAAGGACAUUGAAGAAUGUGAUGAUGGACUUUACAGAUGCAAAGUUGUUAGUGAAGACAAGGAAGACAGUGCCUACGCAGAACUGUUUGUUGAGAGCGUGAGAUCCUACAGGGAAUACUUCAUUGGACGUUCAAUCAAGAAACUCAGGCGUAGAAUUGAUAAAACAAUGAUUUUCCAGAGGCCACCUGAGUUCACUCUGCCACUGUACAAUUCUACAGCAUACAUUGGUGAGGAUGUACGCUUUGGCGUUACCAUAACUGUUCAUCCAGAGCCACAAGUGACUUGGCUAAAAGCAGGACACAGAAUUAAACCUGAUCCCAAUAAAUACACAUUUAUUACUGACAAGGGUCUUUACCAGCUGAUAAUUCACAAUGUUGAUCUUGAGGAUGAUGCCGAGUAUACUGUUUUAGCCAACAACAAGUUCGGUGAAGACAGCUGCAUGGCACGGUUAACAGUUACACAUCAUCCUGUUUCUGAAGACACGAUGAGGCCAAUGUUCAGACGCCUUUUGGCUAACAUUGACUGUGUUGAGGGAGAAAGCGUCCACUUUGAUUUAAGAGUAUCAGGAACUUCACCAUUAACUCUAAAAUGGGAAAAAGAUGGCAAGCCUCUUGAAUGCAGACCACAAGUUGAAGUUGUUCAACAAAGCGUGGGCCAUUAUAUCCUCCAUAUCAGGGAAACACUCAUUGAGGAUUCUGGCACUUACAAAGUCACCGCAACAAACGCAGCUGGUUCAGCAAGUUGCCAGGCCACACUCAAAGUUGAUCGCCUCACUUAUGUUAGGAGGGAGUUCAAGAGUAAGGAGGAAAAACACGUAUAUGUACAAAACCAAAUAAAGAAGACACUGAUGAUGGCACAGCAGUACUCAACAGCGGAAGUGACUACACUCAAUCCUGUAGCACAAGAGGCACUGAAAGAAGCUGCUGAACUUUAUAAACCUGCAGUGAGCACCAAAAAUGUGCAGGGCGAGUUUGACAUUGCUGACAAGGAAGAUAAGGACAUAAAGAAAAUUAAAGAAGAAAGCAGGAAAAUCAGAAUGCCUUAUGAAAUUCCAGAGGCACGUGUACAUGAUCCAUCUGUUCUUGAAGAGGAUGUGAGUAUUAGGCACUUUGUGCCUUUAUCUGACAUGAAGUGGUACAGGAAGCUCCGUGACCAAUAUGAGAUUUCUGAACGCAUGGAGAGAAUUGUGCAGAAGAGACAGAAACGCAUCCGUCUUUCCAGAUGGGAACAAUUCUAUGUCGUGCCACUUCCUAGAAUCACUGAUCAGUACAGACCAAGGUGGCGUAUUCCAAAGCUCACACUAGAUGAUCUGGAAACUGUAAGACCAGCAAGGCGUUCACUAUCUCUUGAGUCAGAAAUCUCCAGACAGAGAAGACGUUCCCUGGGUGAUCUCUCUGAUGAAGAUGUUCUCCAGCCUGUGGAGGAUUAUCAGACAAAGAGAAGAAUUGAAGAAGAAAGGCGACAGCUUGAGGAGGAACUUGAACUUGGCUUCUCUGCCUCCCCUCCAAGCAGCCCUGUCCGCUUUGAACUGUCUGCACUGCGCCGUUUAUCUCCUAGGAUUGUUCACAAAGCUGAAGUUAAACAAACAGAGGAGACAAAACAUGUAGUGACAGCAGCGAGACCUAGUGGUUCUCCACCCCCUAUUUCCCAUUUCAUGAGGAGGAGGAGAUCUCUGUCACCAACGUACAUUGAAUUGAUGCGUCCUGUCUCUGAACUGAUAAGACCGUCGCGUAUGCUAGUGGAGACUGAAGUUCAGGCAGUUGAGAGAAGGUCACCCACUCCUGAGAGAACACGUCCACGCUCUCCUAGUCCUGUGUCUCCUGAAAGAAGGUCCUCAAGGUCUUCUUCCAGAUUUGAAAGAUCUGCAAGAUUUGACAUCAUGUCAAGAUAUGAGGCAAGAAAAUCUGCUAUAAAAUCUGAGCGCAAGUACCAAGUUGUGACACAACAACCUUUCAGCCUUGACCAUGCCCCACGCAUCACUGUCAGAAUGCGCUCACACCGUGUCCCAUGUGGUCAGGACACUAAGUUUACACUAAAUGUCCAGUCAAGACCAGAAGCUGACAUCCAGUGGUUCCACAAUGGUCAACUGAUCCAAGAGAGCAGCAAAUACCACUUUACCAACAUGAGUGGUGUCCUGACUAUCCAGAUUACUGAAUGCCACGCAGAAGAUAGUGGCACAUAUCGUGCUGUAUGCUCAAACCUGAAGGGUGAAGCAUCAGACUAUGCAACACUUGAUGUAUCAGGUGGAUCGUUUACUACAUAUUCCUCAAGACGCAAAGAUGAAGAGGUACCAGCACAAUUUGUACCUGAUGUAUUAAAGACUGACUAUUACCAUUUAACAUCAAUAAGGGCAUCUUCAGCUUCAAGAACACACUUGGAGAUUCAAGAAACCAAGACAAAAUUUACAGAGCAACAUGAAGUUUCUGGUUUUGAAAGAUUUGAAUCUGAAAGGCUUGCGACAUCGCCUAUAAGAUAUACAUCUACUGAUUACCUGUCAUCUGCUUCCUAUUCAUCCAUAGAACGACAUUCAACAUCUGAAUCUAAAAUAAAAACUGUUGAAUCCACAACUACAGCAGCCGUAACUGCUAAGAAAGUCAAACCAACUCUGUCAGCGAAAAUACUUACCAGACCACAGUCUCUAACAGUAUCUGUCGGUGAGUCUGCAAGAUUUACCUGUGACAUUGAUGGAGAGCCGGCACCAACUGUAACGUGGAUGCAUGAGCAACAUACUGUUGUCACUUCCCAUCGUGUACAUGUGACAACAACACAAUACAAGUCUACAUUUGAAAUAUCUUCAGUAGAGUAUUCUGAUGAAGGCAGCUACACUGUGGUAGUGGAAAAUUCAGAGGGAAGGCAAGAGGCUAGGUUUACAUUAAAUAUUUACAAACCUGCCCCAGAAAAGGCUGUUGUACCUUCACCUCAGGUUAAACGUCCAGAGCCAGCCGUGAAAUCACCUGAGCCUUCAGUUAAAUCUCCUGAGCCAGUCGUGAAAUCACCUGAGCCUUCAGUCAAAUCACCAGAACCUACUGUGAAAUCUCCGGCAGUGAAGUCUCCUGAGCCAGCAGUGAAGUCUCCUGAACCAGCAGUGAAGUCUCCUGAGCCAGCAGUGAAGUCUCCAGAGCCUUCUGUAAAAUCACCAGAACCAAAGAUUAAAUCACCUGAAGGUGUCAAAUCUCCUGUAAGAGUCAAGUCGCCUGAGCCUGUUCCUGCUGGUCAAAGAGUUACUUCCCCUCUUAAAGUUAAAACGCCAACAGGCAUUAAGUCUCCUGAACCAGUUGUGUCUCCUUUAAGGGUUAAGUCUCCACCUCCAGCCAAGUCUCCAGAGCCAAUAUCCCCACUCCAGAGAGUUAAAUCUCCAGCAGGCAUAAAAUCUCCAGAGCCUGUUACUUCACCUCUAAGGGUUAAAUCACCCACAGGCAUAAAAUCACCUGAGCCAAUCACCUCUCCUCAAAGAGUGAAAUCCCCACUAACAGCCAAGUCUCCAGAGCCAAUAACAGCACCCAAAAGGGUUAAAUCUCCACUUACAGUAAAGUCACCGACUCCUUCAAAGGAAGCACCCCCAAAGAUCCUCCAGCAGCUCAAAGCUGAGGCCUCUGAAAACAAAGUCAGGAUGAUCUGUGUUGCUGAGAGCUCUGUAAGAGAGGUUGUUUGGUACAAAGACAGCAAGAAACUGAGUCAAAGUAGUCGCUAUCAGAUCCAAACAUCUGCGGAUGGCACAUGCUGUCUGUAUGUAUCUGAUGUCUCUGAGAGCGAUCAGGGUGAAUAUUCCUGUGAAAUGAUUGCAGAGAGUGGAGCAGUUUCAAGAACAUCAUUCUCCUUCACUGGUCAAGUCUUCCAAGCCAUCUAUACAAAAAUAACAGCUUAUAUUUCUGCACAUAUGGCUGUUAAAGAAUCAGUGUCUUCGAUGACCCGUGCAGGGGUUGAAAUGCAUAAGAGGGAAAGUACAGCUGUCAGCAGUAGCAAGUUUGAAAGUUUCUCUUCAAAAUCGAUGCAUAUGGAGAGCGCAAUGCAAGAGGCAUCAUUCAGCAGUUCAGCCAUGGCUGAAAUGAAACGUGAAUCAAUGUCCAUGUCCAGCAUGUCCUCCAUCACCUCUGAAUCAGUGUACGCAUUGAGUUCAAGCAGUAUGAUGUCAAGUCACUCGCUUGCUGAGGGCUCCUCAAUCAGAGCCUCAUUGCACAGCAGCCAAGCUUCUGCUCCAAGAAUUGAAGCCCUCCCUGAAGACAUCAGCAUUGAACUAGGAAAGGUUUUGACCAUAGCCUGUGCUUUCUCUGGAGAGCCUUUGCCUCAUAUCGAGUGGUCUCGUGGUGGAAGGGUUCUUUCAACUGCAGGAGAAGGUGGAAGGUUUCACAUUGAGACAACAGAAGACCUGACAACACUUAUCAUCACUGGUGUAAAACAGAGUGAUGCUGGGGUGUACUUACUCAAACUUUCUAAUGAGCAUGGAUCUGACACGGCAACUGUCACCAUUAGCAUUCGAUCGCUAUAAAACUAAUGAUUCUUUCUACCCCCUUCUCUCAUUAAGUUUUGCCUUUUUAUUUAUUGAAUGAACACAAAAAGAUAUUUACUUGAUAAAUACCCACAUAUGUUUCUGUAAAUAUGAAAUAUUUUUAUACCAAACUUGACAUUAAUUUAUGCCAAACUAGACUAAAGUCUAAAGUUGUUAUAAAAUGUGCCAUAUUGGAUAAUUAUGACUAGGAUUUUUGAUCCGUUUUUCUGUGACGUGUACAUAAUGUAUAUAGCCGAACUGAACGGUUAUGAGAAAUGUAUGAAUUUUUAUUUAUGACGAUAUUAACUGAAACAAAUGGAACUUAUUGUUUAUCAGGAGAAAGUCUCUCAAGGGACGAAUACCCUGUUAAACCUGGAACUAAACUCUGUGCCUCAACUAAAUGUUGAAGUCUUAAGAUUGCCUCAGCAGGUAGAGAGGCUCCCUGUUGAAGUUUUACUAAAUCUGAGAGACAAAUUAUACACUGUAUGUAUACAUGUGCAGUGAUAUUACAGUACUCAUAUGAAUGUAUAACUUGACCAUAAGACCUUGAAUGCUGUUUGCAUCUUACCCUCAUGUAAGCAGGAUGACUAGGUCUUGGGUUCAAACCUACUAUGUCAUACCACCAUUUUUAAGACGUGCUCAAAGUGCAAGCGGCCUGCACAUGAGCAGAUAAUGUUAUACGUACUCUGUUACUGGCAAGGGACUGCUCGAAUACACUUUCAAAGUUAACAUCACCUGGCCAAUACACAAAGUUUUUCUUGUACUUCCUUGCAGAAGCAGAGCCCCCUCUUGGAGGUUUGCUUUGUUGCAUUGUGUGUUUGUGUGAUAGCUUUAGAACUCAUCUUCACGGUGGUUGGGCAAGCGAGGCGUAAAUUGACGACAGCGACAACAUCAGCUGUGCGGAGAAACAUAGCAUUAAAGGAAAUGCCCUUCAUUAUGGUUUGAUUUUAUGUAGAAUUGUAGUAUUAUGUUUGAAUGCAACCUCCUUGAGUAUUAUAAUUAAAUCAAUAAAGCAUGUUUUCAGCAGUA